AUGGAGGUGGCGCGGCUGCUCCUGUUGCUGCUGCCCUGCCUGGCCGCCCGAGCAGGUAAGAGCGCGCCGGACGCACCGACUGGCACUUCGGAGUGGCGGGUGCGGCGCGCUUUCCAGCCCGCGCCGAAGGUCUCCUGCGCCAGCUGGGGGGCCUGGCUUGUGCGCCCCGUCGAGGAAGAAGGAGUCAGUUUUCUUCUUCCAGAAUUGGGGGCGCCCUCUUCUUUGGACAGAGUGGGGGGGUGUCGGUGCUUAGAGUCCAGGGGGUUGCAAUUUGGAUGGAUGUGAAUUGGGGAGACCGCGCCGUCUAGGACGGAGGUCCGGAUUUUGGCGCAGCAGAAGACCCCGGCUGGGGGGGACUUGGCGCUGACGGUUCUUCUGCAGACCCCUCUUGGAAUCAGGGUGUGUGUGUUGGGGUCCCCCACGGGAAGAAGGGCGAUGGCGCGCAGGUGAGGAUAGCAGCCAGGAGGCCAGGGUGAUGGGCGCACGGAGACCUCCUGUUGGAAACGGUGGCGGGCGAAUUUGUGGCGGUGAAAAGGGGCGAUAUGUUGGGGUCCCUCCGCCAAGGAGGGCAGGUGAGGCGCCGCAGCAGGACCAAACUCCCCACUAGCGGAUUCAAGCGAGUUUUUGCGCUCAGGACUCCGGCGCCAAGAGCGUUUGCAGGUGUCGCUGCAGCCGCGCACCGAGAGGCUCUUGCGGGGCUGGAAGUUUAACAGGCUGCCAGGACGUGGAAGGGGGGGGCUUUAACUGCAGAGGAGGUUGCCCAAGUUUUGGGGAGCUGCAAGAUGUUCCUGGGGGGCGCAAGAGGUCUCUUUACCUGGCCUACAGUCAGCCUGCUCGAGGAAGCGCUGGUGUGACUUGGGGGGACACGCUCCCCGACUGUCACUCAUCCCAUCUCUGCCCCCCCUAAUUUAUGCAGCUCGCCCCGCGCCCACCAGGUGGCAGUGCCCCCCCCCCAGCGCCACGUGGUGAUCUGGCUCUGUUGCUCCGUCUAUCCUCCCCCCCCCAAAAAAAAGUGGCCCUAGAGGUAUGGGCUGUCGUCGGGUGUACAUUUCAUGAACCCCCAUCUCGCCAUAAACAAUUACCUUUUGGGAACGGGGGUGACGGGGUGACCUGCGCCAUUUUCAUAACCCCCCCCAAAAAAAACCCUGUGGAGUCUGUUUAAUACGUUUAUUUCUCCCCUUCCCAAAGAAAUCUCAGCGCUGGAGAUGCUCCGAGUUAGUCUGAGGGUCCCUGCGGAUUUUUUUGGGGGGGGGGCUGUUGCUGAAAUGUGCCUGUAUGGAGGGUACCCCCUUUUGCUAUUGCAGAGGGAGAGCCCUUAAGCCUUCGGAUUUUUUCUGAGGGGUGCUGUCAGUUCCUUUUUUUCCUAAUGCAGCCCUCCCAUCCCCCCUUGUUGUUGUUUUUUUGGGGGGGGUGUCAGUCCCCUUUCCUUUCCGCAGGGGGCUCCCUUCAAUCUUGAGUUCUGGGAAGCAGUCACCUUUUGCUGUUGCGGGGGGGGGGGCGGGUGUCCUCCAGCGUUGGCUUGGGGGGUGUCCGUCUCCUUUGGCUACUGCGCAGGAGCCCCCUUCAGCCGUGGGGUUUUUUUUUGGGGGGGGUCUCCGAAGACCAGUUUGGAGAAGAGGCGAGGGGGUCUUUCUGCAGCGGGAGGGGGGUCUUUGCGGACGCCGCUGCCUCGCUCCUGCUGCUCCUCCUCCGCUGCUGCCCGGUCUACCUCGGGCCCCCCCCCCCCGCUCUGCCCAGACAGGGCGGCCUUUGUGCGCCCGAACAGUGAGCGAGUGUGCGCGGCCGCCCGCCCGGGCGGAGGUUGUUUGCCUUUGGGCGGCGGCCCCCGAAGCAGCUCCUUGGCCGCCGAGACCCCCCCCCGCUCCCCACACCCCCGCAGGGCGAGGAGGCGCUUGCAUGGGCACCCCUGCCCCCCUAAAUCGACGGAUUUAUCCCCCGCCUUCUGCACAUUCUGCCCGACCCUGGGAACAGGCAGGCAGGAGACCAACCGGGGCAGCCUCCCCGCAAAACGGACGGGGGGUUGCCGUACGGCACCGGGCGGGUUUCUGCCUGCUUCCUAGGCGUCAGAGCUGCCUUUGAAUGGCACCAUGAGAAGAAGGAGAAGGCAAGAGGGGAGGGUCUGGACGCCUGUCCCCCCACAAAAAAAACCCCAUAAGUGGGUCCUCACCACUUUUCGAAGAAUUUCUCCCUCUUCUGCGCGUUCGUCCCGCCCAGGUUGCGGGGAACAGACAGGCGGGAGAUCAACCGGUGCAGUUCCAGGUGUGGGGAUGCCCGCAGCACCUGCCGGACUUCUGUCUGUUUCUAAUGCACAAGAGCUGCCUUUUAAAGCGACCCCCCCCCCUGCACUAAAGCAGCGACUUUUCCUGCUUUCCACCACUUAAAUUGGGGGCGGGCUGCAGUGGGGCUGUGCGAUGCACCCCCUUUCUAACAGGUGCCCUGCUCCGUCCCUUUCCUUCUCCUCCUCAAUAAGUAUUUUACGGUUUGCCCCGGACCUCCUUCUGAGGGGUGUUGCUGUCAUCAGGCUUGGUCCCUGGGAGCAAAGGAGAGCUGGGGUGCUGGCUCCCCCUUGCGGGAGGCGGCCCCAGAGAGAGGCUGGACAGCUCCUUCUUUGAGGAGGGUCUUGCCGGCCGCUUGACCUCCAGGGACCCUUUUGAACUCAGAGGAGCCAAGGAUGCACUGGAGGUCUCCCGGGCAGCUACCUGCAGGGGGCGCACUAGCGCUGGCUUUCCUGCAACCGGAAGGGGGCGCGCGCGGGAGCAGCUGGCCGGCAAGGCCCUCCUUGCUCCUGGGAUGCCAUGAGCAACCUUCGGAACUCAUUGGCGCAUGAUUUCAUCACUGUCACCCACCAUCACCUAAGAGCUGCUCAACGGUGGCUUUUCUUUUUAAACCGGGGUUGGGCUGGAUGACCCCUGGUGGUCCCAGUUCCACAACUGCGUCGUCUUGAACGUAUGUGCUGCAAUGGGGCUUUCAGGAAAUAAUAGAUCCUGGUCUGGGCAGCUCAGGGGCUCUCAGGCCCCCCCCCCUGCAGCCUACAGGGACCCAGAAUGCUGAGUAUAAGCAGGAUUUUUGGUGGGGGGGGGAUUUGGGGGCCACAGAUCCCCUUUUUGUUGAGUUUCAGGGAGGGGAAAGGUUUGGACUCUGCUGGCAAAGAGAACAGUCUAAGCCGGGUUGUUGAUGCCAAAAUGCAAAUUUGCCCCCAACGCUUAGCAAAAGGAUGCAUGGAAGAGACAGGCAGGAAAAUAUGCCCCUCCCCUCCCACCCCGUUAGUUGGACCCCCUCCAGGGUCCGACUCCAAAAAGAGCUCAGGAUGAGCUGUGUCAAGAGAGGGUUGGGUUGCCAUGUUUUCUUCCGGGCAGAGCUCCUGUGCAUUUAAUAGCUGUCGCGGAGAAACUUUUCCUCCUGGCCAAGGGGGUGGGUGGGAACUGUGCCUGUUGGUCUCCUGCCUGUCACACGGAUGUUUUUAUGGGGAUAAACCAAGUGAUAAAAUCAGAGCGUAGGGGGGACUUCACCUGUAGGGUUUAUGCCUGGCAGGCGACUCCAGAAAUAAGUGGCUCAUCUUUCUGCCAAGCCUGUUUGCAAGCAGAAGACCCACCAGCCUCCUUUUUGACAGCCACCUGAAAACUCUGCCGUACCCAUUUGAUGGAAUGGCACCAUUGAGGCCCUAGGUGUCCCAUGUUGAAAUCUGGACUGAGUUUCCCCACAGGAGGCCUGAAAACCCACCAUUUUGGCCCUCUGAUGGGGGGCAAAGCAGCGCUGAGCCCCCACUCCACCCAUAUAUAUACCCUUGGGAUCCCUUCACCUCUCUCCCUCGUGUGAAGGAGGAGCGGCUAAAUGAGAGGCAAAACUCUGAAAGGCUUUCCUGUUGAAUGCCUGCCUGUAAUGGGAAUACUGGCAGGAAAAUCUUCAUGCAUGCCUGUGGUUGGACAUUAGCAUGCCCUUACUCCCAGGAAGCCUGCUGCCCAGGCGUCACCAGAGAGUUUAAAAAUAGCUAAUUGAAAACUAGACAAAUAUACAAAUAACACCAGGUCAACCAUCUCUCAGUGGGGACGUGCAGACUUCGGAGUUGACACAGAGCUCUUUGUCAGGAAGGAUAGUGGAAGGCCUUUCCCUCCAGACCCAGAGCCAAGCUGCUUGCAAGAGGAAAUGCACGCAGACGGAGACAAUGACAUCAGGGGGGAAAAACACAUUUCCACCUCACUGAGCUGCCUUCUGCUGGCUCCAGGUCCCAGCCAUGUCCCUGACAAAGAGCUCUGUGUGACUCCACAAACUUGUGCUUGUUGUGAGUCAUGAAUGAUGCAACUCCCAGCCAGAGCAAUCCAGGCCUGUUCAGAUCACAGAACUGCAGAGUUGGGGAGGGGUGCCAAGGGUCAUCUACUCUAACCCGCAUCCAAUCUGCAUCCGAGGCCAGCUGGGCACAGCAGAAGGGUGUUUAUAAGUCGGCAUCCAAACUCAGCGAGGGACGUGAGCUUGCUUUGGCUGCAUAAUCUCAUUUGUUUUUUGUCUAGUUUGAGGCAAACUCUCAACUCCACGUUUUCCAGAGUUGAAAAUCCCCAUUCACACAACAAUAUGUCAUGGAGAACUGUAGAAUAAUAAUAGCCAGUGCUCUCGUUUUGAAAAGAUCUACCCAUACUCUGCAAAUUAAAAAAACCAGACGAUACGAUGCGAUUGAGUUUAAAUGUUUCUUCGAUUGCCCUUGGGUCUCCCUGCCACACUUGCCAUCGUCUCCUGGCAGAACCACCGGCCUCACCCGUUCGGAAAGCCAAGCCAAGUGUCUCUCCAGGAACCAGAGUCGCCUCAGGGUUGCCUUAGCCCAGCAGGCUGGCUCAGGAAGAGCGGGCCUGCAGGCCAUUUCCAUCUAAAGGUGUUGGCUGCAUCCCUCCUGGCCGCCGUUUCUGACCCUCCUUUUUGUGGUUCAUAAAAGGAGGGCCUCGGAUGGUGCCCAAGGAGUGGCCAGAGAGAAAUUCGCUUCCCUUUCCUCAUAUUGCAACUGGGAGGGGAGAAAAGGAGAAGGACGUCACAUUAACAUGUCCCCAGUCGUGCAGGGACAGGUUAUUAUUAUUAUUAUUAAUUGAGUUUAUAUACCACCCUAUACCCGGAGGUCUCCUGGCGGUUCACAGGAAAGACCACAAUGUAUAUAAUCAGAAUAAAAACAGCAGCCCAAUAACACCCCCCCAAGAGCCACAUUUUAAAACGGUGUGGGAUGUUUCAUCAGGUCAACCAGAGGCCUGGUUCAAAAAGAACGUUUUUGCCUGGUGCCUAAAGGUGUGUGAUGAAGGGGCCAGGCGAACUUCCCUGGGGAGAGCAUUCCACAGAAGGGGAGCCACUGCAGAGAAGGCCACAAGAGGAGGAGGCACACGAAGGACGACCUUGGGUGAUGAACUCAGGGUCCGGGUAGGGAAGUGGCGGUCCUUGAGGCAUUGCGGUCCUGAUCUGUUUAACGUUCAGAAGUGCAGGGUCCCUUCUGGAGAGUCGCAGCUGCCUCCCUCACGGCCUUUUAACCCUUUUAACAUUAUGCAACCUUCUAAGAGCAUACCCAAAAAACCAACCCUUACAAUAAUGUAAUAAUAUUAAUAUUAAAGGAGGCAUUGCAACGUUGUACAUGGGCAAAUGGUUUGCUUCUAUCAAUGAGUGACUUGAUCUGUGCUUUUCUUGAAGUUACUGUGUUUGAAAUUGAUGGUUCAGGCCAAUGGCCCGUGGAGUCCAGCAUCCUGUUCUCACAGAGGCCACUCAGAUGCCUAUUAUGGGAAACCUUCAUGUGGGAUCCCAGCGCAAGAACAACUCUCCAUAGCCCUCUCCUCCUCCAUGAACCUGUCUAAUCCUUUUUUUUUAAUCGUCCAAGUUGGUGGCCAUUGUGGCAGGGAGUUCCACUGUUUAACUCUGCACUGCAUGAAGAAGUCCUUUCUUCUAUCUGUCUUGAAUCUUCCAACAUUCAGCUCCCUUGAAUGCCACCAGUUCCAGCAUUAUGAAUGAUGAUGAUGAUUAUUAUUAUUUAUAUCCUGGCCUCCCCAGCCAAGGCCGGGCUCAGGGCGGCUAACAACCAAUAAUAAAAACAAGUUGAUUGAAAUACAACUUAAAAAACAAGGUUAAAUGCAACAUUAAAACAUUAAAAUGCAGCCUCAUCACAGGAGGAGAAAGGAAAAAAGAAAGAGAGGGAGGGAAUCAAACUGACUCCAAGCCAAAGGCCAGGCGGAACAACUCUGUCUUACAGGCCCUGUGGAAAGAAAUCAGAUCCUGCAGGGCCCUGGUCUCAUGAAGCAGAGCGUUCCACCAGGCGGAGCCAGAGUUGAAAAGGCCCUGGCUCUGAUUGAGGCUAAUCUAACUUCCUUAGGGCCCGGGACCACUAGGGUGUUGUUAUUUAUGGACCUUGAGGCUCUCCGUGGGGCAUACCAGGAGAGGCGGUCCUGUAGGUAAGAGGGUCCUAGGCCGUGAAGGGCUUUAAAGGUCAAAACCAGCACCUUAAGUCUGACCCUGUACUCCACCGGGAGCCAGUGCAGCUUGAAAAGCACCGGGUGAAUAUGCUCCCCUGGCAGAGACCCCGUGAGGAGCCUCGCUGCAGCAUUCUGCACCCGCUGGAGUUUCUGGGACAGCUUCAAGGGCGUAGAGCGAAUUACAGCAGUCAAGCCUGGAGAUGACCGUCGCAUGGAUCACUGUGGCCAGGUCGGGGCGGGAAAGGUAAGGGACCAACUGCUUGGUGCGGCGAAGGUGGAAAAAUGUCGCCUUGGCUGUUGCUGUAACCUGCGCCUCCAUGGAAAGGGAGUCGUCAAGGAUUACACCCAAACUCUUAACGGAAGGCAGUGGCACUAAUUGGGCCCCCGCAAGAGAAGGGAGUUGGUCCCUCAUCCCCAUGCCAUCCCGACCCAGCCAGAGGGCCUCUGUCUUCGAAGGAUUUAGUUUCAAUCGGCUCCCACGAAACCAUCCAGCCACAGCUUCCAAGCAUCUGGUCAGUGUGUCCGGGGCCCAGUCGGUGUGGAAGGAGAAAAACUUCUCUCUCUCUCUCCAGGCCAGACAUAGUUUUAUAAAUUUCUCUCAAAUCCUUACUUACCAUUUCUCUAACUAAAAAGUCCCUUUCUCCACAGGGGAGUCGCUCCAACCCCUUUAUCGUUUUGGUGCCUCUUUUCCCCCAACUCUAAACCCCAAAUCUCUCUACUCCCCACCUGGACGUGAGUUCCUCGGGGAAGGGGGACCCUUGCAUCUUUCCCACCCCGAGGCUGGAAAGGGGCCGCGCGCCGCGAGGGCGGCCUAUAAAUAGUCUGGGAUAUAUAUAUAAUAGGAAGGAAUGCCGCCGAGGCGCGCGUCAAAGGCGGUGGCGCGCCUGGCCACCCACGCGCGUGUCCCCUGCCGGCACACGCGCGCGCCACGGUUCACACGUCCCAUCGCAGCGCACUGCGGGCGAGGCGGCGUCUCCCCUCCACGUUCACCCAGUUUGUGGGGCCGAAGCCGAGGCUGGUCUUUCUGCUAAACUCAUCUCUGCCCGUUGCCUGGAGAAGGAGGCUGUGAUGUGUGUAUAUAUAUAUAUAUAUAUAUAUUUAAUAAUUUGGGUUUAGGACUCGAACUUGGAUGGUCGCCUCUUUGGAAUUCCAGCCCGGGCACGCGGAGCCUUGGCUGGCUCAGGAUGCGUCUCCCACCCCAGCCUUGCCUGGUUUUGCUCCCACCCCCCACCGCCCCACAAUACAACAAAGCUUGGGAUCCCCAUCUUCAUAUUUUUUCAUGGGAAGGAAUGUGCAAACAGCCUCUGGACCGCAGAAUUAAUUCCCCCCUCCAGCUUGGUGGUUUUUUGUUUUUUGUUUUUUGCAAAUGACUCCACCAGGCCUCGGCAUCCUAAAAAAGGGGGCGCCCCUCCCGGCCGGCCUUGUCUGCUUUUAGAAUCAUAGAACUGUUGGAAGGGACCGAAUGGUCAUCUAGUCCAACCCCCUGCAGUGCAAGAACUAUAGCUUAAAAAUUGAAUUAUGAAAUGCACUCCCUCGUUGCUUCCCCCAGCAAGGCUGCACCCCCGAUUUUUCCCCCUGGGAACGAAUCUGGAAGCAGAUUCUAGACCCCAGACUCCCACCCCACACUUGCUCCUUGCAAAUGACUCCGCCAGACCUUGGCUUCCUAAGAAAGGGGGCGGCGCCUCCCCUCAACCCCCCCCCCCUCCUCAGCAGGUCGCGCCUGGAAAAAGUCGUUUCUUUCCGGCUGCAAAUUCCAGCCGGCGAAAUUGCGAACAGCUGGCCGUCCGACGCAGCUGGCGGGAGGGGGGGGCGUGUUGUUGAGCAGGACACCUGGGUUCUGGCGGGUGGGAGGAGUAUGCAAAAUGACCAGUGCAUUUUCAUUGAUUCAUAAAAUUGUAGAGUUGGAACUAGGGACCCCCAAGGGUCAUCUAGCCCAACCCCCCUGCAGCAGGAAUCUCAGCUAAAGAUAAAAGGAAAUUUUGUGGGCCAGGUUUCUUUUUCGGGGAAUUGCUAUCCAUAACAUAAUCACGAUCCUCGCUCAGGAAGAAAGAGAGCGUCUGGUUUGAUCCCAAAUCCUUUUAUUACCCAAAAUUUCUGGCUGUUGCUUCUUGGAGACGGAGCAGGGAAUUCUCCCCCCACUCAAAUUCUUUCCUCUGAGAGCUCCUUCGAAGCUUAAAAUCCAAGGCCUGCUAAGUUGGAUCGGACCCCCCCCCCAGGCCUUCUCUGCCCUCUCGCGGGGGGUUGGACUAGAUGACCCCGGCGUCCCUUCCAGCUUGAGGGGUCCAUGAUUCUAUGAAUCGGGCAGUUGCCUCCGAAGGCAGGAGAGGUUGGCUUCACGCAGGCGCAGUCUCAGAUGGACGAGGGACCUUUAGUUCUGGCCUCUGAUCCAUGGGGCAAGACCUACCAGGGAUGGGCUGCUGGCCCUGGCACUCCUGUGCGGAUCGUGUUCUUGCUAAUAAAAAGUUAACUCCGACUUGCACACUCCUGACAGCAUCCCCAAAGAGCCGUAGCUGCCAACCAGUGGAGGCUAUAUUGAGUUCCCCGGAGCCAUGAUCUGACUCAGUGGAUAGCAGCUUCUGGCGUUCCUUGCAGAUGCCAGGGCCAUUUGGACAGCGAUUUAAAAUUUAUCAUACCUGCCAUGAAUGGCUCAGGAAUGCAAUACCUCCAGGACCGCCUCUUCCCAUAUGAACAGACCAGGACCCUGAGAUCAUCUUCUGAGACAUUCCUUCCUGUGCCGCCUCCUCCAGAGGUCCGGAGGGUGGCAACACGAGAACGGGGCCUUCUCCGCAGUGGCUCCCCAUCCGUGGAAUGCUCUCCCCAGGGAAGUUCGUCUGGCGCCUUCAUUAUACAGCUUUAGGCGCCAGGCAAAAAGGUUCCUUUUAACCAGGCCUUUAGUUGACCUGAUCAACAUCCCAUACCCUUUGAAAAUGUGGCUCUUUUUUUUGGGGGGGGUGUCAUUGGGUUAUUGUGUUUAUUUUGAUUUUAUAUAUUGUGAUAUUUUUUGAGACCUCCGGGUAUAGGGUGGAUUAUUAUUAGUAGUAGUAGUAUUAUUAUAAUGAAGAAAGGGGUGACUCUUCUAUUGCUGAAGAAUCAUAGUCAUGGCAUCAUAUUCUUACAGAGUUGCAAGGGACCCCUAGGGGUCCUCUAGCCCACCCCAGCAAUGCAGGAAUUGCAGCUAACAAUCUAACAUCUAUAUUCUGUUGGAAGCCACCCAGAGUGUUUUGGGCGACCCAGUAGGAUGGACGGAGUAUAACUAUUAUCAUUAUCAUUGGCAUCAUUAUCAAUAUUCAUUAUUAUUAUCAUCAUUAUUAUUAUCAGUGCUUUUUUCUUUAAAAAUGUUUAGGGGUACUCUCAUUUGGACUCCAGAAAACCACCAUUUUAUCAUUCAAAUCGGGAAAAAUAAAGACAGUAAUUGGACAAAAGUACAAAGAUCCACAAAAUGUUUAGGGGUAUGCCUACCCCUGCGUACCCCCAAAAGCACUGAAUAUUAUUAUUCUUGGUUUUCGUCCUGGAGAUUCCCUAAAUUUCCUAAGAGCCGUUCCAGCGCAACAGACUCCCUCGGCCACCUGCCAGGGACUCUUUGGCCCUGCAUCUCAGGGGGUUGGGCUGGAUGACCACGGGGGACCCCUUCCAACUCUGCAAGGCUUUGAUUCUCACAGGAGAGAGAGGAAGGUUUGCUCGGGGAACCAGAGAGGCGUUUGCCGUCGUACCAGACAGGAGGAGAAGGCGGCGGCGCCGGAGGAGAGCAGGUGCCCCGCCGCUUGACACUUCCAAGUUUUUCCAGGCUUUGAGAAAGGAGCCAGCGGAAUCCAGUGGGGGCGCCUUGCUGGAAAAACGCGCCUCCUUCGCGGGCCAAGCGCCUCCCCGGCUGGCUGUGGGGGUCGCGAGGCAGCCCUAGUAAGAAGACGUUCCCCAGAUCCCCGACAUUCCCAAAAUAGCGUGGAUCGGGCUUGGGGAGGGGGCUGGUUUCUCCGUGAGCGCGUGGCGCGCGGGUUUGUGCUCCAUCAUAGCUGUCAACUUCCCCCUUUUCUUGCGUGGAAUCCUAUUCGGAAUAAGGGGAUUUCCCUUAAAAAAAGGGAAACGUUGACGGCUAUGCGCUCCCUGCGGGAAUGUGGGUCAUUUCUGGGAGCGGAAUUUUGGCUGGCGGGAGAAGGUCGCGUCGCGUCGCGUCUCUCCGGCGCUCCUCUCCCCGCGCCUCUUUCCUAAGUUUUGCAAAAUGGGAGCUGCGAUUCCUGCAUCGCAAGGGGGGUCGGGGUCAGGCUACAUGACCCCUGGGGAUCCCUUCCAACUUCUGCGUUUCUAGGAUUCUCCCUGAUCCCAGUAGCUCUUUCUUUCUCUCCCCGCGCAGCCCAAUGAUAUUUAAUGGGACUUCCUCCGCUUCCCGUUUUGGCAGCCAAAUGGUUUUUUAAAAAAAUAAAAUUGUAGUGUAGUCAGGGGAGAGAAGCCCCGCCAGACUCAGGGUAACCUCCUCCCCCAGGAGCAGGGGCAGCCGGCUGGGGGGGGGGGGAGGGAGCCGCAGGAACGGGGGGGCAGACAAAUGGGGAGCCGUCCGUCCAUCUCACCCUCUCUUUGGAAAGGGACCAGUUUGGGAAACUGUUGGUCGCCCUUCCCAGGGCCGGAAGGGAGAGCUGCGCAAAGACACCUGGGAGAAUCACAGAAACGUAGGAUUGUGGGGCUGGAAGGGUCCCUGAGGGUCAUCUAGUCCAACCCGCUGCAGUGCUGGAAUCACAUCGAUGGGGAAAUCGUGGAAAGUAUGACCACCCUGCGUUUCCCCCCAAGAUAUGGUUACCAGAUUGUUUUCAAUGAAUCCGGGACACUUUUUUUUUGAAGCUGAGUAGCAACAGGGAGUCAGUAGUGGGGAUGGAGAGGCAAAAAACCCUGGGCCCAAGCACACAUGCAUAUCCCGAGCCUUCCCCGAUGAUCUGCCCCCUUCCCCCUUUGUUUUGACAGAUCGGAGGAGGCUCAGGAGUCGCAGGCAGGCGGGCAGGCGUUGCCCAGGAUGGGCUCUCAGUGCAUGGUUUCUCUGCCAGGCAAGCUGCAAAGCCCUUCUUUCACACCCUGUGAAACAUAAAUGCACAGAGUUGUUAAAAACUGGUCAACGGCUGGCCGGCCGCAACUCCCGAGCCUCCCCCGAUCAGUCAAAACAAAGGGGGAAGGGGGCAGGAGAUCUGUACCACCGGACGUCCCUGGUUCCCCUUUGGCAGUGGCAGCCUGGUAGUGCAGUUGGCUCUGGCUGGAUUCAGGAGCUGUUCACUGCUUGCUGCCAUGGCGCCCGCCAUUUUUCCUCACCGGAAGUCCCCAUAUGAUGUGUUGCGCACAGGACACAUCAUAUGGGGACUUCUGGCGAGAAAAAACGGCAGGCGCCAAGGCAGUGAGCAGCUCCUGAAGCCAGCCAGAGCCAAUUGUGCUACCAGGCUGGCCCCGGGCUGCUGAGGCUGCCGCUGUCAUGUUUACCGGGGACAGAUUUCCAAAUCUGGGGACAUUCUGGGGACGGUAAUUGUCCGGGGACAGAUUUGCAAAUCCGGGGACUGUCCCCGGGAACCGGGGAUGUCUGGUAACUCUACCCAAAGAUGGCUGAGCAUUUGCUGACUGGCUGCUCAGGAGGGGGUCAGGGACCUGGAAGGGAAACCAGGGGACAGGGCGUCAUUGAAUGCACUGCCUGAGGACUCUGCGCUGCAGCAUUUUGCUGCAGAACACCCCCUUUCCAUAUGUGCAUAUGUUCACACACACACACACCAAUUGAAGCUCCAUAGUUCUUCCUUCAAGUGGCCAUGCAGAGGGUGCAAUGCGUCCUCCAGGCCUACAGGGCGCACUUUUUUUUACAUCCUAUGGUGGAGCACUGAGGUGAUGAGGUCAGCUCAAGCUCUAUUCAAAGCUACUCCAUUGUUUGUGUUUCUGCAUUGCAGGGGGUUGGACUAGAUGACCAUUGGGUUCCCUUCCAACAAUUCACUGUUGUUGUUCUUUAGUCGUCUCUGACUCUUCGUGAUCCCAUGGACCAGAACAUGCCAGGCACUCCUGUAUUCCACUGCCUCCCGCAGUUUGGUCAAACUCAUGCUGGUAGCUUGAGUAGUGAUGUAUGGAAGUGAUGUAUGGAAGUGAGAGCUGGACCAUAAAGAAGGCUGAUCGCCGAAGAAUUGACACUUUUGAAUUAUGGCGCUGGAGGAGACUCUUGAGAGUCCCAUGGACUGCAAAAAGAUCAAACCUCUCCAUUCUGAAGGAAAUCAGCCCUGAGUGCUCACUGGAAGGACAGAUCGUGAAGCUGAGGCUCCAAGACUUUGGCCACCUUGUGAAAAGAGAAGACUCCCUGGAAAAGACCCUGAUGUUGGGAAAGAUGGAGGGCGCAAGGAAAAGGGCACUACAUGGUUGGACAGUGUUCUCGAAGCUGCCAGCAUGAGUCUAACCAAACUGCGGGAGGCAGUGGAAGACAGAAGUGCCUGGCGUGCUCUGGUCCAGGGGGUCAUGAAGAGUCGGACGUGACUAAAUGACCAAACAACAACAACAAACGUGUGGGUAUGUUGUUGUUUAGUCAUUUAGUCAUGUGGGUAUAGGGCGGUACAAUUAAUUAAUUAAAGUAAUCAUCAUCGUCAUCAUCGUCAUCAUCUUAUAUUCCACUCUCUGCCAUCAGACCUUCCAUGUGUACUCAAUUUCCAGGAACAGCCCUGGAGUUACAGACGCCAUCCUGGUUUCUGAUCUGAUCCUGGAAAGUCCCCCUGUUUCCCUUGGAGAAACGUUGGAGGGCGUGUGUGUCAGGCGGUGCUUGGACACGGAGGAAUGGUGGGGGGCACCAGCUGGGGAACCCCAAAGGGGAAGAAGGCUCAGAGCCCAGAGAUUGGUGGUGGGAUGAGGAGGGAUGAGGGAGAAGAGGGAGAAGACUGGGAAGAGGAGAUGUAGGAAGCUGGAGAGGCGACAGGGCUUAGUGAGAGGGGAGAGUUGGUGGCAGAGAGCAGUCCAGACUCAGCAGCAGAAGCUGAAGAUGGAGAGAAGGGAGGGAGACCAAGAGGCAGAGAGGAGUCAGGCUGGGGAAAAGGCACGGGGGUCUCCCUCUCCUGCCUCAACAAGCUCCCCUACCCCCAGGGGUGCCCCCCCAAAUAUUUCAAGGAGGGGGCCGAUCUGCCUCAAUAUUCUCCAUUAUUAUUGUUGCUCUUGUUAUUGUUUUUAUUAAGGAUUUUCUUCGGUCACAAUAGUACAAGCAUCGCCCCGCCAUGUCACAUCACAUGCAUGUGCUGCCCCCCCCCAAAAAAGUUGGCCAGAACCUGGCGCACCAGGAGAGGCGUGAAGAGAGCGGAGCUGUGACAAGUUUCAUGCAACUCAUUCAGAUGGGCUGUGUACAAAUAAUUUAUUAUUAUUAUUAUUAUUAUUAUUAUUAUUAUUAUCAGUGGGUGGACUUUGUGUCCUUCUCAGCCUCUCGCCCGCCUCACAGGGAUGUUGUGUCGAUGAAAUGGGGGUGGCUGCGGAGAAGCGUGCAGGUAACCCACAACUCCCGGGCAGGGAAAUUGAUCCUAGAAAUAGAGAUGUUGGAAAGACGCCUCUUGAGGAUUUCUUACCUGUGGUUCUGGGGGCUGGGCUAGAUGACCACUGGUGUGCCCAGUUCUAUACAAUUCCAGGAUUCUAUGUAGGGAUAAGGAUCAUCCAGUCUGACUCCUGGAUGCAAGUUUGAACAAGAACCGAAGAAUAACGAAAAACAGCAAAAUAGCUCUGUCAGCAGACCGCGAGGCUCUCAAUCUCAGGUUCGCGGGUUCGAGACCCACCUUGGGCAAAAGAUCCCUGCCUUGCAGGGGUUGGACUAGAUGACCCCUCGGGGUCCCUUCCAACUCUACAAUUCUGUGAUUCUAACUGCUACUGAGGGGCCUGUGUGCAGUGCGGGAGGGGAAGUUUGGCGAACGUUUCCUGACGCUGUAAAAAAAUGGACGGUGCAUAUAACCUGCAAGCCCCCGCCCCCCCAGGACUGAGAGGUGUGGGGGCUCAAACAGGCGACGAGCAGAGAGGGAUGGGGGGAGCCUCUUGUAUGCCCUCUUCUCAUCCCCCCCCUGUCGCAGCAGCAGCAGGACGACCCCCACCCCGGGACAGGGAUGCCAACUUGAAUAAAAUAUUGGGGGGGGGGGAACAGGACAGGUAAGACCCGCUCCCCUAAUCGAUCACAUGACGUGAUGCCUACACACCUUUUGAACGGCAACGCCCAUUGUCUUUGGCCCCCUCAAAUAUUUUAUUGGGAGUUGCCUCCUGCGCCAAGACGAGAUGGGGAGGUGGAGAGGCGAGAAGGUGUGGGGUGUCUAUCCCACCCCACCCGCGACCCCUCGCUCUCUGCUGCACCCCCGUCUCUCUCAGCGGUCAGCUUCGAGCCCAGCCGCUCCCCCCAUCACCCCCGCCCUCCCGUCCAGCUGGCACCCAAAGGCGUCGGCUCGCAUUUCCCUCGGAACAAUAACAAGUCUGGGGAAGCCAUCAGGAGCUGGGGGGGGGAGUCGGGGGGGGAGGCACACGCCGGGGGAUGAUGGCUUGGCCAGAUGCGGGAGGGGGAGCGCGGGGGGGGGGGGCGGGCGCAUAACCGACGGCGGGCCAGUGCAGCGCCAAAGAGGCCCCCGGAUCGCGCGCUGCGUCUUUGCGCGCAGAUCUGCCGGCUCCGCUCUGCUGCGGACGCCACCCCCCCGGCUGAAAGAACAGCCUUUGCCAAGCCGGCGCCCCCCAGAAAGCUGGGGCUGUCGGAGGCAGUGGUGCUAGUGGGGAAAGUUCAGGACAGGGGUCACAGAAGAGGCGAAAUGUAUUUCCAGGAAAGAAAAAUAACAGCGCGUGGGAAUGACAACAGCCGGCGGGUCAAGUUCUGGGCGGGGAGGGGGCACGUAUUCAUUUUAUGUAACCUUGGAAGGGACCCCAAGAGUCAUCUAGUCCAACCCCUGCAACGCAGGGAUCCCAGAGAGGUUUAGUACCGUAAUUUAUUGCGCUCACAUUCCACCUCCCCCCCCCGCAAGGAGCUUUAAGCAGCUCACAUGCCUUUCUCUCCCCCAGCGUUUAUUCCCCGCAACAACAGCCCAGGGAGGUAGCAGAGGUUGCGAGGAAGGGAGCUGCGUGGCCGCGUGGGGAUUUGAACCUGGGUCUCCCGGCUCCUAGUCCAGCACUCUAACCACUAGGCCCGCAGUGGCUUUGCCCCCCCCCCCCCACUUAUCCUGUGCUGGGAAUUGUAGUCCUCCGUCAGGUGGGCGGAGGCUGCCUUAGAGCAGAUUUAUAGCAAACUACGCCUGCCUCUCAUCUCUCGAUUACAGUCUACUGUAGCCAUAAUAAUAAUAAUAAUAAUAAUAAUAAUAAUUUUAUUAUUUAUUAUUAUAAUGUUUAUUAUUUAUUUAUUAUUAUAAAUAAUAAAUAACAUCUGUCACACAAGCAGGGCUUAAUCCAGUGAAGGAUUUUACGUUCAUUAGCUCACAGCAGUUUAAGAAUUGCUUAAUUGACGGCCCCACUAGAUCCCAGAACAUCUGUGCUGGGAUCCAGACACACAGAUCUGGGAUCUUGGAGGAGGUCCCAUUUAGACCUGGAUUCAGCACUGGGAUGAUUGCACCCACCCUGCAUGAUAUCAUCAUCAUCAUCAUCUCUCAGCGACUCUCCAUGCCAUCAGCCAAGAUGCCCUUCUGGAAUCUGGAGCCUCUGUCUGGGUUAGGAGUGAGGGUGUGUGUCUCUUUUUGCAAUCAGCCCCAGAAGGUGGCGUUUUGAGGACGUUUUGAUAUUAGGAUCCUGUGGGCUGGAGUUCCGCAGGAUUGCACCUUCUCUACACAGCUCCCCCGCCCUUCUGUUGGGCAUCUAUGUGAAACCACUGGGCAGGGGUCUUCUGCAGUUUGGGGAUGCACUGUCAUCCAUGCACAGAUGACACACGGAUGGAUGGCCCCUGUCAGGGAUGCUUCUGUUGCGACAGUUGAGGGCUGGACUAGACGACCCCUCGGGGUCCCUUCCAACGCUCCCAUUCUACAAGUCUGCAUUGCCCACACAAGCAGGGGAGGUGGAGGAUAAGCUGAACUGGUUCCUGACCUUGGCAAGGGACUGGAUGAGGGCCAGGAAACCGGAGAUCCAUCCAGACAAGACAGAGGCGACGUUGGCGGGGGGUUCAUCUCUGUUGCUCAGCCAAAGGGAGGAAGGAGCUGGCUAGUGAUCUGGGGGUGAGCUCUUGGGGGCUCAGCCCCUGUCUGGAUAUACUGGAAGAAGCAAAGGUCACUACCAACCUUUCUAUAUGCUUGUAAAACAUGGACCACUUAUAAACGCCAUCUCCAACUCCUUGAAAGAUUCCAUCAACGGUGUCUCUGGAAAAUCUUACACAUCACUUACAAGACAGGCAAACUAAUAGCAGUGUACUGGAUGAAGCAAAGAUCACCAGUGUGGAAGCAAUGAAUCUUCAACAUCAACUUCUUUGGACUGGUCAUGUUGUGUGGAUGCCUGAUGAUCAUCUUCCAAAGCAACUACAGUGGCACCUUGGGUUACAGAUGCUUCAGGUUACAGACCCCGCAAACCCAGAAAUAGUACCUUGAGUUAAGAACUUUGCUUCAGGAUAAGAACAGAAAUCGUGUGGUGGCAGCAGGAGGCCCCAUUAGCUAAAGUGGUGCUUCAGGUUAAGAACAGUUUCGGGUUAAGAACGGACCUCCAGAACGAAUUAAGUUCUUAACCCGAGGUACCACUGUACUGUAUUCCGAACUUAAAAAUGGAAAGCGUAAUGCUGGUGGUCAACAAAAGAGGUUUAAAGACUCUCUCAAGGCAAAUCUUUAAAAAUGUAGUAUAAACACCGACAACUGGGAAGCGCUGGCCUGUGAGCACUCCAGUUGGAGAACAGCCUUGACCCAAGGUGUCAUGGGCUUUGAAGACACUUGAACUCGGGACGCAAGGGAGAAACGUGCUAAGAGGAAAGCACGCUUGGCAAACCCUCAAGGGAUCAACUCCCGCCUGGAAACCAAUGUCCCCACUGUGGAAGGACGUGGGGAUCCAGAAUUGGCCUCCACAGUCACUCCUUGUUAAGGCCGCGUUUAUGGAAGACAAUCUUACUCGCCAGAGAUAAAGAGAGGGAUGUGGGUGACCUGCCUUCCACCUUCACGGUUAGACUGCUGCAAUAUUUGGAGAUUCUUCCUGCUCCAAGGCCUCCAUGGUUUCUGCUUUGGCUUCUCCAUUGAGAAAAAGGAAGCUUUUUGUUUCCAGAGAGCAGCCAGCAGUGCAGAGGCUGCCUCCCAGUAAAUAAAUACAGGCCAUGCCAGCGAAGGAGUUUUUGGCAGCCGGCGGAUUCGUCCUCAGGCCGGGUACCUUCAAAGCACGUCCGGAGCUCAUGAUGCCUGGCUCGCGUGAUGCUGAAACUCACCCACACCCCGUGAAGCUGGAAGGCCUUGUUCACGCAGCACAGUGUUAACCUAUGGAACCUGCUGCCACUAGAGAAGACCAUGGAUGGCUGCUAACCAAGGGGGCUGUGCUCUGGCUCCACAGUCCAGGGUAGCAAUGCUUCUGGAUCCCAGAAACCGCAGCAGGGGAGAGGGUCCUUGGGUUCGAAUCCUGCUCGUGGGUUUCUCUUUUUUAUAUAUAAAAAAUAAUCUUUAUUCAUUUAAAUUACACACAUAUACAAAGAAUUUACAAUUUCAUACUACAAAAAUAAAAUUAAAGAAAAAAGAAUCAAGGAAAAAGAAAAGAAUACAGAAAAAAGAAGAAAAAGCAGAUUUACAUGCAUAAAAAAAACCUUAAUCUUCCUAAUUAAUACUUAGAUAAACACUUAAAUAAAAAAGACUUCUGACAAAAAUAAUAUAAAACUGUGCGGGGGGAAACGACGACAGUAUAAACAGUACAAUGAGAAUGAUUGGAAGACUCGUUUUUGUGGGUUUCUCAUUGGGGGGCAUGUGGUCGGCCGCUGUGAGAACCAGAUGGGCCACUGGCUUAAUCCGGCAGAAAUUUCUUGCGUUCUUAUGUUGUGCACUGAAUAUCUUCCUUGGCUGGGUGAAAGACAGAGAGAGAGAAUGCAGAAAACUAACUUACUGUACAAAGGGCCAUAGCUGUUGCUCCGCCCACUUUUCCCUCUGGCCCCGCCCACCACCACCACCGGCCCUUGAAAGGUUGCCUCGAAAGGACUGCGGCCCUCACGUGGAAAACAGCUUCUUACUGGACUCAGGCUACAAGGCCAGCCCCACUUACCUGGGAGCAAGCCCCAUUGCACUCCAAAGGACACCUGCGGGUCCAGAGAUUCUCAGAGGACUGGAAUAAAUAUUUGAACUAUUUGAAAAGCAAUUGUAAUAAACAGAUUACGCUAGUAGGAUUGCAAGAUGUUUUGUAAGGAGGUACUAUGCGGAAUAUUGCAGAGAAGAUUAGGAAGAGAAUUGUUAGUUAAGGAUAAUUGAAAGUAAUAAGGAAAUUAAGGAAUGUAGAUUAAGUGAUAAAAGACUGGAAAAUCUUCAGAUGUGGUUGAUGGAAGUCCAAAACACUGUAUAAGAGAAGAAGAAAUUAUGUUAUAUGAUUGUUGGGAAUGAUAUGUAAAAUAAUAAUAAAUAUAUAUAUGAAAACAGCAACAAAGGGACACACUUCCAAGUAGGCAUGGCUCGGAUGGUGGCCGAAGGCUUAUACUGUUAUCGAUUCAGGUCCCAAAUAUCUGAGAGGCCUUCUCCUUCCUCCCUGCAGACAUCCUUGGGUGGGCAGAGCUGAGGUGGUGGUCCAGGGGGGAGGGCCUUCUUGGUGGUGGCACCUGAGCGGUGUAUCUCCCUGCCCAUGGAGGUCCCUAGAAUCGUAGAUCAUAGAAUUGUGGAGUUGGGACCCCCAAGGGUCAUCCAGUCCAACCCCGUACAAUGAAGGAAUUGCAACUCAAGCAUCCAUGACAGAUGACCAUCCAACCGCUGCUUAAGAACAUCCAAGGAAGGAGAAUCCAUUCAAUGAUCGGACAGCUCUUACUGUCAGAAAGUUCUUCCUGAUGUUUAGUCGGAAUCUCCUUGAAGCCAUGGGUUCGAGGAGAAAACAAGCACGCUCCCUCUUCCAUGUGACAGCCUUUAAGAUAUUUGAAGAUGGCUAUGAUGCUCCUCUCAGUGUCCUCUUUCCCAGGCUAAACAUACCCAGCUCCUUCAACCGCUCCUCAUAAGGUUUGGCUUCCAGACCCUUGAUCAUCUUGGUUGCCCUUCUCUGCACACCUUCCAGCUUCUCAACAUCCUUCUUAAAUUGUGGUGCCCAGAAUUGGACACAAUAGUGCAGGUGUGCUCCGAUCAAAGCAGAAUAGCGUGGGAGAGCUGGACCAUAAAGAAGGCUGAUCGCCGAAGAAUGGAUGCUUUUGAAUUCUGGUGCUGGAGGAGACUCUUGAGAGUCCCAUGGACUGCAAGAAGAUCAAACCUAUCCAUUCUGAAGGAAAUCAGCCCUGAGUGCUCACUGGAAGGACAGAUCCUGAAGCUGAGGCUCCAAGACUUUGGCCACCUCAUGAGAAGAGUAGACUACCGGGGAAAGACCCGGUUGUUGGGAAAGAUGGAGGGCACAAGGAGAAGGGGACGACGGAGGACGAGAUGGUUGGACAGUGUUCUCGAAGCUACAAACAUGAGUCUGACCAAACUGUGGGAGGCAGUGGAAGACAGGAGCGCCUGGCGUGCUCUGGCAGCGCUUUUGCAGGGGCGGCGUGGGGACCUCUGCCCCCAAAUUCUGGGAUGGCAGUGCCUCUACCUGGCAGCUCUGGGGAGGGCAGGCGUGACUCUCCUUGGAGGUUUUUAAGCAGAAGUUGGAUGCCUUAUCUGAGAUUACAAGGCGCACACCCUGCGGCGUCUUGCGCGGCGCGUGCAGCUGCCUGUCCGCUGCGUUUCCUCCUCCCUCCUCCUCCCUCUUUCCUCGCUGGCGGGGCGCAUAGGCGUGUGCCCGGCGUCCGCCUGGCCGGAAUCCACCUCCCAGCGCCAAACAAAGACCCCUUUUUCACGGCCCGGAGAGAGGAGAUCGGAAUGCCGAUUGCUUUGGGCACACCUGAGAUGCCAGCCCCGUUCCCAUGCAGCCUCUUGGAGGGCCCCACAUUUGGGGGGGGAGGGUGUUGUUCCAUGGGGACCCCCUCUGUGGCACGCCGAGGGGGCAGCGAGACCGGGAGGGCCGAGGACCGGACCGUCCGGGUUUGAGAGGCAGCGUGGUUCAGUGGUUAGAGCGCGUCAGGCACGAUAGUGUGAAUGAGGAGGAGGAGGCUGCGCGGAGCCUGUGAAAACUUUGUCCUUGGAUGUUAAAUCAGAUUCGCUUCACUCCCCCCCCCCGACCCUCCCCUGAGCCGCGCAGGGUUGCCACCUUUCCCGACCGGCUCUGCUCCUGUGCCAGUUUGGCCAAAAGCAGGUAGAUGAGCAGGAGCGGGAUAUUUGGACCGGACCAGCAGGCUCUCCUGAAAGCAGAGGAGCAGGUCCAGGGGGAAGAGUUGGCAACUUUAGAGCAGCGGGAAGGGUCUGCAUGGGGUGAGGGGGGGGGGGCAGGCCGGCCAGUUUUGUAACCCCAUUUCCCGUCUCUUCCCUCCUGCAGCCGAACCGGUGGACGUCUUGAAAGUGUUGCAGCUGCAGAACCAGCCCGAGGGCGUCCGCAAGACCACGGGCUUCUGCCCCAAGAGGCGCUCAGGAUCGGGGCCCGAUGUGGCCUACCGGAUAUCAAGGCAGGCGCAGAUCAGCGCCCCCACCCGGCAGCUUUUCCCAGGUACGCAAGCGAAGAGUGUGGGGGGGGGGCGAGUUCCCAUCACUCCCCCUCAGUUUAGCCCAGGUUCACAGUGUUUGGAUUCCAAGUUGUUUGGGUACCAAGGCAUUUGAGAAUCAAGGGACCCCUGUACUUCAAAUGUGCCAAUGCUUCUCGUGGCUUAGACCCAGCCAGGUGGGCAGAGUAUAAAUAAUAAAAGUUAUUAUUGUAAUAAACAAAAUCUGCCUUCAUUCCCUUAUGGGGGACACAAGGGCCCUUAUAGAGUCCUUUUGUAGGUUCUUCAUCCGUCGGAGGAAAUAACAGAGGCCAACCAGGGAAUACUGAGAAGCAAAGCAGCUAGUAAGCCUGAUCUUUAUUGAACUGUUGCAACAGGGUGCUGCCCUCACACACAGGAAAGGAGGAGGACCCAGAACCCAGGGGGGCCCCACCCUUAUAUAGACAUUUUAAAUUUCCUGCCUGGAGCUCAAGACCACCCCUCCAUACAUCAUACCUACAUCACAGAAAGGCGGUCUACAACAGAAAUCUGAGUGCAUUGUUUAUCUCCUGUCUGGCAGGUUAUCUGAUAAUGCCUUAUCCGAUUGCCUUUCCUGGUAGUCUGUCACCCUUUGAAAUGGUGAUUACUCAAUUCCUGUAACAAGGAAGGCUUUUUUUCACCCCCUCCCUCCUUGCAGAGAAAACAUUUGGUCAGUUUGGGAGUCAAAAAAUGGUUUCAGGGCGGUCUUCCUGGGCUGCUCCAGACAUGUGGUCCCCAUAUCUAUGUACGUGCUUGCUUGGUACGUUUAUGAACAUUUAGUAUAUAUAUAAGACCUUAAUUCUUUAAUUUCAUUAUUAUUAUUAUUAUUAUUAUUAUGUGGGGAGCCUCCAAAACCAUCCCUUUUGUGGGGUUUGCUGGGUCUUGUGGGGCCCUCCUUAAACCCUCCUCUCUCCCCCCCCCCAGGUAAAUUCCCAGAGGAUUUCUCCAUCAUGGCUCUGGUGAAGCCCAAAUCCGGCCUCCAGGCGUUCCUGCUCUCUGUCUACAACCAGCAUGGCACCCAGCAGUUGGGCGUGGAGCUGGGCCGCUCCCCCGUCUUCCUCUAUGAGGACCAGAGUGGGCGCCCAGCCCCAGAGGACUACCCCAUCUUCCGAGGGGUCAACCUGGCUGACGGCAAGUGAGUGCCCUCCCCUCCCGGCUUCCUUCUCUGCCCCCUCCAUCGCCCCACUGCAGGGGGGAGGCCUGUGCUUUGUCACGAUCCCUGGUGCGAUUCCCGCAUGGCCCGGGGUUGGGCUGGAUGAUCCUCAGGGGACCCCUCUCCAACUCUGCCAUUCCACGAUCCUUUGAUAUUAUGAUUAACACAUACAACGCACGACAAUUACAGAAUAUAAAAAUAAAAAAUGAAACAAACAUUCAGAGAAUCGUCUCCAAAUACACCAACAGAAUUCGCCAAAGUGUGUAUGAGAAAACCACCACAAUUUUAACAAACACCAAAUAUAAUACGUAGUAACAUCCAUUGCCUGGGUUGUUGGCCACAAAUAAAUAUAUCUACUGUAUCAGCAUCAACUAUGGUCUACAGGAGUUUAUUCAAAAGCAAGAGGAGGGGGAAAGAAAAAUAAUAAUUAAGAUAUGUGCUUUAUACAAACCUUUGGCCUCUUGCUCAACCUGUAAUUUCUGUGUCAGUUUUUCCAACAAUGUUUUCUGCCAGAUUGCCCUAUGCCUCUGGUCCGGAGUCAAUCACUGCAAUGAUUUCCCUGUCCUGGCAAUGGUCGUUCUUGCCCCCCGCGGUUAACGGAUGUGUUACAAGUUCUUUAUUUCUAAUUCACGAAAUAUCCUGACGUGUUUGCAAGAAACCGAUCUUUGGAGACGUACACGUUGCGACUCUCUGCUCGUUGACAUCGAGCAGGUGCCUUUGCUGGACUCUUUUCGGCCCCUGCUAAAAACGGUUUUGUUUGUGGGGAAUCGUAGCGUAGGAAAGAACCUCAAGGAUCAUCUAGUCCAACCCUCCCUGAAAGAGCUGCUGCCAGUCUGUGUAAACAAUACUGAUCCAGAGGAGCUCACAGUCUGACUCCACGGGAAGCGUCUUCCUGUGUUUCUAGGUAGACCAAUGUUGGCAGGUGUUCUAAUCUGGUUUUUAGUUCAUCAGUUGACUCAAAUUAUUUUUUGAAGGUUCAAUAUAGUUCAUUCUUAGCUGUGUUUUCCUGAUAGCUCCAUCGCUCUGUUCUUCAUGUAAACAGUUUUUUUCAUCUUCUCUUUACCACCAAGCGGUAUACACCGUAUUUUUCGCUCCAUAAGACGCACCUGACCAUAAGACGCACCUAGUUUUUAGAGCAGGAAAACAAGAAAAAAAAUAUUUUGAAUGAAACUGUGGAUGUAUGAUUUGUGUGGUUCAUGCUAUGGCCACAGACAUGUGAUCUGAUGGUGAGUUAGGGGUAGUCCAAUGCAAAAAUCCUGAGGAUCCAUGUGGAUCCGUGCUUUGUAACCACAUUUUUGCACCAUUGCAGCCCCUGCCAACAGUGGAUGCGUGAUUUUUUUGGUGCAGGCUGUAGCCAUGGACAUGCUAUGUGAUCUGAUGGUGAAUUUGGGGUGACCCAAUGCAAAAAUCCUGAGGAUCUAUGGGCUUUUACCUCCCCCCUCCCAGACAGCCUCCGCUAGCGUCCCUUAUCUUUGUCGCGAACCCACCGAUCAGCUGUUUCCUUUCAACACUCCCUUCCCUCUUGUUUGCCUUAGUGUCUUUUCCUUAGCUGGAGCAGUUUUUUGCUCCUCCUUUUCUUCUAAUUUCUCUCCUCAUUGAUUUAGUCUUCCUGUUUCCCCUCUUUGCAAGUUUGCUGUCUUUACCUCCCCCCUCCCAGGCAGCCUCUAGCAUCCCUUAUCUCUCUCCCCGAUGGGCAAAUGAUCAGCGGCUUUGUUUCAACACCCACUUCCCUCUUUCAAAAAAAAAAAGAAAGAAAAAAGCGUGAACUGCUUUUUGCCCCUGGGCAGUUCGGCUCCAGGGACCACGCAUUCGCCCCAUAAGACACACAGACAUUUCCCCUUACAUCAUAGGAAGAAAAAAGUGCCUCUUAUGCAGCGAAAAAUACAGUAAAUUCUGAGAAAUACAAGGUAAAAUAAAUUCGUAGGCCCCACUCAGCACCUUCGAACCGUAGCCCAGGCAGGAGAUUCACCCUGGGAGUUGUAGUAUGGAGGCUCACGUCUAAUUCUCUGUCGGUCAGACUUUAUUCCAUGAUGUGUGGUUGGUGCCUGUUUCGAGAGGCAAAGGCGUGCGCCUCCAUACUACAACUCCCAGGGUGAAUCUCCCGCCCGAGCUACGGGAGACUCCACGCUGGAAUUGUGUAGCGUUUGCUCCCGAGCCUUGUUUUCUCCCGAAAAUAUCCCUCAAGGCAGCAGAGAUUUAGGACCAGAGUUUUCCUUCUCCUAGAUGGGCACCUUUCCUCCACAACCUGUGCAGAAACCGCCUUCUUGACCAUUGGGCCUGCUCAUGGCCUCAUCAUAAUUUAAUAAUAAUUUCAUUAUUUGUACCCCGUCCAUCGGACUGGGUUUCCCCAGCCACUCUGGGCAGAUUCCAGCACACACAAAAACAUAAUAAAACACCUAAUGGUUCUUAUUAGCCUGAGCAACACCGAGUUAAAAAACAAAAGAGGAAUGCAAAUGGGUAAAAUUGAUGGUAAUUGCAGCCAGACAGCUUAUAAUGCGUAAUGGGAAAAAUGCAGAAGAGCAAGGGAAAAACUGAAAAAUAUUAUAAUUUUAGAAUACCUAACUGUGAAGAUGCAUAGAAUGAAAGGGUUUAAGGUCAGUGAGAAAGAGGAGGAUUGGUUUGAGAAGAUAUUGAACUAUUUGAGUAGGUUUGAACAAUUAGGGGCAAUUAAAAUGUUAAAAGUUAAAUAAACCUUGUGAAAGGCGGAGUGUUAAGGUAUAUAGAAGUGUACAUAUAAUUAAUCUGAAUAUGUUAUUAUUGAAUAUGUAUAUUAUUGGAUAUUGUAUACUCAAUAUAUCAGCCGCCUGGGGGGUUUCACUCUUUGUGUUUGAGUGGUUGGUAAAAAAUAAAAUAUUUAAAAAAAACCAUAAUAAAACACAUUUUAAUGUUAAUAAAACAUUAAAAUCUCCCCUGUACAGGGCUGCCUAAGUUCAGGUGUCUCCUAAAGGUGUGUAGUUACUUAUCUCCUUGACAUCUGAUGGGAGGAUUUCCAAUAAUAAUGAUGAUGAUAAUAAUAAUUUUAUUAUUUUUUCACCCUCCCAUUCUGCCAGCGGUGCAUUAAAGUCGAGGGAGUUCCAAACUGUAGGUGGCGCCGCGCUGAAUAUCGGCCCUUCUUAUCCACGUGGAACUGGCAUUAUUACUCCGACUUUAUGCAGUUCCGUGACUCUGCGAUUCCCCCCCCCCUCCAGGUGGCACCGGGUGGCUCUGAGCAUCAGCAAGAAGCAGGUGACCUUGAUCCUGGACUGCAAGAAGAAAGUGACCCGCCCUCUGCCCCGCGGCAACCAGCCGGCCAUCGACACGCGCGGCAUCACCGUCUUUGGAACCCGCAUCCUGGACGAGGAGGUCUUUGAGGUGGGCGGCCUUCUCCGCUCUCUCCCGCUGCUACUUCGGCCUGCGGGUGCCGGGCCUGGCUCUUCAACCUCUUCCUUUGGCUUCCUCCCCGCAGGGAGACAUCCAGCAGCUGCUCAUCUCCUCCAGCCCCCAAGCAGCCUACGACUUCUGCGAACACUUCAGCCCCGACUGCGACGUGAAGGCCGCCCAGAAGCCCCAGGCCCAGGAGGCCCAGAAGAACCCCAGCAGACCUGAGGUGAGGGGGGCGGAGGAGCCGGGGUUCAGGAAAGGGGUCCACGUCCCACCCCCCUUCCACCUCCUCAGCAUCCUUGCUGGGCAGCGGGAGUUGGGGAAAGGUUGUUUCCUUCUGGGAGGAGGAAGCCAGGAGGCGGUUCUGUGUUCGAAACACAGUCUGAACCCUCGCCUGCCCUCCUGGGAGGGGGGUUGUUGUCGAGGGCAGACAGGUGGGGAAGUGGCCACGUGCUUCUAACCAAUCCCAAAGGCAUAGCUGUCAACUUUUCCCUUUUCUUGCGAGGAAUCCUAUUCAGAAUGAGGGAAUUUCCCUUAAAAAAAGGGAAACGUUGACAGCUAUGCCCAAAGGACCCCGGUUCAAGAUUGGGCCUUCGGAGAGACCCCCGCCUGACCUCUGGGAGAGACAGAUCUGUGCGGACGAGGGUCCAACUCUGUGCAGAACAGCUUCCUAGGACGCUAAAUCUGCCCGGACAGUGCCAGGAGAGGGAAAGGAAACUAUUUUGCAGGCAGCAGUGACGCAAAGGAAACACCUUUUCCACGUGCCAGAUUCUUAAGGUCAACCAGAGCGAAAAUCCGCCUCACAUCUUCCUUCUUCGGGGAAUUUUCCACCUUCGUUCUGACUCAGGGCGUUUCGUUGAUUCCUUGUGUUUUUUCGGAGCAAGGCCAGGUUCCCCUUUUGAGCAGCCCAAAGAUGGAAUUGCGGAGUCGGAAGGGACCCUCUGCGGUCAUCUAGCCCAACCCGUUUCAAUGCAGGAAGCACAGCUGAAGGCUCUGGGGUGUUUCAGUGUCCUUGCUGGCACUGCGAUUUCGCCUCCUGGCAGUUCCUAACGCCCCCUUUUGCCGGUGGAUCUGGAGCGCAGGAUUAUGUCCAUGUUGCACCUGAAGAGGAAGCAGGUUGCUAACUUGGGGCAAUUAUUGAGAAUGUUUUUACAUAUUGGUAAAAUAUGGACUAGCAAUGAGCUCCCCUCCUCGUAAUGGUGAAAGGGCAAAAACUCUCUCCCAUACCAGUUUGAGCACAUUGUUGUCCGUUGACAACUUGAGCUGUGAUUCCUUCAUUGCAGGCGGCUGGACUCUUGGGGUCCCUUACAAAACUGCAAUUAUGGGAACUUUUUGGAACAUUUCAGGUGGUGCGGCUGCCAUUUGAUCAAAGAAAUCUUAUUCCAUUAACCACCUGCUGCAUUUUAACGGAUUGAUUAAAUCUGCAUUCGUUUUCAUAUGCAGAGUGAAAAAUAAUCUCUCCCCCCCUUGGGGAAAGAGGCUCCAGUUUCUACCACCUGCAUUUUUAAGCAGCUUGGUUAAUCCAGCCAAUGGUUUUUAAGUUGAUCAAUUUAACCAAUUAAUUGUCAGAUCAGCUUUGCAGUCCUGGUGAAUUAUCAGUCAGGAAGUGGGCAAAAACUGGAUUCCCUCUCAAAUUGUUUUCCUUUUUUUCCUUUUUGCGGUUUCUUAACUUUCCCUCCCUUGUUUGCUUUUUUGGGGGGUGGGGAUGAUCAGUGCCACUGAAUCUGCAGGAAAAAGCGCCCCCCCUUGCUGGUGUUUCAAAAGGCUGGGACGCAGGAAACCACUUCCCACUUCCCCAAUCCAGUAUUUUUUGGAGUUAAAAAAGAGAGGAGAGUGUCUUCAGGGAGCUCAAAGCCCUCCAAUAUUGCACCCCUCAUUUUUAGGAGCACCCUGCACCCAUCUGCGGGAAUGGUUCUCAACCGCUGGGGGGGGUUGGCCUUCUGCCCCCCCCCCCGGACUGGCGAAUCUCUGCAGCCGUUUAUGGUUUUUUUGUUCUGUUUUUGAAGAAACCGCUUCUCUUGCUCUCCCUCAGUACUUUGGUGAGGACCUGCAGGACUAUGACGCCUACCCCUACUAUUACGGGCCUAGUGAGGGCGGAUUGGGCCCUCUCUCCUCCACGCCUUUGGGGGGAGCCAGUGAGCAGGUAAAGGGAGCGGCGCUGCCGUGCUCCUCCCCAGAAACGUCCAUCCGUCCGUCCGUCCUCGUACCCGAGUCUUGUCCUUGUCAUGUGGUUGUGGAAUAGUCCACCUGUCUGUCUUGUCCACCUAUCCAUCAGUCCAUCCAUCCAUCCAUCCAUCCAUCCAUUUAUCAAUGUCUAUGCAUUACCUUGCCUUUAAUUUAGCAACAUGGGGGGCAAACCCCGCCCUCCCCGCUAGUUUCUUCCAGAGAUGGACAGCGAAGGAGAGACUAGAGUCUGGGGAGUUAUCCAGGCAGAUUGGGAGAGUGUGGGUUGGGAAAUAGCCAUUGCCGGAGAGUGGCAGGAUAUGGCCAUCCUUGGGUAGAUAAUAGCUGAGUUGCAGGCAAACCUUAUUAUUAUUAUUAUUUUAAAUGCCGCAAUGAAUGGUGGAGUUCACUCGCGGUUGCGCUGCAUCAUAUCCCACGUAGUCCAUUGGAAACGGCAGAGCCCAUGGUGCAGUGCGGCUGUGGCUGAAACCCGAACAUGCGGGAGUAUCCGGGGCAAUGCGGAAUCAGUGGGCUAGUUGGAAUGAGGAAAACCACAAUCUUACGGGCGGGUUUUGUGCAGAAAUCUGUGGAGCUCUAGGCUGUGGACUGAAUUCAUUCGGAACCAAAAAAAUAAAUAAAUUGUAAUAAGAAAUAUCCAAUUUGGCCACCAGAAGCAGCUCAGAAGUUUUUUAUCCUGUGUUCGGUUAAGCCGUGUUGCUGUGUUUUCCAAACCCGCUUCACCCACCUUGGGGGCAACUAUGCUUAGUGCAGAGAAGGCAGCUUCAAACCACAGUUUACGAAGCUCUUCCGCUGACGGUGGUUGGGAUUAACCAUGGUUUAGGGUUUGGCCACAAUGUUCCUCAUUUGCUUUUGCUUCCUGCUCCUCCCCUCUUCCUCCUCCAUCGCCAUCUUCAUCACCCCGUCCUCUGUUGUCGUUUGUCCUUGCCGUCCUCCUCGCCGCUGCCAGAAACCGGCCAAGGGGAAGCCCCCCGCCAAGCCCAAACCGAAGCCGAAGCAGCCCCAGAAACGCCAGCUCGCCAGCACGGCGCCCGCCUACGCCGCCAAGACCGGCCCCAAAAACGGCUCCAAGUACCCCGGCAACGGGAAGUCCGGUGGGAAGGCCAGCAGCGCCAAGGCAACCACGAAAAAACCCCCGGGCAAAUCGGGGGGCCAGGCCUACGCUGGCGCCGUCGGAGCCCGGAAGCCAGGGAACGGCUACCAGCAGGUAGAGCCACAGGGGAGGGGGUGCAGGGUGCCACCUGGCCCCCCAACCCUGGGAUCCGGGCAAAGCUGGCUGCUCUGGCCCCCUAAAACCACCCCACUGCCCUCUCGUCUGCCUGUGUGCCUGUCUGCGUCUCCCCACCUCCACGUGUCUCUGUGUUAACCGUACCACGUCCUGCAUGCUGGGCCGUUGGGGGGCCGCAAGAGAAAGGGGCCCCAGAACUUCGGAAGGGCUCCCCACCCUCUCUUGGGAGGGGCGGACAGAUUGAGAUUCGACUUUCCCUCAACCUCCCGGGAAACGAGAACCCACAUCCGUGCCAGGGGGCCCUAUCCUAAGUUCGGACUUCUCUUGCCCUUUCCCUUCCCCCCCAAAUGGACACCUGCCAGACCCCCCCAAAUUGCUGCCAUCCUUGUCCGGUUUGCAGGUGGGGGGGUGAGAUUCUGCUCCCCGAGAUCCAUUUGUCUCCCUGAGGGAAAAUGAUCCGGGAUAAGGAGGAACGCUCCUUGCAGAAUUGCUGAGUUUGGGAUGGGACCCCACAGGGUCAUCCAGACCAACCCACAGCCAACUCCUCCUUCUCCUUCCUCCCGGGACUCGAGAGGAGAUGUUUGGAUGAACUAACCAUGUCUGCAUAUUUUUUUUUCUCUCCCUCCUUUCUCCUGUUUGGCCUGUUUCCUGUUUUGAUCCAUCCUCUCCCUCUCCCACUCGUCCGUUCGCCCCACAAUGUGACGGCCGCGUCUCCCCCUCUCUUGGGCAUCUUCUCUGCCCCUCCAUCAACACAUUCUUCCUUUCCUUCCUCAACACGACAACUCUGCUCCUCCUCCUUCCGUACAUACCCAACCCCACACACUGCGUUGCUUUCCUCUUCCCCUCCCUGGCUCGUGACUCUUUCCUCCACUGCCACCACUCUGCUGCACCCCCUCUCAAGGACGUGGGCCUGCUCCCCACAGAGGAGCCCUGGGGGGCCCACGAGUACCUUGACUACACCUUGCCUCCUGAGGCGGAAGAGACCUAUUGGGAAGAGGGCCCCACACAGCAGGCGUCCCUACCUGUUGCCUCGUUGCCACAGGGAGAGGUAAAUGUGCCUCUAGCACCCGCGUCCUGAUGGGCCAACCUGAGACGGAAGGGCGUUCGCUCCCUGGUUGGGUGGGCAGUGCAGGGUCCGCAAGAGAGGAGCCAGGACUCCCGGGUUCUGUGGGAAGGAGAGCCCCAGUGGGCUUGAGGCCCCGGACUCCUGGGUUCUCAGGAAGAGCAGGGCGGAUUGGACGGCGAGGGGAAGAGCCCUCUGAGCUCAGGGGCUUUGAGUGCAGGUAGGGCCAGGGAAGACCCCCUGGGCCUGAAAUUAUGGAAAGGCAUGAUGGGAGUUGUAGUCCCAAGGCAAUGCUGGACCCCUGCCGCAGCUCCCUCUGCCCCCUUGCUGGUCUCUGGCAGGCUGGUGGGGCAGGAGACACCCCCCAAGAAUGACCCAUGGGUGGGUGGGCACCAGCCCCGUUUGCCCCCCCUAACGUAUCCAUGGGUUCCCACCCUGCCCGGGGGCCAGGAGGAAGCGCCCAGCCCACGUCCCGCCGAGGAAGAGGUGUUCACCGAAGAGGAGGUCCCCGGCGUGGGGCUGGAGUACGAGUACACCUAUAGGAGCUAUGGCGAGGGGGCCGAGCCGUCGGAGCUGGGGCCUGUGCUCUCGGCCGAGACCCCCCACGGCGGAGGCGUAAGUGGGGUGCUGCCCCCUCCCUGGAGGCCCUCUGGCGUUCUUUGCCAUGCCUUCCUGUCCUCUUGGGUCUACUUCCUGUUGUUCAUGCUUGUCUGUGACGUCACUUCCUCUUGCCUGGGGUUGGCUUAUGGAAUGGAUUCAGCCUUGUCCUCUUGCUCUUGUUUUGGUGUUUUAUCCGCAACCCGUUUCUGUUUCCUCCUCUUUCGGUUCUCCGCCACGACACUCCUUCUUUCCCAACAGCUUUGGUUUGCGGUUCCUGACGGGCAUGUGGCUGUGGAUUCGGUUUGCUGAUGUCACUUCCUGUUUGAGGAUGCCCAUUUCCUGCUGCCUGCGCACCCCUUCCUGUUUUGAAGUCACCUCUUCCUCCUGCCUUUGCCACCAUUCACCACCGGGUGGCGGUAGCACUUCCUGUUCCGUUUGCAACCCUUCCCACUUCCUAUGACCCUCCUCUUUGUCUGAUAACAUCAUUUCCGGCUAUUGCCAGGCGCUGGAGGAUUUGUCAUGCUGCCUGUUUGGGUUGUUUGCCGUUUUCUGCUGCACUCUUUUCUGAAGUUGCUCUUUAGUUAUUAUUUCAAGCUGUCCAGCCAUGUGUGCAACUCACUUCCUGUGAUGCCAUUUCUCUGUGUGGCGAUGUCAUUUCCUGUGAUGUCAUUUCCUUCCUUGUUGACGUGUCCUGCAACACAGUCUACAUAGAAAUGGGCUGCCAUCUUUUCCUUGGUCGCGGCUGCGGCAAUGGCAGGAGGGAAGCUUCCUCCCUGUUCUGUGAUGUCAUCACGUGCCCUAUGAUGUCAUUGCACUGCAGGGCCAUUUCUGCAGACAGUCUCCCCUUCCCUGGCAUGGUGCAAGCGCUGGAACUCAGUUACCAGUUUGGGGGGAGGGCCAGAAGCCCCCAAACGGGACACGGUAACUGUCAGUCCACGCUGCCAUCUUGGAAGGCAGCCCCUUUCCCUUCUUCCCCACACCUUGGCCCCGAAACUCACACCCCUUUUCACCUCCGAAUCUUCAUGUGUAGAAUUUUGCGGGAAGAGUUGUGGGAUUCAGAGGCUCACUGGUCACAAGCGGUGUAUAAAUUUUAUGAAAUAAAAAAAGACCCAGGAUACAUAAGAGUUACUUUCUAUCUAAAUUUAGAAGGAAUAGGGGCAACCUAUGAACACAUAGGCUUUUAGCCAGCUAAAUUCUACUCAGAGUAGAGCCAUUGAAGGGGAGUCACAUCCAUUUAUUCCAGUGGGUUUACUCUGAGUAGGAUGAACCUUGUCUACUACUCAGGCGCCUGAAAAAUGUUCUCUGCCAGAGCUCAUGUAGUUACCCCUUUUCCACUUUUACUCAAGGCCCUACUUAGACCUUACUACAGAUUUACUCUGAGUUUCCCCCAGCUGGUUUAUUUACGUGCCGCCCCUCCUUCUUUCUCAGUCCAUUUUUGACAACAGAUCCCUUUUUGUUUGCCUGCGGCUCCGGCCCUCGCUGUUUGCUUCCAUGAAAAACAAACGGCAGCUUGACUCCCCUCCUGCCCCACCUUUCAGCGGCGAGCCAGCCCUUCCCCUUUUUAGAUGAGCAUAGAAUCAUGAAAUCGGAAUCGGGACCUCCCAGGGUCAUCUAGUCCAACCCUCUGCAAUGUGGGAAUCUCAGUCCUUUCCGGCCCUUUUAGCAGCUGCUCACCAACACAUGCUUGGCUUUAAGUCCACGUCGCCAAGCCGCCCGCUUCACAGGGACGGCAUAGCAGAGGGUUGGGCCGGAUGGCCUUUGGAGGGCCCUUCCCGGUCAAUUGCAGGCGGUUCCUUUUCCCCAGAGAGCCCCUCCUCUCCCCACCCGCACUGAACUACUUCUGUGAACCCCCUCGGGUGUGGACACCCCCCCCACUUUUUGCACCCAGGGGCUGGGGUUGGGGGUGUUUGAGCCCGUGGCGCCAUUCUGUUGACUGGCCCCCUCUGUGCGGCUACAUGUCUGCUUCCCCCAGGCCGUCCGAGGAGCCAGAGGCUACAAAGGAGAGAAGGGAGAGCCGGCAGUCUUCGAACCCGUAAGUUCCUGGAGGGGAAGGGGGUCCUGGCCUGGUCUGGAUGCGGUGUGUGUCAUUUCAGACUGUGUGUGUGUGAGAGAGAAAAUUCAGCAGUGCGGGCCGCCAUCUUUCCAAAGGUGAACAACCCCCAUACAAAAGUUGCUCAGGCUUUUUUGGGCAAAGUUGCCGAACCUUUUUAGCAAAUAUAUUUUUGCCGGUUUUUGAAAAUCCUGCCCUUUCUGAUGGGCGAAUCCCGGCUACGUCCGGGGUAUUCCAGAUGUGGGGCAGACCCUCCAAACAUCGGCCGGUCUAGGCAGGCUGCAACGGACCGCCUGUCUCCUUGAGGUCUCCCCCAUCUCUACAGUUCCACGAUAGAUGCAAAUACAGUGGUACCUUGGUUCACAACCACAAUCCGUUCCGGAGGUCCGUUCGUAAACCAAAACAGGUUGCAACCCAAGGCUUGCUUUCGCCAGUGGGGCCUCCAAAAAGAAAUUGUUCAUAAUAAUAAAAAAAGGGUUGUAAUCCAAAAAAAGUUUGCAAACCGGGACACGGGUUUGACGUCUUUGUGAUCCAAAACGUAUGCAAACCAGACUGUUCGCAAACCGAGGUACCCCUGUAGAAAGGAGCUCGCUUGGAGGUCUCCCAAAUCCUGCCAUUUCUCUCCACUUAUAAUCUGCACAAGAUUUGCACAAGUCCAUCUCUUGUGCACAAGGCCUGGUUUUUGCCACCCCGACCCCUGGAAACAGGCACGUCCAGCCAACUCCGGCACCGUCGGUUCGAAGAAUCGUUGAGUUGGAGGGGGACUGCCAAAGGUCAUCUAGCCCAACCCCCCGCCGUGCUGGACGCUUCGCCUCCAUGAGGUCUAGCGGCUUGCUUCUGCCCCACCCAGGUCUCAAAAUUUUGAGAUUGUGGCAAAGGACGGCCAGACUCCUCAAAGGGAAGCCAGUGGGAUCUGAGCCUCAAGACUCUCUCCCCAGUCUCCAGCAAUUAUUCCAGAAAUGGUUUCUGGAAAACACAACCCACGGUGGCUCUUGAUAAGCUCCACGAAUCCCUCCACGAAUCGGAUGGAUCCAGUAAUACAUCUUUCAUGUCCCUGUAGGUUUUAAUUUAAUUAGUAAUAUUGGGAAGGUAGCCCAUCUAGGGGACAGAAAACUCUGGUCCUAAACCUCCACUGUCCUUUGGAGAAGAAAGGCUCAGGACUAAACCCGACACAAAUCGGAGUCCCUAAGAUGGUUGUGGAGUUGGAUGGGACCCCCAGAGAUCAUUCAGUCCAGCCCCCUGCAAGGCAGGGUUCCCAUUGGCUCUAGUUGUUUCCAUUCAUUCCGUAGGCUGCUUUGACUGCAUCCCUGAGUGCACAAAACCAAGAUGCAAACGGCUCAGUUACUGAAAAUAAAUCUCCGCAAGCCUGGGGGGGGCCUUCCAUUUUGCUCCCCCCGCCCAGUGACUGCAGAACUGGGAGCCCUUUUUGCACCAGCAGUUGCCCCAGAAUAACAUCCCCUCCAAAGACCACCCCUCCCAGUUCCACCUUCCUUGCAAGCUCCCAAGGCAGGAGGGGAAUCUGAGGCCUCACCAGCAGAUCUUGGCAGGAUCGGGGCCUCUCGGCUCCUUUUGGGCGGCCUUCAGAAUUCCCCGGAGAACGGGGUUGACCUCUGAGCGACCGUGCAAGGCAGCCAUCCAACCGGUGGAGCUGAGAUGCCCCAGAGGUUUUUUUGUAGCGUUAUCGUCUCAGCAUAGCGCACUGGGUGUGUGUUGGUGUGUGGGGGGGGGGGAGAAUAGCCGGUGGUGGUGUAAACAAUGAGCUCUUUCACGGGCGAGAGCAGAGGGACGGGGCCUGUCCCUCUGCCAAGGCAGGUCUGCGGCUGCUUCCUAACUCCUUCUUUUUGCAUUCGUGUGUUUGUGCCUCUGCAGGGGAUGCUAGUCGAAGGUCCCCCAGGCCCCGAAGGAGCUCCGGUAAGAGGCGUGCAAAACCCCAGGGUGGGGGUUUAAGGGGGCAAACAAGGCCUCCACCCCAUCUCGUGCCCCCCGUCUGGUGGGCAAGGGUGAUGGUCUUCUGUUCCUCCUUCCCCACAGGGUAUCAGCGGACCGCCAGGGACCACGGGACCCCCAGGACCCCCCGGCGACUCUGGGGAGAGGGUAAGGCUGCGAUCCAGCGAAGGAGAGGGGGGAGAGAAGGGCAUGUGGUGAAGGAGGCGCUGAAGGGCAGCUCCUGCCCCUAUGCAGACAAACUUCAGCGUCACAGAUUGGAUUGGAUGCAAAAUUCAGCAUCACAGAUCGAAUCGGAUGCAAAAUUCAGCGUCACAGAUUGAAUUGGAUGCAAACAUCAGCCUCACAGAUUGGUUGGAUGCAGAGGAAGGGUGGGAGGAACUAGCUGGGGCACCCCACAGGGAAGAAGGCUCAGAGCCCAGAUAUCUGGGGUGGGACAAUGAUGAGCCGUCAGAGGGAGAAGACUGGGAGGCGGAGGAGAUGUCGGAAGCUGAAGCGGCGACAGGGCUUAGUGAGCAGGGAGAGUCUGUGGCAGAGCCAAGUCCAGACUCAGAGGCAGAAGCUGAAGCUGGAGAGGAGGAGGCCAAGAGGCAGAGAGGAGUCAGGCUGGGGAAGAGGCACGGGGGUCUCCCCCUCCUGCUGCUACAAGCUCCCCUCCCCUCUGGUUUCCCAGGACCAGAAGAGGCAUGAAGUGGGAAAAGCAGAGGCAGACAUGAGGGUCACGUCUCUGUUUGCUUGGGGAAGGCCUAGAGAGGCGGAGACGUAGACGGCUGGGGGGAGGUGGGGACCUUCGGUCUCAGCAACUGAUCCAUGGGGCAAGAGCUGACUGAGCCGCUCAGCUCAUUGGGCCUGGUGAUCCUGUUUUUGCUCACAAGGAGUUCAUUCCCAGCUGGCUGGGGUGAUUCACUGCUGGCUGGCUCCUGUCGUUUGGUGCCCUGAAGGACGCAUUGUUCUCCUUUAUGGAUGUCCUUUGGGGAAGGGUGUCUGCAAAUAAUAAUCAUAAUAAUAGUAAUAAAAAUAAUUUAUUAUUUAUACCGCACCCAUCUGGCUGGGUUUCCCUAGCCACUCUGGGCAGCUUCCUACAGGAUAUUAAAAACACAGUAAAAAAUCAAACAUUAAAAGCUUCCCUAAACAGGGCUGCCUUUAGAUGUCUUCUAAAAGUCAGAUAGUUGUUUAUUUCCUUGACAUCUGAUGGGAGGACGUUCCACAGGGAGGGCGCCACUACCGAGAAGGCCCUCUGCCUGGUUCCCUGUAACUUGGCUUCUCGCAGGGAGACAACCGCCAGAAGGCCCUUGGCGCUGGACCUCAGUGUCCGGGCAGAACGAUGGAGGUGGAGAUGCUCCUUCAGGUAUACAGGACUGAGGCCGUUUAGGGCUUUAAAGGUCAGCACCAACACUUUGAAUUGUGCUCAGAAACGUCCUGGGAGCCAAUGCAAAGGAGAGUGAGGCGCUCUUUGGGGCAAGGCACCCACCUCCCCUCUGCUGUGUGCUUGCAUCUCAGCAAUCGUCAAGUGCCAGGCGCACAUGGUGCUCUCUGCACAUGCAAAAGCCCAGAUCAAGGCAGCCGGACCUGUUGAAGAGGCACCUGGGAGAUGAGGAUGCUGGACUAGGUUGGACUGGUUAAACUAGACUCUGGUGGGUGUGAGCCCUUGGCCGAUUGUUGACAGUGUGCUUCGUCGUUCACACACACGUUCAAACGUGCGAACCGCUCCUUCCCGCCCCAACUCUGCUCUCCCUCCUUCUCCCCAACAGGGCCCCCCAGGACGCCCCGGCAUCCCUGGCUCAGAUGGAUCGCCCGGACCCCCUGGCACGUCCAUGAUGCUUCCGGUGAGUCGGGAUGGCAGAGAGAGGCCGGCCGGUAUCAAGGUCCUAAGCCAGAGGUUGACAAAUAGGACCUUCAGGGAUUAAAUGCGGGGUAGUUCUCAAUGACGCUGUGUGCGGCCAACCAGUGCCAGUUUCUUCAGGGAUUUCGGUGGGGGUUCUUGAUGACAUUAACACUAGCCAAUCAGAGCUGUGCACAGCCCAGUUCUGCUGCAGACAGAUGGCUCUCCCCUAGAAAUCAGCCCUGAAAGGAGUCUGAGGGAAACAUCUCCCUCCAACUGGGGUUGGGGGGGGCAAAUGUGCGGAUGUGGGGGUGUUUGGGUGCCUCUCGGUGGAACCCCAAAUCUGCCUCUUCCCUCCCUCAGUUCCGAUUUGGGAGCAGCGGCGGCGGAAAGGGGCCAGUCGUGGCGGCCCAGGAAGCCCAAGCCCAGGCCAUCUUGCAGCAAGCUCGGGUGAGUCCGGUUUCAGGGGGGAGUGAAGAUGCUGAUGAAGACACCCCCCCAUUUACUUCCCCUAUUAAAGUCCAGGGAAAGGUGGUCUUCGCUUCCUGGUGGGCCACCCAGAUUUCUCGGCCUGCCUUUCUGGGAAGGGUCCUUGUCUGGCCUAACACUGGUCUUCCAAGACCCUGAAAGAGGGGCUUUUUUUGGGGGUGCAACGAAGUUUAUGAAACAUAAUAUGCCUGGCAUAGAGAAAAAGGAGAGAGAGAAAGGUUUUUCUCCCUCUCUCAUAACGCUGAAUGAUGGAAGGUUCAGGACAGAUGAUAGGAAGUCCUUCUUCGCAGAGUUAAACGGUGGAACUCCCUGCCACCGGAGUCAGGGAUGGGGUCACCAACCUGAAUGCCUUCAAAAGAGGGUUAUGGUCAGGGAGGAGGAGAGGGCUUCUGAAUCCCACUGACUGGAAACCCCAGGAGGGGAGGGGGCUAUUCCUCUGCUCAAAUCCUGCCUACGGGGUUUCAUACUGGGGCAUCCGCUUGGCCACUGUGAGCAGGAUGCUGGCGAAAGUGAGAAGGCCAUUUCCUAUGUUCUCGUGGAGCCUCCAGGCCCAGAGGCAGUCUAUCGGGACCCCUAGUUUCUUCGGGGCAUUGGGCCACUGUGAGAAUACGGGAUGCUGGACGAGAGGGGGUCCCCGGCCUGAUCCGGUGAGGCUCUUUCCCUGCUCUUAAUAGUCCUCUCUGAAGGAAUGACCGCCGGAUGUGGAACACACUUCCACCUGCAGACAAGCCACAGCUGUCUGAACAUCAUGCCCUCUAUGUAACCUUUGGCUUUCUCAGUGGUCUGCCGUGCCCUGUCUGUGACCUCUGUCUCCUCCAUCAUACAUUGUGCAAGGAGGAAGUGACGCGGUGGAGACAGGUGCCAAAAUAACUUUGCACCACCCCACGAUCUCGGGAUUGGAAGAUGUGUAAAGGUCACAGUCUGCAAAAUGUAUCUGGCUGGUUUUGCAUAUUGUGCUAAUAAAAAGAGCCUCUGCAGAGCUAUCUGGCAGCUUGCUUGUGCACAGCUCACCUGCAUUACCAACUCCUGCCUUCACUUCACCUCUCCCUUCCCAGGAGCACUUGCGUCCAAAUGCUCUUCCAGUGAUGGUCUGAUACAGACACCUUAACCUCUCCUCCCUCCCCUUUUCUUUCCUCCGCAGCUGGCCUUGCGUGGCCCCCCAGGACCCAUGGGCUAUACGGGUCGUCCUGGACCCCUGGUGAGUAUUUUGCUGGGGGGGGGGUGCUUGGGUUUGUUUCCUGGGGCUCAGAGUAGAAGGACUUGGGUGCGUUUGGAAGAGCCACCAUCACCCACAUUCCCAGGACGAUAAAUCCAGAAUCCAACGGUGCUGUGGUGGUUUGAGUUUUUUCGGACGAAGACCUGGAAGGAACCAGAGUUCGAAUCCCCCCUCAGUCUUGAGGUGUGGCAAUGCAGUCGGAGCAAAAAGCAAUUCAGCACCAUGAAUUGGGCCCAGAAAUGAAGCUGGCGACCAGGGCGUCUGCUUCUGGAAUGGGGGGUUUCUGUGAGAUCUGGCCACUGCAUUUUGGAGCAAGUGAAGUUUCCGAGUCAUCUUCAAGGGCAACCCCAGAGAGAGCGGAUUGCAGUAGCUGAGUCAACAGCUAAUGCUAUUCUGCAUCAACAGAGGUCUAGUGUCCAGGUCAAGGGAAGUCAUAGUCUCACUCUCUUCUGCCUUGGUCAGGCCCCACCUGGCCUAUUGUGUCCAGUUCUGGGCGCCACAAUUUAAGAAGGAUGUUGACAAGCUAGAACAUGUGCAGAGGAGGGCGACCAAGAUGAUCAAGGGUCUGGAAAGUGAGCCUGAUGAGGAACGGUUGAAGGAGCUGGGUAUGUUUAGCCUGGGUAAGAGGAGACUGAGAGGAGAUACAAUAGCCAUCUUCAGAUAUCUUAAGGGCUAUCACAUGGAAGAGGGAGCAGGCUUGUUUUCUCUUGCUGCAGAGGGUAGGACUCGAACCCAUGGCUUCAAGUUACAAGAAAGGAGAUUCUGACUAAACAUCAGGAAGAACUUUCUGACAGGAAGAGCUGUGUGAAAGUGGAAAGGGUUCUAUACUCCAGACCAUGGGCUACAUAGAGCAGAGCUUUCCAAACUUCAUGUUGGUGACGUGCAUCACUUCGCGACACAGUAAUUCAGUAUCGCAUCAUUUCGCCACAUAGUAAUUCGGUUUUGCGUCAUUUCGUGGCACAGUAAUUCAGUUUUGCAUCAUUUCACAACACAGUAAUUCAGUUUUGGGUCAUUUUGUGGCACAGUAAUUCGGUUUUGUAACAUUUUGCGGCACAUUAAUUCGGUUUUGCAUCACUUCGUGACAUAGUAAUUUGGUUUUGCGUCAUUUCACAACACAGUAAUUCAGUUUCGCAUCAUUUCACAACACAGUAAUUCAGUUUUGCAUCUCUUAGCGACACAGGAAUUCAGUUUUACUAGCAAACCAGAGUUUAAACUAAUCCCUUUCCAGCCCCGGGAGGAGCUUGGGGAGAAUUUGCACGACUCGCCGACACACUGCAGCCGAAACACUAGUGUGUCAAGACACACAGUGUGGAAACCUCUGACUCAGAGUCCGCCACCUCCAGCUCUUUGGAGGAAAAGCUGGGAUACACAGCCAAUUUGAAUUUGUUAGUUCCUUUAUCUUCCCAAGGGCAGCCCAAAUGGAUAAAUAAUCGCCGUACCAAACCAGAUUAAAUGUGCAGCCCUUCAGAGCUAAGAAUGUCUUUUUUAUUUCCUGUCUUCCAGGGUCAACCUGGCAGCAACGGCGUGAAGGGAGAGCACGGAGACUUUGGUCCCCAGGUAAGCUGGCUUCCCAACCUGAGCUGGGAGCCCUCUGCUAGAGCCCCAGUCUCUUCCCCCUGUGCCCCCUAAAAUCCCCCUUUAGCAUAACCUGCGUCGUCUGACCUCCUUCUGAUAAAACGGCUGGCAAACGAGACAUAACAGCCGCGCAUCAGAACAUCGCAAGCUCAGCGUGAAUCGUACGAGAUGGCAAGGAAAUCGUCAGUAAAACAAUUGCAAAACCAUUUAGAAAACAACUAAAACAUGAGCUGAACGUCCUAAGUGCCAUAUAAGUUGUGUUUUAUUGGACCUGCUUGAGCUGAGAUUCCUGCAUUGCAAGGGGUCAGACUAGAGGAUCCUUGGGGAGCCCAACUCUAUCGUUUUCUGGCUCACACAGACCCAUUGCACACCACCCCAGAGGACCUGCGUACGAGCUGGACUUUUGCUGAUUUGUUCCCGGGUCCAAGCCGUGUCCUUGCAGCAAGGCAUAUCGGACCCUCCAAAUGUCCCUAUUUCCCAGGGAGAGUCCCGAUUUCUGAUUUGACCCCAGAAUCUCCCACUUUUUUUUAGGACACCUCUGUUUCCAUGGGAGAAAUGUCGGAGGGGGUGGGAUAUUCCCCAAACCAGCAGAAAACAGCAAACUGCCACCAUCUCCAUGUUCUUGGGGUCAUUUGGCUGCUGCACCCCCAGCUCAGAUUCCUCCCCCCCCCCAAAAAAAAUCUAUUGGCUGCUACAGACCUCAAAUGCAACAGACAGCUGGCGGGGGGACGGGACCCCUACCCAAUUCCCCACCCCUCUUUCAUGAAGUCCCAGGGUUUCCUCUCUCCUCUCCCCCCCCCAAAUGUUUAGGGACAAGACAGGGCACCCUAAUACGACGCUCUCUUUCUCCACUUAGGGUCCUCGAGGUCCACAGGGGCUGACUGGACCCCCAGGGAAGCCCGGACGCCGAGUAAGUUUCUGUUUCUGUUGUUUAUUUAUUUUAUUUUUUUAAUUAAUGGAGGCAGGUUGCCGUUUUUUGCCUCCUCUGUGACCCCUGCGUUGUGGUGGGGUUGGUCUAGAUGAGCCCCGGGGUCCCGUUCCCGCAUGGCAAUCCUACGGUCCCGGGAGUCCUGAAAAGUCGCGGAAUAAAAGUAAAAAAUAACAGUAGUGAUUUGCUUGAAAGUUAGGCGGGGUGAGCCUUUGAGAAGGUGAUGUUUUGGAAGAUUUGGGGCAGAUUAAACGGAAGGGCUUCUUCAUGCAGUGGAAACUGUGGAACUCUCUGCCACAAGGGGCAUUGACGGCGGCCACCAACGUGGAUGGAUGUAAAAGAGGGUUAGGCAAAUUAAUGAAGGACUGAGCUCCCGUGGCUGUGCUUUGCCAUCGUGGUCGGAGGCAGUUGAAUGCUUCUGAAUCCCAGUUUCUGGAAAACGGCAGGAAGGGAGAGGGCUUCUGGUUCGAAUCCUGCUUUUGGGUUUCCCACAGUAGUCUGGUCAGCCGUUGUGAGAACAGGAUUCCGGACUAGACGGGCCCUUGGCCUUCUCAUGUUCUGAUGGGUCCCUGCCAUGGGAGCAUAUUCACCCAGUGCUUUUCCAGCUGCACUGGCUCCCGGUGGAGUACAGGGUCAGAUUUAAGGUGCUGUUCUUGACCUUUAAAGCCCUUUGCGGCUUAGGGCCCUCGUAUUUACGGGACCGCCUCUCCUGGUAUGCCCCACAGAGGACCUUAAGGUCCAUGAAUAACUGUAGUUUAGAGGUCCCGGGCCCUAAGGAAGCCAGACUAUCCUCCACCAGGGCCAGGGCCUUCUCAGUGAUGGCUCCGACCUGGUGGAAUGCUCUGUCCCAUGAGACCAGGGCCCUGCAGGAUUUAACUUCCUUCCGCAGGGCCUGUAAGACAGAGCUAUUCCGCCUGGCUUUCAAUUUGUACCUGGCCUGAUAUUUUGUUCCCCUUCCUUCCCUCCCCCUCCCCUUUUUGUGAAGAUUUCCCACUCUGGAAUCCCACAGCUCAUUCUCCCCUGGUCUCCUCGCUGGCCCAAAUAGGACUAAUUUAGUCAGCUAGCCCUGGUAGUGGAUGGAUUUCCCCACCAAAUUGAUUUUUGAUUUUAUUCUUAUUUACGCUUUCUGAACCAGGAAGGGCGGGGUAUAAAUAAUUUUUUUUUUUAAUUAUUAUUAUUAUUAUUAUUAUUAUUAUCCCUCCAUCCACCUGCCUCUCUCCCUCCCUCCCACAGGGUCGUGCUGGAGCGGACGGUGCCCGGGGCAUGCCCGGGGAAACGGGCAUCAAGGUAAGGCGACCCUCUGGGCGUUGCAGCGGGUUGGGCUAGAUGACCGCUGGGGUCGCUUCCAACCCGACAGUUCUGCCAUUCUAGACAAAGGGCCUGUGGGGAACGUGGUUUCAUGAGGACUAGCGCCGUCCCCUCGGGAUUUGCCAUCCUGACCUUGUGAGAAGGGGGGUCACCUUUCCCUUCUCUCUCUCCGCAGGGUGACCGCGGGUUUGAUGGGCUUCCAGGCCUCCCGGGGGAGAAAGGCCAUCGGGUAAGUGAAACGGGGGAGCCUGCAAAGUGGGGGUCGGCAGCCCCACCCAAAUUGCUCACUGCAGGAGGGUGGGCUCGAUGACCUCUGGGGGAUCCCUUGCAACGCCACCAUGUUGUGAUUCUAACACACACACACACACACACACACACACACACACCCAUUUUCAGCAGUAAUUAAACAUAUUUUUACAUCUUCUUCAAAUUUUUUUGACUUCUACCAGUCCUGUCUAAAAAUUUUCCAAUCUAAUCUCCUAGUAUACGUUUCUUAUUUUCCCUGUUACAUUUAAAACUCAUAACAUAACCAGUAUCUCUAUUCUUUAUCUACUUUGUAGCACUUCGUAUAUUUCUCCCCGCAAAACUUCUUGUAGUCCUACUAACGUAAUUUGUUGGUUACAAUUGCUCUCCAAAUGGUUUGUAUACUUCUUCCAAUCUUCUGUAAAUCUCUGGUCCCGCAGGUUUCAAAUCCUUCCUGUCAUUUUGUCCAGUUCUGCGUAGUCCAUUUAUUUUCGUCUGGCGUUCUUCUUUCAUCGGAAUUUCUUCUUGCUUCCAUUUCUGGGCUAACAAUACUCUUGCCGCUGUGAUUCUAACUCUUGGAAUACCCCUUUUGCAUCUGCAAUGGCUUUGCUCCAAGGGAGUCCCGUAGAACUCCCUGCCACUGGAGAUUCAGCAGGAGCCCUCCGUGCCAACUCUUAAGACCCCUGCUAAAUACUUUUCGAUUCCGCCAGUUCUGUGCAGGCAUUCGAUAAUACACAGAAUCCUCCUUCCAGAGGGGUUUUUUUUUUUAAGCUGGCGUUUAUCAUAAAGUUUUAUGUUUCCAUUGCCAUAAACCGCCUUGAUUUUAUUAAAAAUAAAAAUACUACAUAAACUAAUUCAUUUUUUGAAUAAUAUUUUUUAAAAAAUAUUUAUUAAAUUUUAUAACAAUUAAUGAUACAAAUCUAAUUCAUCGUGUUAUUUACAAUUAUUCUCCCCUCUGGACUUCUCUCAACUCCCCCUCUGCUGAGUUAUUUAGUUUUAUCGUAUCCUGCUUUUUCUGCACAAAAAUAAAAUCCCUUAUUAUUAUUUCUCUAAAAUAUCUGUUACUCAAAUGAAGUUGUGGAAGUUUAUUCAAAGCCUGCCAGUGAAUCCAGUCCAUUCUGUUGUUUCUGCAAAUAGACUGUAAAUGGUUCCCAGACUCUUUUGAAGUCCUUUUUGUCCUUCUCUCGUAGUUUGUUAGCUUAGCCAAUUCUGCAGAGUUCAUCAGCUUUUCUUGCCAUUGUUCCUUUGAUGGUAUUUCUUCCAUCUUCCAAUACUGUGCAAUCAAGAUUCUUGCCGCUGUUGUAGCAUACAUAAAUAAUGUCCAUUUUUCUUUUGGUAGCUCUUGAUUUGAGAUACCGGACAAAAAGGCUUCAGGGUGUUUGACAAAAUUCAUUUUAAACAUUUUUUUCCAAUUCAUUGUAUAUCAUUCCCCAAUAUUUUUUAAAUGCAUCUGCAUUCCCACCACAUAUGACAAAAUGUUCCUUCCUUUUCCUUACAUCUCCAACAUCUGUUAUUUUCUUUCCUAAACAUCUUUGCCAUUUUCACUGGUGUGAUAUACCAUCUAUACAUCAUUUUCAUGUAAUUCUCUCUUAAUAGUAUGCAAUCUGUGAAUUUUAUAUCAACUUUCCAUAAUUUCCCCCAACUUUCAAGUUGGAUGUUGUGUCCCACAUCCUGAGCCCAUUUAAUCAUAACUGAUUUAACCUCUUCAUCUUUGGUUUCCCACUUUAAUAAAAUACUAUAUGCUUUAACAUUCUCUUCCACUAUUUCUUUUUGAAAUCUGGAGAUUGUACAACUAAACCCCUUUUUAUGGUCUUCCUUAAAAAUUUCAUUUAAUUGCCUAGGGUGUAACCAACUUUGUAAAUAGUCUUUCAGCUCAUCACACGCUCUUAAUUUGAGUUUACCUUCUUCUUCUGUUAAUAACACUCUAUAUGUCAAACAGCUUACUUUUUUGGUCGACUUAAGUGAAAAUGCUUCAGUGACAACCACCAUGGUGUUUUCCGCUCUAACAUAUAUUUUCCCCAGACUCUUAUUAAUGACUUUCUUAUUAUAUGACUUGAAAAACCUUUAAGUAUUUUCCCUUUCCCAUACCAUAAAUAUGAGUGCCAGCCAAAUCUAUUGUCGUGUCCUUCUAAUUCCAACUCUUCUUCUUUUUCUAAUUUUAUCCAAACAAGACAUGCUGCUUCAAAAUACAAUUUCAAAUCUGGGAGGGAAAAGCCUCCUCUGUUAGUAUCUUAUGUUUUAUCUUUGGUCUUUUCCCAUUCCAAAUAAAUUUUGAAAUAUCUUUUUGCCAUUUUUUGAAGGAUAUCUUGUUAUUUAUCAUCGGGAUCAUCUGAAAUAGAAAUAGUAUCUUUGGCAAAGCACUCAUCUUUAUUGCUUCAAUUUUCCCUAACAUGGAAAGAUUCAUCCUUCCCCAGAUUUCUAGAUUUCUUUUAAUUUCAUUCCAUAUUUUCUCAUAAUUAUCUUUAUAUAUAUUUAUGUUUCUUGUUGUUAACCAUAUUCCUAGGUACUUAACUUUUUAUGAAUUUCAAUUCCUAACUCCUGGGAUAGUUCUUUCUUCUCUUCUUCUUUUUGAUUUUUAAGAAGUAGCUUAGUUUUCUUCUUGUUAAGUUUAAAUCCUGCUACUUGACCAAACUCCUGUAUUUUUUCUAUUACCUUUGGGAGAGAUAGCUUUGGUUCUUCUACAGUGAUUACUAAAUCAUCCGCAAAAGCUUUUAAUUUGUAUUCAUAUUUACCUUUCCUAAUAUCUACUAUUUCUUUAUCCUCUCUAAUAUUCCUUGCUAAAGCUUCCAGGACCAUCAUAAAUUAAAGUGGUGAGAAUGGACAUGCUUGUCUUGUUCCUUUCGGAAUCUCACACUGUUUUGUUAUCACUUGAUUUACAAUUAGUUUUGCUCUUUGUUCUGAGUAAAUAGCUUGGGCUCCCCUCCUAUAUUUUUCUCCAAAUUCCAUCUCUUCUAGGACUUUUUUCAUAAAGUCCCAAGAGAUAUUAUCAAAGGCUUUCUCUGCGUCUAUAAACAUUAGGGCCGCUUGUUUUUCAUUUCUAAUUUCCAGGUAUUCUAUUAUAUUCAAAAUAUUUCUUAUAUUAUCUUUCAUUUGUCUACCUGGCAGAAACCCUGCUUGGUCUCUCUGAAUAUAUUCCUCUAAAGCCUUUUUUAAUCUGUUUGCUAAGAUGUACGCAAUCAGUUUGUAAUCAUUGUUUAAUAGAGAAAUAGGUCUAUAAUUUUUAACUGACUUCAGAUCUGAUGCUUGUUUUGGACUUAGUGUUAUAUAUGCUUCUUUCCAUGUCUCUGGAAGCUUCCCUAUUUUUAGAAUUUCAUUCAUCAGAUCUUUUAGAGGGUUCACAAGCUGCUCACUCAGUUUCUUGUAAUACUUGCUGAUUGCCCAUCUGGUCCAUGCAAUUUCCCUACUUUUGCUUGACUUACUGCAUUUAAGACUUCUUGCCCUGUUAUUUCUUCAUUUAAUACUGCUAACUUAUGUUUUUAUUUUUUGUAAAUUACUCUUUUUAAGAUAUUCCUCUAUCUUUGAUAUCUUUUCUGUUCCCUUUUUAUAUAAAUCAGCAAAGUACUUGACAAAGGCUUCCCUAAUUUCUUUUGGUUUUUCUGCUAUCUUGCCAUUUGCCUUUAUUUUGUUGAUAUAAUUUUUUGACUCAUUUUUCCUUAUUUGCCAUGCCAAUAAUUUUCUUGACUUAUUGGCAUGCUCGAAAUACUUUUGUUUGCAUCUUUUAAUAUUCCAUCCUAUUUCUUCAUUAAUAACCAUUGAAUAUUGUGUUUGCAACAACUGAUUUGCCUGUUUUACUGUUUCUUUGUUAGGUUUUUUUUCUAAUUCUUUCUCUUUUUCUAGAAGUGCAUCUAAAAUUUCUCUUUUCUUUUUUCCCUUUCCUUUCUUUCUUAUUGAGUUUUGUUGGACAAACAGCCCUCUCAUAACCGCCUUGAAUAAUAUUUGAAUAAUAUUUUCUAGUUUAACAUGUUCAUGUGUGUUAUAUUUCACUAAUAAAUGGCUUUUUUUACAAACAUUCUUAUACCCUCUAUUAUGCGCAUUUUUGUAUAUAUCUUUUUUUAAAAAUAAUAUUUAUUACUUUUCCAAAAAAUUUUAAACACUAAAAAAAUAAUACAAUACAUUAAACUAACAAAACAAAACAAAAACAAUAAAAUAAGUCAAACAAUUUCAUUAUCCCAUCUUUCAUUCACUUAUUUCCACGACCUCCUCACACCUCCCUUUUUGUAUUCCACUUCUGUUAAUUAUUUCAGCAAUUCCUUUCCAUCUUCCUCUGUUUGCUAUCCUAUAAUUAUCUUAACUCAUUCUAACCUUAUUUUUUCCUUUAAUACUCUAUUAAUCUAUUUAUACUUAAUUCCUUAUAACAUUUCUACUAAAGCCAUGUAACUUCAUUCCAACAUUUUUCUAACAUUCAUUGAUUUUACAGUAUUUCUGUAAGUAAUCUUUACGCAUUUUUGUAUAUAUCAUCUGGGUAGAGAAUUGCAUCAGAAUUUCGGAAAAGUGCAAAUUUUGAAGAAGUAAUUCCAUUUUGGUUUGGGCAUUGUUCCAAGGAGUGCAAAUUAGGCAGCUUCCCAUUAAAUUGUAAACAAAAUCGAAUUUCUUCCCCCACCCCUGGGGGCAUUAAUUUAAAUUAACUCAACAUUUUAACAAACAAACAAACAAACAACUUUCUGUUCCCAGCUUAUUAUUUGUUGGAUUUUUUAAAAAAGAAAAUAAUGGCUAUUAUCCAAAAUGGCUAUGUUUUCUUUCCAAAUGCCUCUGGGUAUCAUGGCUGGGAAUCGCGGGUGGGGAGAAUUGCUGCAUCCCAUAAUAGGCACCUGGUUGACCACUGUGAGGACAAGAUCCUAGACUAGAUGCACCCUGCCUGCUUGGGCGUGAUCCUGCUGCCACGGGGCUAACAACAACAACAACAACAACAAAUUAUUUAGGCUUUCCUUGGUACUUUCUGACCACUCCCUGACAGGCGGAAGUUCAACAGGUGAAUCCUUCCACCCUCACUGAAUGCACCUGUUGAACUUCUGCAUCUCAUCCCUCUGGAGGCCCAGACGGAGCCCAAAGGAGCUUGGGUUUCCUGACCCCAUUGGAAGCAUCCUGGGCCCAUAACCUACUGGCAAAACCUGUUGGUGUUUCGCAACUUUCUGACUAGUUGCAGGACCUUAGCCAGACCUAGCAGAGUAAACGCAGAGUUCACGCAAGCAGUUGGCAACUUGGCUGCAGACAGGAUGGACGAAGCAGGAACCAGGAAUUUGUAGUUAGGUGUUUAUUAUAUACAGUGGACUAUUUACAGGAACAGAACACGGAUCUUUAGCUAACUCUCUCAUACAUGACUCACAACUCUCAACCUCCAACUCCUACUCUCAAACUCGUACUAGCACACAUUCCAGUUAAUAGGCCAUUAAUCAUUAUUCCCGUGAGAGAGCUUGACCAAUCAUGGAGCUGUCUCCAUGCCUCUGUAUCACCAGGCAGACUUACUCCUUCACAUUGCCUUGGCUGUUGGCCAAACCGUAAUUGACUCUGUGUGAGGAGCUGCACGUAUUCAGAUUCCCAACAAACUACGGCUCCCAGAAUCCCUUGGGUGAAGGAGGCGGGGCCUCGUGCAGGGGGUCUGCUCUUCUGUGUCUCUUCUGAUCAGUGUGCCUCUCUCUCACCCCACACUAGGGUGACUCUGGAUCUCAGGGUGUUCCUGGUCCCCCCGGGGAAGAUGGCGAGAGGGUGAGUACUGGCCGUGGGUGCAAAGAGAGGGGGAUUUGGGGUGCAGGGAGCAUACAGUGGAGUUUGAUCCUCCAGAGGUCCGUCCGUCAAGAGGGCGUAGAAAAAAGCAGAAAUAUUCUAGGGGGCGGAGCAAGACCCCUGUGAGGUUGCCAAGUUUGGAGCUUCUCAUCUUGGAGAAAAAGCCUGGAAGAGGAGAAGGCGUGGUAGAAAUUUACGAAAUUAUGCAUGGAAGGGAGAAAGUUCAUUUCCCUCUCUCUUAACACUCGAACCGGUGGACAUUCGGGGAAGCUGAAUGUGAGAAGAUUCAGGAUGGAGUUCUUUUUUUAAAAAAGUCAUUUUUGUUGAUUUUUCAAUAAAAAACAUCCAGUUAAUACAUCCAAUCAUAGUACUCCAAUUGAAAUAAAAAAACUAAAAUAAAAAAAUCAAAUUAUAGUCCAAAUUAUAAUUAUUAAUUUUUCGGAGCGCCCCACGGUCUGGAUCUCUGAAGGAUAUCUCCACAUCUUAGUCCUGCUUCUCCUCGUUGUUGAGGAUGGAUUUCAAAAGUCCAUAUUCACGCAGGUUAACCUACGGAACUCCCUCCCCCAUGAUGGCCACCAAAGUUGGAUGGCUUUACAAGGGGAUGAGAGAAAUUCCUGGUGGGGGAAAGGGUGUUCAUGGCUGGAGGCACGAGGCUUCUGGAUCCCAGCUGCUGGCAACCACAGGAAGGGAGAGGGGUUCGAAUCCUGAUUGCCAGUUUCCCGCAGGGACUGUGAGGACAAGAUGCUGACUUACGCAGGCCCUUUGACCUUAUCUCUUUGCAUAUAUAUAUAUAUAUAUAUUGUAUAUAUAACAGAGAGAACACUUGUAACCCCAAGAUCAACAGGUGAGAAAGAAAACCAGAAUGAGUCCAGUUGUACCUGGGUUCAAAUGAAAAAGUCCAAGUAAAUACUAUCGGUGUUAUCAGUUUGUCAAAGAUAGGCUCUUUCCAUGUUCCAAAAUGAUGAUGAUGAUGAUGAUAAUUGUGGCUUUCAACCAAUAUGAAAGCAUCAAAAAACAUCAGACAUUAAAAACCAAGUAUAUGCAUUAUUUUUCAACCUGCCCAUUCAAAAACAGCAGGAGUUGAGAUUCUCUGGCGGGGGGGCGGGGGGUUGAGAGCCUUUACGCAGGAAUGUUUUUUGGUGGAGGGGUGGAGGCAGCGUUCCCUGAGAUGAAUUCUGCACAUGCACAGAGACCCUGUUGUUCCCUGAGCUCCUUUGUGACUCUGUCUCCCUCCCCCCCCCCCCGAUGCAGGGAGACGACGGAGAGGUCGGCCAACGUGGGCUUCCUGGAGAACCGGUGCGUAUGGUCCCGUUCCUGCAAGGGAUCUUGGGGUCUGGCCAAGUCUGGGGCCCCUAUUGGUGUAUCCCAAUGGCGGGGGCCUCGUCCUCCCAAGCAACGGCCGAGGGUGACAAGGGAAGGCAGGGACCUCUUGCCCCAAAAGGUGCGAGUCCUCACCUCCCAUCCGAAGUGGUACAGUCCUCCUGACAGCUGGAUCGUAGCCCCAUUAGCUGCCUACUGUGAGAGGAAAUGCUUCGAAAUAAACUAUCAGAGGAUAAUUAUUGCUUUUGGGGAAAAACCAAAGCUCAGAAAUUGGAAACUUCAAGGCCAAAAUUUAGAACAAGUCUCGAACUAUAAAUAUUUAGGAAUGGCAGUCCAAGCAUCAGGAUCCAACAAAAUUCAUAUAAACUCAAAUGGGUGUGCAAAGUAUUGUCAAAUUUCUGGACAUUACAUCAAGGUGGUUCGUAGCUGCUGUGUUUUGAAGCUGUACAGUGGACUGUGUCUUUUUAUUAUUACUACUACUACUACUACUGCAGUUUUUGAAUCCAGACCAAGCCCCAAGCCGCCUGAGAAACAUUUCUACCCAAAUGCGAUUUUGGUUUUAAACGCAGUGUAAGGAGUCUCUAUGGGAGUAUACUGUAUUUAAAAAUGAGGUAUCAGAGUUUUUAGGGGGUCAAAUAGGCUGGGAUAGCUGGGAUAGCAGGCCUGUUGGGUUUUGAAUGUCUUAUGUAGAUUUUUCAAUUUUGUUGUUCUUUAUGGGAGAAUGACAAUAAAGAUUAUCGUAUCCUUUCCAGUCCAGAGGAGAAAACAACAACAACAUUAAUAUUUGUUAACUGACUGCCUUGCCCCAGUCACCCUGGGCAGCUUCCAACAGACAUAAAAACACAAUAAAAAGCUGAGCAUUAAAAACUGUGAUGCAGCAGAUUCUUGCCAUGCAAAGAGCUGGACUAGAUGACUCUAGGGGUCCCUUCCAACAGUUCUGUGAUCCAGCCCCCUGAAGGAGAGUGCCUGACCUUUUCUCUCUCCUUUUCUUCAGGGCCCCCGAGGUCUUCUUGGCCCCAAAGGACCCCCAGGGAUCCCAGGCCCUCCGGUAAGUGCUGGGGAGGGGGUUUUCCUGCCCCACUGAACUGCACCACCAGCCCCCCAGCCCUAACCGCCUCUUGUGUCUCUGCCUGUUCUCCUGACAGGGUGUGCGUGGCAUGGAUGGACCCCACGGGCCCAAGGGGAACCUGGUGAGUAAUAAUAAUAAUAAUUUAUUAUUUAUACCCCGCCCAUCUGGCUGGGUUUCUCCAGCCACUCUGGGCAGCUUCCAACAAAAUAUUUAAAUACAAUAACCUAUUAAACAUUAAAAGCUUCCCUAAACAGGGCUGCCUUCAGAUGUCUUCUAAAAGUCUGGUGUUUGUUCUUCUUUUUGACAUCUGGUGGUAGGGCGUUCCACAGGGCGGGUGCCACCACCGAGAAGGCCCUCUGCUGGUUCCUUGUCACUUUGCUUCUCGCAGUGAGGGAACCACCAGAAGGCCCUCGGUGCUGGACCUCAGUGUCCGGGCAGAACAAUGGGGGUGGAGAUGCUCCUUCAGGUAUACUGGACUGAGGCCAUUUAGGGCUUUAAAGGUCAGCACCAACACUUUGAAUUGUACUACUUUGAGUCGCCCCGGGGUGCCUCGUGGUGGGUGCUGUGUGGGCUGCCAUCCCAAACUUCCCUGGGAAUCCAGGACUCAAAAAGCUUCGCCUGAGAUGGGCCACUCAUGGUCUCUCAUCCCAAGGCUGUUGUGAGGUCAAAAUGGGGAGCGGGUGAUCCCACGAGAUCGCCUUUCCCCACUUGCCCCCCACUGGACCACUUCCAUCAACUACAAGGUGCCACACAAGACACUUUCCACGUUUGUAAGAAUUCAAUAUAUGACUUUGAUGGCAUCUACACUUCGGAACUCCCUGCCUCUUGAUCCCAAGAGGCUGUCCGCUUUUGAGUGCCUGCCAAAAGCAUCCCUGUUUUGAUAGUUGCUAAAAAAAAUUGGAUGUGAAUUUUACCUUGCUUUAGUAUUUUAACUUUCUGUGUGUUUUAAAGCAGGGUUGUAGAUUUCUCUUGAUUGUAUGGUUUUCUGUUAUUGAAAUCUGCUUUGGGUGGUUGUUGUUUUAAUACAGUCAAGCGGUCUAUAAUUUUUAGGAAAUGAAGAGAGCGUUAAAAAUACGCAGUGUAUGUUUCCAUGGAGGAAAGUGGCUGGGGAUAUCGGUGUCAGAAAUGAGUAAAUUGCUCUCUCGCCCCUUUUGAAGCUGUUCUGCAGGGAAGACGGAGAUGCUGUGAUUUCUGCAUUGCCUCUUCUGUACAUUGAGGGGGCUCAAUGAGGGGCCCCAUGCCUGCCCCCACCCCACAAUAAAUAAAUAAAUAAAUAAAUAAAUAAAUAAAUAAAUAAAUAAAUUUUAUUUAUAUCCUGCCCUCCACAGCCGAAGCCAGGCUCAGAGCAGCUAACAACAAUAAAAGCAACACAUUUUCCAUAAAAACCCAAUCAAUUAAUUAAAAUACAUUCCAAAAUCAAUUCAUUCUAAAAUCAAUUCAAAAUCAAAUUCAUGGCAACCAUUGGACUAGAGUUCUGUGAGGAUUACCAAAGGAGGGAGUCAGGCUGUGCCUUGGCCAAAGGCCUGGUGGAACAGCUCUAUCUUGCAGGCCCUGCGGAAAGAUGUCAAGUCCCGCAGGGCCCUAGUCUCUUGUGACAGAGCGUUCCACCAGAUCGGGGCCACAGCCGAAAAAGCCCUGGCUCUGGUCGAGGCCAGCCUAACUUCCCUGUGGCCCGGGACCUCCAAGAUGUUUUUGUUUGAAGACCGUAAGGUCCUCCGUGGGACAUACCAGGAGAGGCGGUCCCGUAGGUACGAGGGUCCUAGGCCAUGAUGCUCCCCAGUUUCGGACUGUGACAAUCUGACUCUGAAUCUCUUGUUUUUGACCAGGGACCUCAAGGGGAGCCGGGACCCCCUGGCCAGCAGGGGACUCCAGGGACGCAGGUGAGUGAACCCAUCAGAGGACCUCUGCUGGAUCUGUCCCCAACAUCCUCCUUCCCGCUCACCCCCACGGCAUGAAGUCCGCAAGCCGGCUGGAAUGGGGAGAUAGACUAGCCCUGAAUGGGGAGGUUCCAUACGGCAGCCAUCAGGACUGGCUCACAGGCCCCUUUCCUCUCCAGAUGCAUCGCUUUAAGGAGAAGCUCCAGCCGCCGUUCCUCAACCUGGUGCCCUCCAGACGUUUUCAGACUACGAUUCCCAUCAGCCCCACAGGGUGUAGCGAAUGGUGGGAGUUGCAGUCCAGGGCCUCAGGUUGGGAGAAGCCAACGCCAAACACUGCUAGAUAGAUUCCUGGCCAACAUUGAUUCCUGCGUUUUAGGGGGUUGGACUAGAUGACCCUGGGGUCCCUUCCAAAGCUAUGAUUCCUGUGUUUGGAUCAGCCUUUUGGCUAAGAUCUGCUCUUGUCCGUUUAAUAUCAGCUACGUCCUCUACUAAAUGGAUUUUUGGAGCUGGGAGAUGGCAGAGGGACUGGCUCAUCAGCUCCCCAUCUGUGGAGUGUUUUUGUGGGUUCAAAAAGUAGAGGGAAGCAACAUUUGCAAGCUUAUCUCUCUAUUCAAGAACGGACAACUUCCAAGAAGUGCUCCUUCGAAGCUGCAGUUUGCCUGCUUCUCUGAAAACAGGCUGAUUCUCUUUGCUUCAGAUGAAAAGGGGAGACAAAAAUGCACGAAAUUAGGAUAAUUGGCUCGGGAAAUAGAAAUUCUUCCUGGGUCUGGUGUGGGGCCUCUUUGACCGUCUCCGGAAAUGUCUCUAGAGGAGGCCUCCGGCCGACAACUGUAAGAGCAGGAUGAGAGCCCUUGGGCCCGAUCCUGCAGGCUCUCCUGACCUUCUGGUCCCAAAGAAAUGACCCUGAGCAAGGAAGGAUUUGAGAGGCCGCCAGAGAGAACUGGGAGGGUGGACGUUUUUGUCCUCAGUUGGGGGGCUCAGGAGGGCAUCUCCAGGAAGUGGGCUGGGAGGGCGCCCGUCACCGACGUUCUCCUCUUUCUCCUUCUUCUCAGGGAUUGCCGGGACCUCAAGGUGCAAUGGGACCUCAUGGGGAGAAGGUGAGCUGGGAGGGACCCCUGGCUUGCUGACCGAGAGGGGCAGCCACGCCGAACCCCAAAGCAGGGAGGUGGUGACUGGGUUAGGUUGGGUAGGGUUGGGUUUUAGGGUUGGUUUGGGUUUUUGGGUUGGGUUGGAAUGGAAUGGGUUUGAGGGUUGGGUUUGAGGGUUGGGUUGGGUUGUAGGGUAGGGUUGGAAUGGAAUGGGUUUUAGGGUUGGGUUGGGUUUUAGGGUUGGGGUGGCCAUUCUUGGGCUAAUGGGAUUUUCUCCUUCAGGGCCCCAGAGGGAAACCUGGACUUCCGGGGAUGCCUGGCUCCGAUGGCCCGCCUGUAAGUACCUGCCCCUCACCUCUGCCUCAGGCCUCCCUUGGCUCAGUGGCCCCCCAGCAAAGACGGGAGGCAUGUUGAACAGGAAGUAGCUGGUGGCCCUGUCCUCUACCCUUCUUGGAGUCCCCACUGAAAAGAGAACGCUGAGAAGCCACUGUUUCUGCCAAGGGGAGGACAAUGUUAACAUGAUUAUGCUGGGGUUUUCCUAGUUGCCAUGCUGGACGCCAGUCCCCACACCAACACCUUCACCCACCCGUGGUCAUGACUCUGCAACCAUGUUGCAGCAGUUUCGUGGCCGGCCUACCCAGCAACGCAAGCAGGUUGGGGCCCUUGCAAAAAAGAGCAGGCGUCCAUAGGGCCCCUGAGAUCCCCCCAAAGGGUGGCCCUUCUGUCCUGGUCAUGUCAGCACCACAAAGUGUCACAGAUCAGCCUCCCACAGGGUAAACUGUGAAACGCUGGCACGACGGCCACUAUCGGGGCCCACAGGGGGCAGUUUUGAACAGGAAGUGUCUCUUUGCAUUCCCUGGUAGCCAUGUUAAACAGGAAGACAGCCAUAUUAGACAGGAAGUGAGUUGAUGUUGCAUCCUUGUGAAACAGGAAGUGAGUUGAUGUGGCAGCCAUGUUAAACAGGAAGUGAGUCGAUGUGGCUGCCUUGUUAAACAGGAAGUGAGUUGAUGUGGCAGCCAUGUUAAACAGGAAGUGAGUUGAUGUGGCAGCGAUGUUAAACAGGAAGUGAGUUGAUGUGGCAGCCAUGUUAAACAGGAAGUGAGUCGAUGUGGCUGCCUUGUUAAACAGGAAGUGAGUUGAUGUGGUGGGCAUAUUAGACAGGAAGUGAACUACGGUCAGUAGUAGUAAUAAUAAUUAAUUUCAAUUUACAUAUGGUACCACCUUUUAUCCCAGGGUAGUGUACAACAUUUAAGACAUAUUUUAUGCAGUACAAUAAUAAAAACACAAUACAGAGCAUAAUGAUACAAUAAUCAUAAUCAUUCCACUCCCCACAUUUGACAUAGCCUGCUAGUCAUAUUAGACAGGAAGUGAGCGGCUGCCCCAUCCUUUGUGCCUCCUCCUGGCAUUUUCCAGCUGAGCUCCCAUGUCCCCAAACGGCUUUCCCCUGGCCCUGGGCAAAGAAGGCCCUGGCAGACUGGCAUGGAGAUUUGCCCUCUCCCCAAAUAGUGGGAUUCGAAAAGGAGGCAGCGAUCCAAGUCCUGUGGAUUAUUAACUCAACUCCUUCUUGCUCUCUCUCACCUUCCUUUCAUCCCUUUCUCUUAGGGCCACCCUGGCAAAGAGGGGCACCCAGGCACCAAAGGAAACCAGGUGAGAAGGGGCAGCCCCACACCCAGCACGUGGCAGCAGUCUAACCAGGGGGGUGAUGGGGGAAGUAUGGAGUGGCGCCGUGAGGCUCUCCCCGCCCACAAACGGCCGUAGGCGGCAGAUCACCAGGCAUGGGAAACGGUUUCUCUGAGCCACUGACACCAUGGGGUCUCUGCUGACAGCACUGGGUCUUUAAGAGGGAGAACAAGCCUUUCCAUGGCUGGCAGGCAGCUCAGUUUCCAGACCAUAAGUGAAAAAAUAUCCCAGGGAGAGCAAACAAGUACAUCGAAAAAAGAUGCUUUUAUGUUUGCAUUCCUGCUAUGCCCUUUCCAGACACUAGGUGGCAGGAGGAAUCGACGCACAGAGCAGCACCUCCUUUUCCAUCCAGCAGGGGGCAGUGCAGUCCCACACAUACAAAGACAUGCAGUGCUCCGUUAAUCUGCGGAACUCCCUCCCACAGGAGACGGUGAUUGACGGCCGCCAACCUAGACGGCCUCAAAACAGGGUUAGGCAAAUUCACGGAAGAGGAGAGGGCUCCCAAUGGCUACUAGCUGGAAUGUCUGUUGCUUGAAUUCGGAAUCCAGAAUCGUGUUCGAAUCCUGCUUGCCGUUUCCUCACAGGCAUCUGGUUGGCCGCUGGACUAGACGGUUAGGUUCCUAGGCCCUUACAAAACCCAGGUUCACACACACUUUGCAGAGGCCUCCCUUAGAGGGACCCUCACAGACACACAGCGUGGAAGGAGAGGGUUGCAUCCUGAGCAACUUAGUAUUUCCGCCUUGCCUGAAAUCCAGACAUAUGCCAGGAAAACGGGGGCCUCGAGGGGCGGAGGGCAGCAGGGUCGGUCAUUUCCCCAUCCUACCUCUUAGCAAACACAGGCAGAAAUCCAGCUUUGACUGGAAUGCAGAAGGGGAGCAGCCAGCACCUGUUGAAUUUCAGCCUGCCCUGCAGCUCUUAAAAGUCGUGCUGGUAAAAUUGACGGAUUUAAUAAGACACAAAUCCAAAACUAUGGUACAGAAACAAUGGGAAUGCUUAAAUGAAUAUUCACACAAGCAGGGCUCAAAUACGAAAGUUCUUCACCUUGUGAAGAAUAUAGAGAACACAAAGAUUUGACGGACCAUGAAAGAACUAAAGGAAAGGAAGUGACCGAAGAACAGGUGUAAAGGUGAAACGAAGAGACGUGUGGUGAUUUCGGUGAAAGUCUUUUAGAAUAUUUUAACUAGGGUUUAUAUAUUGUAAUGUUUGAAGUAUAAAUUUGGUGUUAUUGAUUGUGAAAAGUAUUUUCUUUUUCUUUUUCCUUUCCUUUUAUCUUUCAUCCCUUUUCUUUUCUAGUCUGCAUGUUGGAAAAUACGUAGACAAAUGUGUUUACAGUGUUAUGUAUUGAUUUUUGUUUUUAUUUUUUGUUUUUAUUUUCUUGUAAUAGUUAUUAAAAACUAAUUUUUUAAAAAGUCAUGCUGGUGGAGGAGCGGAAUGAUCAGGGCUGAGAGGCCCUGAUCCCUGAGGGUCUUCCGGUGGGCAUUUUUUUGGGGGGGUUUCCUCCUUGUGAUUUCUCCUCUGACCGGCUCCUCCUCUCUCUCUCUGUUCCCCCCUUCCAGGGCCCGUCUGGUCCUCAGGGGCCAGUUGGCUACCCGGGGCCUCGUGGGGCGAAGGUAAGCAAGCACCUGAUUGGCUCACAGGACUUGGCAGGGCUGGAUUUCCCAUCGUCCUUUGCUUCCGAGGCGCAGGGCUGCCCUUUCCAAUUGGAGAAGGGGAGAAGGGCGGCCCCUUGGGAGCCUUAGAGAAGUUGCAAGGGGCCCCUGGGGGUCAUCUAGCCCAACCCCCUGAAGCCAUCCUUGCAGCCUAGGACCCACGUACCUACGGGACUGCUUCUCCUGGUAUGUCCCGCGAAGGACCUUAAGGUCUACAAAUGACAACACUUUGGAGGUCCCGAGCCUCAAGGAGGUUAGAUUGGUCUCAACUAAGGCCAGGGCCUUUUCAGUACUGGCCCCGACUUGGUGGAACGCUCUGUCACAAGAGACUAGGGCCCUGCAGGACUUGACAUCUUUCCGCAGGGCCUGCAAGACAGAGCUGUUCCGCCUGGGCUUUGGUUUGGACUCAGUCUGACCCUUGUGUUUCCCUCCCCUUAUGGUUUUGAUCUAUGAGCUACUUUUAAAAUGAGGCUGCAUUUUAAAUUGCAUUUGAACCUGUAUUUUAAAUUGGUCUCUACCCGCCCCCCGCCCAUUAUGUUUUUCUGUAAUUUUACUGGUGUUAGCCGCCCUGAGCCCCGCUCUGCCUGGGGAGGAUGGGGUAUAAAUAUUGUUGUUGUUGUUGUUGUUAUAUAAGGCGGCAUAUGCAGUCAGAAUGAAAUAAAUUGAGAGGGCCCCUCCCUCGCUCCUCCACCGCAAUUUGUAUUUUUCUGCAAAUAUUUUCCCUGGGAUCUUCAGUUGGUGGAUGGUAUACAGAUCUAAUACUGGAUGUGGGUGGCGCUGUGGGUUAAACAACAGAGCCUAGGGCUUGCCAAUCACAAGGUGGGCGGUUCAAAUCCGGCGGGAAGGUAAACGGCGUUUCCGUGCGCUGCUCUGGUUCGCCAGAAGCGGCUUAGUCAUGCUGGCCACAUGACCCGGAAGCUGUACGCCUGCUCCCUUGGCCAGUAAAGCAAGAUGAGCGCCGCAACCCCAGAGUCGGUCACGACUGGACCUAAUGGUCAGGGGUCCCUUUGCCUUUACCUUUUUAUACAAAUCUAAUAAAUAACAGUAAUAAGAAUGGUUGCACACCUUGUAACUGUUCUGGGGAAAUUGGGGGGAUUUUAUUUUUUUUGCAUGGGAGAAUGACGAUCAUUUUGGGUGCUGUGAUCUCGCACCACAGUCUUAUCCCCAAAAAGUUUUAGAAAGUUGCAACAGUUACAUUGUUCUGGAGCUCUAUAUAAGCAGGCUGACGGAGCUCCUCAGUUCAGUUCUGUUCUGGCCUUUGAAUAAACAAGAGCUGCUUGAAGAAUCGCUGUGUCGUCUGAUAUGUUUGCCCACAACUUAACAGCCACCCCCAAACCCCUCUCUCUCCUCAUAGGGAAUGGACGGCAUCCGAGGCUUCAACGGCCACAAAGGCGAAAAGGUGGGUUGUUGGGAAGGGAACUGGUGGUUCAGAAAACAGCAGUGACAACCCCCAAAACCCACAUUUCUGUUCAGCUACGGAGAAAACACGGAAUUCCCUAACUGUAGGGUUUGGAGAGGCCCCCAGGUGUCAUCUAGUCCAACCCCCCACAAUUGCAGCAAAGGAAUCGCUGGCAGGUGGCCAUUGUUGUAAACAAAUAAAUCUGCCCUUUUUCCCUUAUGGGGGACACAAGAGCCCAUAUAGAGUCCUUACGUAGGUUCCCUAUUGGUAGGAGAAAAGAACAGAGGCCAACCAGAGAUUAUUGAGAAGCAAAGCAGCUAGUAAGCCUGAUCUUUAUUGAUCUGUUGCAACAGGGUGCUCCCCUCACACGCAGGAAAGGAGGAGGAACCCAGAACAAUGGCACGCAAGGCCUUAUAUAGACAUCUUAAAUUCCCUGCCCUGGAGCUCAAGACCACCCCUCCAUACAUCAUGCAUACAUCACAGAAGGGGUGUAACCUAAGACCACCCCCCAGAUACAUCACAGAAAAGGCGGUCUACAGCAGAAAUCUGAGUGCUUUGCUUACCUCCUGUCUGGCAGGUUACCUGUUAAUGCUCACUUGAUUGGAUACCCUGGGGAGCCUGGCCAGUCUUUUGUAAUGAUAAAUAUUUAGUUCCUGAGCCAGGUCACAGGUUCACCCUAUUCAAACACAGACAGACAUACCCUUAUGACAGGAUUUGUGAAGGAAAAGACAAUGGGGAGGCUUUUCCAUUUUCCUUUGACCUUGCAGAGAAAACAUUUGCUCAGUUUAGGAAUCAAAAAUGGUUUUAGGUCAGUCUCCCUGUGCUGACCUAUGUACGUGCUUGGUUGGUACACUUAUGAACAUUUAACAUGUAUCUAAGACCUCAAAAGACGCAGGUGGCACUGUGGGUAAAAUCACAGUGCCUAGGACUUGCCGAUCGUAUGGUCGGCGGUUCGAAUCCCCGCGGCGGGGUGAGCUCCCUUCGUUCGGUCCCAGCUCCUGCCCACCUAGCAGUUCGAAAGCACCCUCGGGUGCAAGUAGAUAAAUAGGGACCGCUUACCAGCGGGAAGGUAAACGGCGUUCCGUGUGCUGCGCUGGCUCGCCAGAUGCAGCUUCGUCACGCUGGCCACGUGACCCGGAAGUGUCUGCGGACGGCGCUGGCUCCCGGCCUCUAGAGUGAGAUGAGCGCACAACCCUAGAGUCUGGCAAGACUGGCCCGUACGGGCAGGGGUACCUUUACCUUUUUAAGACCUCAAAAUUCCUAUCACACCAUCCAACCUGGGGUGUGUGUGCGAAGAGCCUGGGGUCUUCUGAGUCUGUGGGGUCCUGAAUCCCUCUUAAUGCCACUCCCCCCUUUAUUUUCUGCAGGGGGAAGAAGGAUUUCCUGGUUUCAAGGGCGACAUGGGCGUGAAAGGGGACCGGGUAAGUAGGACAAGCCCUCUCCCCACUUGCACCCGCAGCCCCCUCCCCUGUUCCUUGUUCCUGCCUCAUUCUCUCUCUCUCUCUCUCUCUCUCUCUCCCCACAAUCAGGGCGAAGUCGGCGUUCCAGGAUCCCGAGGCGAAGACGGCCCUGAAGGCCCUAAGGGCCGCACUGGGCCCCACGGCGACCCAGGUCCCAUUGGGCUCGUCGGAGAGAAGGUGCGGAUUCCGGGCUUGGGGUUGGAGAUAGAACCGUAGUGUUAGAGGGCCCCACAGUGGUCAUCUAGUCCAGCCGCAGGUGGAGAUGGACUGGUCCCACUGUGGUUUUAUAUUUCGUUGGGAGCCAUCCGGCAGGGAAACCCAGUCAGAUGGGUGGGGUACAAUUAUUAUUAUUAUUAUUAUUAUUAUUAUUAUUAUUUCAUCUGGUUUGGGUUUCAGGGCAUCCUCCCUGGGGGUAUAAGGUCUCCUCGCUCACUUUAUUUUUUACGUCUCUCUUUCUUGCAGGGGAAACUGGGUGUUCCGGGUCUCCCUGGGUAUCCCGGCCGACAAGGACCUAAGGUCAGUAUACCUCCAAAUUUAGGUACUUGACCUGCCUUACUGUUCAGGGAAGCUUUUAACGUGUGACAUUUUAGUGUAUUUUUAAUCUUUGUUGGAAGCCGCCCAGAGUGGCUGGGGAAACCCAGCCAGAUGGGUGGGGUACAAAUAAAUUAUUAUUAUUAUUAUUAUUAUUAUUAUUAUUAUUAUUAGACUGCAGUUACUGCAGUUACUUUUGCUCUUGCACCCCCCCCCAAAAAAAAUCUUCUCACCAGUGUGUUUCCUUCAGCAAAUAACAGCCAUAGAUCAAUUGUGAACACGGAAAACCCCAAAUAUUUGCAAUAUUUAGCCAUAUUCCCCGGAUUCUCUGUAAAAACGGAGCAAUCGAAGGAUGACGAUUUGGGAGUCGUGGGAGCCGUUUUCUUCCCUGCAAAGAAGGGGGGUGAAGUUUCCCUGCACGGAUCUGUACUGGCCCCCUUGUGGCAUCACCGGUACCCAACUCUGUACCCCCCUAAUAAUGGGGGUGGAAUCGUCCCAUCUCCUUGCAGGGAGAGAAGUUGUGCCGUCCUCCCCCCGCCCCCUUCGUGGCCCCUGCACUCUCUGGGCCCCCCCACUCCGAUUUUCAUAGAAUUGUAGCGUUGGAAAGGACCCCCUGAUGCCAUCUAGUCCAACCCCUUGCGAUGUCCUGGCCGGUCCAUUCCGAAAGCCCUCUUCCGCCUUGUCUUAACCGCCUCUUCCUCCUCCUCUUCAGGGCUCUCAAGGCUUCCCUGGCUUCCCCGGGACGAACGGCGAAAAGGGGGGACGGGUAAGUGGCCCCCUCCUCCUCGAGGAGCUCCCAGCCCCCCCCCCCAGCAACUUCUCUUUUGGGCGGGCGGUUUCGGAAAGAUGUCAAAUUCGUUAAACUAAGUAGUUUCGAAUCGAUUGCUGCUGUCCUGAAUUAUUAUUAUUUUAAAUUUUUUUAUUAAAUUUUAUUAGAUGUUACCCAAAAAAAGGGGGGGGGAGAUAGAAACAAUACAUAACCAUACAUAAAACCUACACAAUUUUCCAGAACGCAGACUAGAAAAGAAGAAAGACGAAAAAUAAAAGAAACCAACAAAACGGAAAAGAACGAAGAGAAAAAAUGCUUUUCAUGAUCAAUGAUUCCAAAUUCACACUUCAAACAUUAUGAUAUAUAAGUCCUAGUUGUAAUAUUAUAGAAGACUUCCACCACUGUUCUGAAUUUUACGGCGGCGGCUUCUUCCUUGGGGGGUCUUGCAGAUGGCUGUUCCAAACAGCGCUUUUUCUAGGGUUAGGGGGAGCUGGGGGUGAGUCUAUGGAAGGUAGGGCCCCCCAAAAGUGAGUGACUGUUGUAAAGGAAGCCCGAGUUCCAAUGCUGCCAAAAGGUGUUGGAGCAGCUGGGGGGGGGACUAAGCCCCUUUUGCAGGAUGAAGCCAAACUGUGUUGAUUAGUCGCACAGCUAGAAGGAGGGAGAGGGAGGGGGCGAGGGGGGGUUAAAUGUUUGUGGGAUCCUGCUGUGAAUCAUCUGCCUUUGUUCCUCCUUGCAGGGGAUCUCUGGGAAGUUGGGACCCCGAGGUGAGAGAGGCCCCACGGUGAGUAGCCAAGGAGGAAGGUGGCGUGGGUCAAAUCGGGUGGGGGGCAGUUUUUGCCUUCCUAUUCACUAUCCCCAUUUCACUCCCCACAUCUUAAUGGACAGUUGGGGGUGGGGAGGCGGGACCCACACAUACUGUCUUUCCCACCCAUGGGAAGGGGUGCCAGGUCAGGAUCACCCUAGACCCAAAAUUCCAGGGCCCAAGCCUGAGAUGUGGGGGGAGGUCCUGGUGAUAUGCUGGGGGGCAGAUGGUGGACCCUAGUGGUUCUUCCUCUGUGUGUGCUCCCUCCUACUGGUGAGGCUUGGAGACGGAGGUGAAUUGGGAGAGGAGAAGGGGGAGCGGAGGAGGGCAGAAUCCCCUGAGAGUGUCUGCAAUAAUAUUCAGAGACGGAGGUUAAUUGGGAGAGGGGAAGGGGGAGCGGAGGGGGGCAGUCUCCCCUGAGAGCACUUGCAAUAAUUUUCAGAGACAGAGGUUAAUUGGGAGAGCGGAGGAGGGGAGGGGAGGACCCCCCACCCAAGAGGAUCUGCGAUACUGGCAACCCCCGUAUUAGGCUCCACUGAUACAUGCGCGAUCAUGCGCUGAACCCGGAAAUGACCGUAAGGAGGGCGGAACUGGAUCCCCUCAGAUGGGAGGGAGGCUGCACUGGGAUGAGUUGCCCCCUGGCUCUCCGGAUCACUUACUUCUCUCUCUCUCUCUCUGCCCCCUGUUCUUCUAGGGGCCACGAGGCCAGCGGGGGCCACGAGGGGCCACAGGGAAGUCUGGAGCAAAGGUUGGUUUAUGGGAUAUGGGAUAUGAGGCUCUUUGUCUCUGGACUCAGCUAUACAGCUGCAAAUAUAACAUUUUAAGUGUGUUUUAAGUGCAUUAUACAAAUGUGACACUAGAUGGCGAUGUUGAGCUAACUGCAAGUUCAAUAUAUAUCUUAAAACGUUUUUUAGAAAAGCAUUUUCACAGCGUGUUUUAUAUAUGUUUAGAUUCAGCCUCCCUUUCCAGGGGCCUCCUGGGUUCUCUCAGGGCUGGCAGGGGUGAUUCUGUGUUUCUAAAAAGCUUCCUUUUCAUCUCAUCCUCAUGCAGGGCACAUCGGGCAGUGAAGGACCAGCCGGGCCCCCCGGGGAAAGGGUGAGUAAACAGGAAGGAAGACGGGGGGGUUAAGGAAAGAUGGAGGAGGAGGAGGAAGGAGCCCCCAGUGAGAAUCUCAGGAAAUUAAGAGAGCACUGAGGCUCGAAUUCAAAAGCACACGCCAUGUGAACAUCUAGCAGCAGGGAGUUCCAAAGGUCACACUUCCUUUCCUUGGGCAUCGCUGCUCUGGAAUCUGGGUGGUGAUGGCACAUCCGGAUCCAGCACAACGUUUAUUCAUUUUAUGUAUUUGUUUUGUGACGUUUAUUCACUGCUUGACUGUAAACAAACAAACAGCAGCCUCCACAUGGUUUGCAAAAAAGAAAGAUAGAACAACAAAAUUGUCAGUGAUAAAAAUUAACAGCAAUAAUUUAGGACUUUGGGAAAGUUAAACAAGCAGAUUAAAACUCACACUGCUUUCUAAGCCCCUGGGUAUAAAGUUUUGAGCAUGGUGAAGGCAGCUGCCUGCUAUCAAGUGUCAGGCUGUUCCCAAGGGCAGGCCCUGCCCGACUAAAAUUGUCAAUGCUUUUGUUACACGUCGCCGGUCGCACUCUGGGUGCUGCUGCUACUUAGGGGUCGGUUUCCCCUGCGUCACCGUCUGCUUAGUCUCUAGAGCAUGGGACUCUUAAUCUCAGGGCUGUGGGUUCGAGAGUCACGUUGGGCAAAAAAGAUUCCUGCUUUGAAAAUUAUUCUUAUAUACAGUGGUGCCUCGCAAGACGAAAUUAAUCCGUUCCGUGAGUCUCUUCGUCUUGCGGUUUUUUCGUCUUGCGAAGCACGGCUAUUAGCGGCUUAGCGGCUUAGCGGCUAUUAACGGCUUAGCGGCUUAGCUGCUAUUAACGGCUUAGCGGCUUUAAGAAAAAGGAAAUAAACUCGCAAGAACUCGCAAGACGUUUCGUCUUGCGAAGCAAGCCCAUAGGGAAAUUUGUCUUGCGGAAUGACUCAAAAAACGGAAAACUCUUUCGUCUUGCGCGUUUUUCGUCUUGCGAGGCAUUCGUCUUGCGAGAUACCACUGUAUUACAUUUGUAUACAACCCUAUGCCCAUGGGCCUCAGGGCGGUGACAACAUAAAAUCACAAAAUCUAAAAAUACAUAAUAUAAAAAACCCAAUAACACCCCCCUUACAGGGGGUUUGUCUAGAUGACCUUUUGGGGUCCCAAUGAUUUUAGGAAGCCUUCCGGUUCCUCCUCCACCAGAUGCUUCUCAAUGUUUCCUUCUCCUUCUGCGUCUUCCGCAGGGUCAACCGGGACCACAAGGACCAAACGGAUUCCCUGGGCCAAAAGGACCUCCGGUGAGUUCUCAGUUAUCUGCCCCCACACUCUGCCCACCCCCACCGGUCAUCCCCCCUCCGGCCACCCACUGACCCUCUUGUCUUCUUUGCUCACAGGGCCCCUCGGGGAAGGACGGUCUGCCCGGACACCCUGGCCAGCGGGGAGAAGUCGUAAGUUACUCUUUGCUUAUUACUCCUAGUACUCCUACUCCUACUCCCUCUCCCCUCCACUGCUGGCUUCCGCUCAACACCCCAUAAUAUUCUUGGGGAGAAGCUGGCAAACUGCAGGCUGGAUGACGUUGCUACAAGGCGGAUCUGUUGGCUAACCGAACUCCGAAGAACAACAUUCGUUUCCUUAUGAAAGUUCAGUGGUACCUCGGUUUUUGAGCGUCUCGGAAGCCGAACAUUUUGGUUUCCGAAUGCCGAAAACCCGGAAGUACCAUAUUUUCCCCAUUUUUGAAUGCGCCUUCGAAGUCAAAUGGCUUCUGCUGCAUGUUUUUCAGUUUUCACCAUUGAAAUUGACACUCUCCCUUUGCACCUCGGUUGUCGAACGUUUUGGAAUCUGAACGGUCUUCCGGAACGGGUUACGUUUGACAACCGAGAUAACCGCUGUAAUUCCUACCAUAGAACUAGUUCACAGCGGUUUGCAAUUAUAUAAAGGUAAAAACCAUUAAAAAAGUGAAAGCAAGCCAAAGAAUUAAAAACAAACGCUAGCAAGCCAUUGCAGAAGGAGCUAUUCGUAAUCACCUGGUGGAAUCAAAAGGUUUCCAGCAGGCGUUGAAAAGCUGGUAGGUCUCCAGUGGCAGAGAGUUCCACAGGGCUGGGCCAAUGACAACAAAUCAUUGGAUUCUCAUUGUGGUCAAAUGAGCCUGACCAACUUGGGGAAUGACCAAUGGCACUCAGGAAUUGAGCUGACUUCAGGCGAUCCCUUAGGUGACCUGGAAAGAUUUGCUUCCUCAGGAUCCCCCAACAGUUAAGACACUCAGAGUUGAGUGACUCUGAGUGUCUUUUUUUUUUUUUUGCACUCUGCACACACUCAGGGGUUUUCACGCAUUUGACGGCUGGCCCUUGGUGUGUCGAAAACCCUGCUUUCCAACAGAUCCCCCGCACGCUUCCAUCGCAUCUCAUCCCACUUCUGACACCAUUGUGGACACCAGGUCAUUCAGGAGGAAUCCCACCCAGGGGAAACAAGAGGGAGUCGUGUUGUAAACAAAAUCUGCCCCUUUUCCCUUAUGGGGUAUCCCAGAGCCCAUACAGAGUCCUUACGUAGGUUCCCUAUUGGUAGGAGAAACUAACAGAGGCCAAUCAGAGAAUAUUGAGAAGCAAAGCAGCUAGUAAGCCUGAUCUUUAUUAAAGCUGUUGCAACAGGGUGCUCCCCCCACAUGCAGGAGGACAGAAGAGGAGCCAGAACCCAGGUGUGCCCGCCCUUAUAUAGACAUUUUAAAUUCCCUGCCCUGGAGCUCCAGACCACCUCUCCAUACAUCAUACCCACAUCACAGAAAGGGUGGUCUACAGCAGAAAUCUGAGUGCAUUGUUUACCUCCUGUCUGGCAGGUUACUUGUUAAUGCUCACUUGAUUGGAUACCCUGGGGAGCCUGGCCAGUCUUUUGUAAUGAUAAAUACUUAGUUCCUGAGCCAGGUCACAGGCUCACCCUAUUCAAACACAGACAGACAUACCCUUAAGACAGGAUUUGUGAAGGAAAAGACAAUGGGGAGGCGUUUCCAUUUUCCUUUGACUUUGCAGAGAAAACAUUUGCUCAGUUUGGGAAUCAAAAAUGGUUUCAGGUCGGUCUUCCUGCGCUGAUCUACGUACGUGCUUGGUUGGUACACUUAUUAUAUAUCUAAGACUUUAAAAUUCUUAUCACAGUUGUAACCUCCCCCCCCCCUUCUUUCUCUCCCUCACAGGGAUUCCAAGGCAAGACCGGACCCCCUGGAGGACCGGGGGUUGUGGGCCCUCAGGUAAGGAGACGGGCGUUGCUCUGUUCCUCCCCAGCACCAGAGAGCAGCCAAAACACCAGACCCUGGGAGGGGACAGUCAGAAGGUGGCAAGGGUGGGGCGCGUUCUGUUUUAAUUACCUGUCUUUUAACAGAUUUCGGUAUUUUAUAUUGUUUUAGUUCUGUUUAGAGUUUGAUGACUUUAAAACAAUUACAUUGAAUACCUUUCUAGUUUAGUUCGAUGUCUUUUUUAUAUAACUUUUUAUUAGUUUUUUAACAUACCAUUUUCAACAAUAAUUGAACACACUUUUACAUCUUAUUCAAUUUUUUUGACUUCCAUCAGUCCUGUCUGAAAAUUUUCCAAUCUAAUCUCUCAGUAUGCAUUUCUUAUUUUUCCUAUUACAUUUCAAACUCAUAACCAAUAUCUCUAUCUUUUUCUACUUUGUAACACUUUGUAUAUUUCUUCUUACAAAACUUAUUGUAGUCCUACUAGUGUAAUUUGUCGAUUACAGUUGCUCUUCAAAUAAUUCAAUAUACUUCUUCAAAUCUUCUGUAAAUCUCUGGUCCCUCAGGUUUUGAAUCCUUCCUGUCAUUUUGUCCAAUUCUGCGUAGUCCAUUAAUUUUAUCUGCCGUUCUUCUUUCAUUGAAAUUUCUUCUUGCUUCCAUUUCUGGGCUAACAAAACUCUUACCAGUUUAGUUUGAUGUCUUAAUUGGUUGGAAGCCACUCAGAGGGGCAACCCAGUCAGAUGGACAGAAUAUUAAUAUUAAUAUUAUCUUGUCUGUGCAAGUUACAUUGAGUCCUGGCUUGGGGAAAAGUCAGGAUAUAAAUGCAGCAGCAGCAAUAACAACAACAACAACAAAUAAAUCACUAAUAAUAUCAAUAAUAAUAAAAUCUGCAGGGUGGGGAAGGGAUUGUUUGUGGAGGGCUCUCUCCUUGCUCAGGGGAUUCAAUCCUUGGAGGUUUUUAAGCAGAGGUUGGCUGGUCGUCCGUCAUGGACACUUCAGCUGAGAUUCCUGCAUUGCCGGGGGUUGGUCUAGAUGAGUCCUGGGGUUCCCUCCAUUCCCUACAACUCUCUGUUUCCUUGGCAGGGCCCUGCAGGAGAAACAGGACAGAUGGGGGAGAGGGGCCACCCCGGCCCUCCUGGGCCUCCCGGAGAGCAAGGCCUGCCUGGGCCCUCUGGGAAAGAAGGCACAAAGGUAAGCCCUUGGCGGGGGGAGCGGGGUCUGGGUGCGAGGGCAAGGGCUCAUGGGCAGCCCAGCAGGGGGAGGCGGGGUGGGGUUACGGGAAAAAUCUAGGUUCGAGGCUGCUCAGUCACCCAGCUCAUUGGGCAGAGCCUGCGGGUCCCUGUGGAAUAAUAAUAAUAAUAAUAAUAAUAAUAAUUAAUAGUAAUAAUUUUUAUUUAUACCCCGCCCUCCCCAGCCAAGACCGAGCUCAGGGCGGCUAACACCAGGUAUAAAAACAAUUGAUUGAAAUACAACUUAAAAACAAGAUUAAGCACAACAUUAAAAUGCAGCCUCAUUUCAGUAGAAACUCAAAUCAGAAACUUUUUGGGGAGGAAAACGUCAAGUCUUCACCAAGGCCAGCUAUCCAGACUGGUCCUACAUGGGCCAGAAAAAAUGCCAGGAAUAAAGGAAGGAGUCCAGCCACCAAAGUUUAUUGCGCAACAGGUUCAAAGAGGAAUUUUGAACCCUGAGGAUGGGGUGACAAAGACUUUUAAAACUUUCCCACCAUAUCCCAGAAUACAGUUCGUACAGCAUCAUCGAUACAUCAUUGCUACAUCACUGACAUGUCACAAAAGGGGAGGGGUAGACAGGGGUUAAAGGGACGUGGGUGGCGCUGCGGGUUACUAGGACUUGCCGAUCAGAAGGUCGGCGGUUCAAAUCCCCACAACGGGGUGAGCUUCCGUUGCUCAGUCCCAGCUCCUGCCAACCUAGCAGUUCAAAAGCACAAUGUGCAAGUAGAUAAAUAGGUACUGCUCUAGUGGGAAGGUAAACGACGUUUCCGUGCGCUGCUCUGGUUCACCAGAAGUGGCUUCGUCAUGCUGGCCACAUGACCCGGAAGCUGUACGCCGGCUCCCUCAGCCAGUAAAGCGAGAUGAGCGCCGCAACCCCAGAGUCGGCCAUGACUGGACCUAAUGGUCAGGGGUCCCUUUAGCUUUUAGACAGGGGUUACACUAGUUCAACCUUGGCAAACAGGUCCAGACAAGUCCUUGGUACAAGAUUAGCAUAAGUAGACAUGUCAGGGCAAGACUCAGGUAUAAGAUUAGCAUAGGCAAAGACCUCUGAAGUCCCACCACCCAAAGUACAAUAGAACUUCCUUUGCAUGUCUGGACCACUUGGCAAGUCUUGUGAUGGGAUUAGGCUUUUCUUGGCCAACAAUCAGAUCAGCAAUUGUCACCUCUGGGCACUUCCUGGGGUAGGAGGUGUGCUUGGGGAGGUGGCGGGGGAAAGAGUCGGUUUUUUGAAGGGCAAAAUAGUGUUGAAAUGGAGGAAACUGGCAAAGGAGUUGAUUUUAUAUUACUGUAUUUUUCACUCCAUAAGACGCGCCUGACCAUAUGAUGCACCUAGUUUUUAGAGGGGGAAAGCAAGAAAAAAAAUAUUAUGUGCAGAGCAUGUAAACGGCUCUCGCUUUUCUUGCUUUAAACCCUUCCGUGCCUCCUCCCGCUUCGCUGAGAAGCCAGCAGAGCAAGAGCAAGAGGUGCGUAGCGCCUCUUCUUCUGGCUUCCCAGCAAAGCGGGAUGAGGGACGAAAGGGAGCCCUUACAAGGGAGCGCUGAGCAGAGCCUGGCAGUGGCUCUUGCUGGGGGAAGGGACAGAGGGCAGCCCGUCAGUCCCUUCUCCCUCCUCAGGGAAAAGCCUCCAAGGACUGCGCUCCCUUUAAAGAGCUGCGCGGAGCGUGUGUGUGGAUCUUGGGGGCUUUUCCACAAGGUGGGAGAAGGGACUGACGGGCUGCCCUCCCGCCUGCAUUCGCUCCAUAGCAGGGGAAAAGUGUGUCUUAUGGAGUGAAAAAUACGGUAUUUUUUAAGCUAGGUAACUUCCCUGAGCUUUCAAGUUGAAAGGAUACAUUUAUGCAUAAUAUCUGUAACAUUUAACAACUUUAAAGAUGUGGGCCCCCCCUCUCUAAGGGACCCGCUACCUUUCCCGGGGACUCAUGGGGUGAAAACAUCCAAAGCGGAACCCCUUUCCGGGGUGCCUUUUUGGGGUUCCAAGCACUGUGUGUUAGUUAGGCUCAAAAGAGGAGGGAGGAAGCUCAAACUUUCAAAGGUCAAGAAAACUUCCUUGGAAAUCCCCUUCACCCUCUAAGCCCCGCCCCUGGUAUCACAGGCUCCGCCCCUUAGUACCCAGGCCCCGCCCAGUGCACCCCAGAAUUCUGAGCCUCGGGAUACCUGCCCCCCUUCCCCCUUCAAGGAUCCUGCCAUGAUAGAUUCAGGCCCCCCAGCCCAAGAAGAGGGGGACUGGGGUUUGGGGGGCUCUGGCCAGGAUUUGGGGGGUCAACGUGUCCUUUUCCCCCUUCUGCGUUUCAGGGCGACCCCGGCACCCCCGGAGGACCCGGCAAGGAUGGCCCGGCUGGGCUGCGAGGCUUCCCCGGAGAGCGCGGCCUGCCUGGAACUGCCGUACGUACUUGGGGGGGCUCCUUCCAUGGGGUUGGCCUGGGAAAACGUAGCGUGGGUGCAGGGGGGGCACGGCGUUUUGCGUUGCAACCAUCCUGCCUGCUCUGGGGUUGAGAUUAAACUGCCAGGAGCUAAAUGUAUGUAGAAAAUACUCAAAUCCAGCAUUGCAGAGUGUAGUCAGGAUUUCUGGGGUUUUUUUGGGGGGUAAGAACCUCACUUAGUUAAAGAUUUUUAUUGAUUUUGGGGAGCAGCUGCCCCUCUCUGCCCCCUCUUGGCUACACCCAUGGUGGAACAAUACAAAUCUAGUCAGUAAGAGCAUAACAAGUUAAAAGUUAAAAACUUGGGGUUUUUUUGUGGGAGGGGGGUCCUCUUCAUUUGCCUGCGUGGGCCGGACAGAAUAGAAAGAAUUUCAGCAGGUCUGUGAAAGUUGGCACGGAAAGGGCCCCCUGAUUCUCCAGUGGCAGAGAGUUCCGCAGGUUAAGCACUGUCUGUUGGAGGGGAUGCCAGGAGACAGGGACUUAUGUUCACAUGUGGUGGGAGUGUAAAUAUGUACAAAUUUUUUUUGGCCAAAGGGUGUUUAAUGAGAUAACAGAAAUCACUGGGUUAAAGCUGACCAAAAGUCCAGAGGUAGCAUUGUUAUCGAUUUACGAUGGGAUGGAAGGUUCACGGGCUAUGAAGGAGUCGCUCACAAGUUUAUUGACAGCCGCACGGAUUAUUAUAGCCAGGAAGUGGAAGGGGCAAGCAGAAUAUAAAAUGGGAGAAUGGUAUAAAGAGGUGUGGGAUAUAGCUAUUAAUGACAAAUUAACAUGUGCCAUUAAGGUAACACAGGGAAUAAGCAUGAGGAAUGGUUUUGAGGAGAUACGGAAGGUGUUUGUAGAAUUCGUACUAGUAAAAUGGAAAGGCGUCAAACCAUCGCAGGAGGUGUUGACAUUUUGGGAGGCUGGAUAGUUACAAUGGAAUGGUCUCAAAUACACACACACACACAUAUAUAUAUAUAUAUACACAUAUGGGGAAGCACUGUCUGAGUGGCCAGAGAAGGGGCUUCUUUGUCUUGGGGUGUGCCCCCCCCUUUUAAAAUAUUGUAGGGAGCAAACGACUUCUUUGCUCGAACAGCCCCACUGGGUACCCGUUUGUUCCGGAUGCAACAAUGACUUAGGGCCAGGCUGUCUGAAAAACUAUAUUCCUUCUUAUUAGGCCACCCAGGUUUUGAGAUCUUCGGGGGGGGGUGGCUUUUCUUGGUCCCACCACUCUCCCAGGAACACUUGGGGGGGGGGAGGACAAGGCCUUCUUGGUGGUGGCUCCUCCCAAGCAACUUUGGAACUCUAUGCCUGGGGACCCCAGACUGGCUCCUGCCUUGUUGUUUUACUGCUGGCAGCUGAAGGCUGUUUUAUUCCCGCACUUAAGGUGUGUUAAUUUAGGGCCCCCCUCAAAGCUUAAGUUUUGCAAAUUUCUUCAGUGAGGGGUCUUAAAAAUAUAUUUCGGUGUGUGAGGCAUUCAAAUCUGCUAUUAUUUUUGCGACUGGGGAACAUUAGAUGAAGAAGCCCAUAAACUGCUUUCAGGAAACCAAAGAAUUUAAAUUUUACUUUCUGAAAAUGUCAGGUGAUGCUAAAUAAUUAUUAUUUAUAUUAUGUAUUAUUAAAUACAAAUAUUAAUAUAUAAUAUAAUUGCAAAUGCCUGGCAAUAAUUUUUAAUGAUUUAUAUUCAAUUUCACACACAUUUUGCUUACUGAGUCAUAUUAACUUCACCAAAAUACCUUUUGAAUUCCCAAAUUAUGUUGCAACUUUUUAGCACCCCUCAUUUUUUGAAUGUGAGCAUUGAAAAAUUCACCACAGGACUCUGGGAACUGGCCGGGUUUGUUUUCUUGGUUUUUUUUAUUUUAGGAAAUGGCUUUUCAAUAGUGCUGUGCUGUUUUUAUUAUCUGUAUUUUAGCAGGUUUGCUUUAAUUCUAUUAGAGUUUAAUUAAACAAUUACCCUUUGUAUGCUUUUAGCUUUCUGUAUUUUACCUGCCUUGAGUCCCAAAUAGUAUUAUUUUGUUUUAUUUGGUUUAUGAUUAUUGCCAUUAUUUAUUAAAUGGCUUAUACCUUUUUUAGAUUCUUUUAGCUUCUUUACUGAAAAAUAGAAUUAUAUGGUUGCAUCUCAGGGUUGCGGUUCAUAGCAAAAAAAGGCAAAAUAAAACCCCACAUUGCCCUCUUCGGCACUGACUUCAGAACAGAGGGACUCCCUGCCACUUGACCUGCAUCUCCCGCACCGCCUUGGCCCUGCUGCCAGCGCUGAUCCUUCAUUUGCUCACCUGGCUGUUUAUAUUUUACUUAGCUGUGAUUCCUGCUUCACAAGGGGGGGGGUUGGACUAGAUGACCACUAGGGUCCCUUCCAACUGUGCCAUUCUCUUAUUCUGCCUUAUUGGUGAGGUUGCGUAGCCCUUAGAAGUCUCUGCAGCACUUCAAAUAAAUAAAAGGGGACAGAAGAAGGACUGGACAAGGGGUGGGUGUUUUGUGUCUGUGUGUCUACUUGUCGGCCUGCCUCAAACUCUUCCCUCCAACCUUGCAGGGCGGGCCUGGACUGAAAGGCAACGAGGGACCCGCUGGACCCCCAGGACCCGCCGUGAGUGUUUCCUCCCCCCCCCGGCCCUGACGCACCGACCCAGUGCACGCCCUGCAGCCACAACUCUGCCCUUCUCCUUGGCACCUCCUGACGUGCCGAUUGAGCUCUGCACAUGCCCAAGAGACCACAUUCACACCCGUAUCUAUUAAGAAGUUCAGUUCUUCCCCAGUUUCUCAUCCCCGCCCCCCCAGUCUUCCAUUCAGCUCUCCACAUUUUGCAGCAAUAGGUUAUCAUUAGAGGAAUUUUUGUCGCCAGCCUUUUCCCCCCAGCCUACAGAAGAGCACCUGCAAUUAAAAUAGAGAAUAAAUAAGCCCACUGAAACAUUUCAAUAAUGGAGAGUCAACCCAGGUGGGGAGGGGAAUCUCUGUCUACAUGGGUCUGUCGUCGUCUCCAUGUUGGAUCUUGUGUUUGGCGAGAGCCUGCGUCAGCUUUGAGCAUCCCACUGUACUGGGGUAGUGCAGGGUGGCUCCAGCAGAGGCGCUCUGGGUACGAGCCCCUUUUCCCCAUCACUCAGCCUCCCUUCAGGACCCUCUUUUCAUCUUGCCUUCCAGGGAUCCCCAGGGGAAAGGGGGGGACCCGGGCCAGGUGGCCCCAUCGGACCCCCAGGAAGACCAGGCCCUCAAGGACCCGCUGGCUCGGCUGGGGAGAAAGGCGUGCCUGUGAGUAGGGGGGAAGGGGCAGGACUCAUGGGUCUUCUCGGGAGGAAGGUAGGGUGGAGGAAAGGCAAGCAGAGCCGGGAGAGGGGCAGAUGGUGGGGUACGGCAGAGGGGACCCCCAAGUUUUUCUGGAGGGAGGGGGAAUGUAAUAAGGAGCCCUCAACACUCCCCGGAUUCCUGGGUCAUGUUGAUUAGAAUCCUAGAAUUGUAGACUUGGAAGGGACUGCCGGGGUCAUCCAACACAACCCCCUUCAAGGCAAGAAUUUGGUGGAAGAGACACAGAAACUGCAAGUGGCGCUUGGGGUCAAGAACUCUGGGGCGCCCCUGGGAAAGGGGGGUGGGCGGUUGAGAUUCCGGGGUGAGUCUCGGGGGCCCCCUCCUCACUUUCUCUUUUCUCCCCCAGGGCGAGAAAGGUCCCAUUGGCCCCGCAGGCCGCGAUGGCGUCCAGGGCCCCGUCGGGCUGCCUGGCCCCGCAGGACCUCCGGGGGGCCCGGGUGAGGAUGGCGACAAGGUAAGAGUCUGGAGCGCGUCUCCCCUGCCCAUUGCCCCGGCCUCUGGGCUGGGCCUCCCCGGCUCACUCUCUCGUUCUCUCUCCGCAGGGCGAAGUGGGCGAUCCUGGCCAGAAGGGCGGCAAAGGAGCGAAAGGGGAGCACGUAAGUUGGGGUCAUCUUGAGAGCUGCGGGGCAGGGCCACAAAAUGCGUUGGGUGGGGCUCUUCCUCUCCUGCCUCUCCAUCCAUGCCAUUCGCCUCUUUCUCUUCCUCCCUGCAGGGGCCACCGGGACCCCCUGGCCCACUGGGUCCUCUCGGGCAGCCAGGAGCCGCAGUAAGUCCUCAAGUUCAUUUUACCACCUUGUGUCUGGUGUCAUUCGGGAAUUUUAAGAAUGCCCCCCCCCCAAAUCAGCACAGUUAUGGUUGGUCAUAUUCAAUAUAGUGGCCAGUUUUAUCUGAUCAGAUGGUUGCCUCCAGCUAAAUCUCCAAACUUUUGGGGGCAGCCACACUAGUUCAAUUAGCUUCCCACCAUACCCUGUCAAAAGCAUUUUUCAGAAGAGCGGUUUGCGCGACCCGCUAAGGAAGAAGCAAGACGAAAUUUGAAACCAUCAUGAAGAAUUGGGUAUCUUUCAGAAGAAAAGGAAACUGGUUUAGUUGAGAGUGAUUUAGUUGUGAUUCCUGCAUUGUGUGGAGGGGGGAGGGGGUUUCCAGCUUGGGUGACCCUUGGGUGCCCUUUCUAUGAUUCUUGUCUUUUACCCUUCAGGGCGCAGAUGGAGAGCCUGGAGCGAGGGGCCCCCAAGGCCACUUUGGCGCAAAGGGGGAUGAGGGAACCCGAGGGUUUAAUGGCCCCCCAGGGCCCAUCGGCCUGCAGGUACGCCCAGGGACACCCUGAACGGAGGGUCACACCUCUCCUCCUCCCCCCGUCCAACCCUCUAUCCUGCACCCAAUUCCCCACUUGGUCAUUCAGCUCCCUGGGUGGCCCUAGACCAGUCACUCUCUCGCCACCUAACCUACCUCACAGGGCUGUUGUGGGGGUGAAACGGUGGACGGACCAUGUACUACCCCACCUCAAGCUCUGCAGAGGAAUAAAGGUGGGAGAGAGAUGUCAUGAUAAAUAACCACGAUUGAUCCUGCCUCUUGACAGGGUCUGCCUGGACCGUCUGGGGAAAAGGGGGAGACGGGCGACGUGGGGCCCAUGGUAAGUUUUUAUCUGUUUACAAUUUAUCUGUAAAUAUUCAAUAAACCAUUUCCACUCUUUUAUAAAAAGUUUGUUAUCUUGAUUUCUUAUUCUUCCGGUAAGUUUCGCCAUUUCUUCAUUUUCCGUAAGUUUUUGUAUCCGUUUUUCCUUUGCUGGGACUUCUUCUUCUUUCCAUUUCUGGGCAAGUAACAUUCUUGCCGCUGUAGUUGUGUACAUAAAUAAGUUUCUCUACAAUUUAGGUAGUUCUGUCCCUAUACAGGCGCCCCUAAUGGUGGUCUUUUGGGGUUCCUGUUUCUAACUGCAUUGCAGGUUUCCCAUUGGGGUACUUGGUUUGCUCUUUGGCAACUAACCCAGCUGCCAGGCCCUUCUCAUCUUCCUGUGGAACCUCCAGGCCCAGCAGCAGUCUAUCUCGACUCCUAGGUUCUUUGGAGCAUUUGACCACUGUGAGGACAGGAAGGGGGCCUUGAUGUUUCCUCUUGGGCCUGACCCAGCUGAUUUGGAGCUCUUCGGCUCUUUUUACAUACAUAUCUGCCGGACGGCUGGUUUGCUGCCUUGACCAGGCGUGGCUGACUUGUGGCCUGCAGGCCAGAGCUGCCCCAUGGGAAGUGGCUUCCCAGCUGCUACAGCUUUACCCCCUGAUCAGAUUUUCUUGGAUUUUGGCUUAUCUGCUGGCUGCCUGGCAACGCUCUGGGCACCUUCCAACUCUCCCUCUCCUGGGAAGGAGGGGGGCCGGGCUGUCCUUUCCAGACUCUGACAGCCAGCUCUCAUCUGCAGAGUUGGCCCCUUGCUUGCUUAGCUCAACUUCUGAGGCCGACUCUUCUGCUGUGCUCAGGGGGGCCACGUUCCUGCAGGCCAGUGCUGCCCCAUGGGAAGUGGCUUCCCAGCCACUACAGCUUUACCCCCUGAUCAGAUGCGGACAUAAAAGAUCCCUCUGCCUGCUCUUGACCGAUGCCCAUGGCCAUCUGUCAGGGAUGCUUGAGAUUCCUGCCUUGUGGGCUGGACUAGAUGACCCUCGGGGUCCCUUUAUCAUUGCUGCGGUUCUAUGAUCUUAGUGUGAAGACCAGAAGGGUGAGAUUGGGGACUAAGCCCUCUGCCUGCUCUUUAAGAGGUGAAACUGUGUGUCGUCUCUUUGAGUUUGGGAGCCUAAGAAUGGGGGGGGCAUCUUUUUCUUAAUAUUAUGGAAAUGAAAGCAACGGGGGUCUCUUGCCCCCCUCCCUUUUCUGCCUGUUAAAAGCAGAGUGUUUGCUCAGAGCAGCACAUUGGUCCUUGAGUCGGACUUGAGCAUCAAUCACCCACAUAGCGGGGCUCAGGUGCUAAUAAUAAAUACACUUCUCCAUGCAGGGACCCCCAGGACCCCCCGGACCACGUGGCCCAGCCGGACCUUCUGGAGCAAAUGUGAGUGUAUUUCUCCUUCCACAACCCCCCACAACUGCUAUACCACCGCCGCCUAUUAACUGAUAUUCAGCAUGGACUUCUAGUCUAACAGUUUGGGGUCUCUUUUUCCUUCCCACACAGGGUCCCCAAGGCCCGCCAGGCGGCGUAGGAAACCUUGGCCCCCCAGGACAGAAGGUGAGUGGCUGGGAGACAGGACUCCUGGGUCCUCUGGGGAGCUUAGUUGGGAGUGGGUCCUGGGAGCCAGUAUCCCUGUGUGUUCUGAAAAGCGAAUCUGGUUUCCCUGGAGCAAGAAGGGAACGAGGAGGAAGCAGUUGGAGGGAAUGACUCCUGGUUUCGGUUGUCUCUAUACUAAUGCACAGAGCAUGGGAAAUGAACAAGAUGAACAUCCAACUGUACGAUCCUAUGAUGCAAUGAGUAGGGUCUCUGUGUGUGUUUGGGGAUCUGGGGAUGAGUGGGUAUUGAUCUCCUCUUCCUGGUUCUUGGUUCUCUGGAUGGCAGAUGAGCUGUGAGUCUCUCAAACGGAUUCCCCCCCCUUAGGGAUCUCGCUCCCCAGAUAUUCAUGAUCCCUUCCAAAUCCCCCCAAUUGCCCCCACUAACUAAUGAAAGCUCUCUUGAGCCUAUUAUAUUAUAUUCACUGUUCCCAAGUCUAUUUACAAUGGGGGGGCGUGUCCUGGAGAGAACCUCAGGGGCCAGGUUGAGAGGUCUGGAGGGCCUGAGAUUCAGAAUGAGUAAAAAUACACACACUGGCUUGGAGUAAAUGAAGAAUGGAGGAUGGGAAGAGCUUUGGAUAGGACCAGACCCACACCUACACUGCCCUAAAUAUCCUUCUGUCGUUUCAGGGUGAGGCAGGAGAGCCGGGAGGUCCUGGUGUCCCUGGAGAACCUGGUGGCAAGGUAAGAGGCCCCUCCCCCUCCCCUGCCCCAUCCACCACCUCUGCCACCACCAUUGUGACACCUGUCCUGCCCAGCACCCCUGAUGGGGUUGAUUGACAGGAGUGAAACCCGUGUCCUGGUGAGGGACAGGGGAGAAGAGUUUGAUUCUCUCCCCAUUUGAAGGCAAACCACCUCAACUCCCCAAAACCAUACGGGGACCAAAGCACAGAAAAAGCACCCUGGACCCUUUGAAAUGUUGCGUUGCAACAAGGUGCCCCAGCUAACUCAUCUACACGAGGGGGCAAAGAUCAGUGCAAAACAACAGAAAAAAAUGGGCAAUAUUGGGGGGGGGGGAUUAUCCAUUAACAUCUUAGAGACCAACUAAGUAUGUUCUGGGUAAAAGUUUUCGUGUGCCUGCACACUUCUUCGGAUACCAUCUUCUUCAGAUACCAGCUGUGCAUGCACAUGAAAGCUUAUACCCAGAACAUUCUUAGUUGGUCUCUAAGGGGCUACUUAGAGGGUGGCACUGUGGGUUAAACCACAGAGCCUAGGACUUGCCAAUCAGAAGGAAGGUAAACGGCGUUUCCGUGCGCUGCUCUGGUUCGCCAGAAGCGGCUUACUCAUGCUGGCCACAUGACCCGGAAGCUGUACGCCGGCUCCCUCGGCCAGUAAAGCGAGAUGAGCGCCGCAACCCCAGAGUCGUCUGUGACUGGACCUAAUGGUCAGGGGUCCCUUUACCUUUACAUUUAAGGGGCUACUGGACAAUUUUUUUACUUAUUUCAACUGCAUCAGACCAACAUGGCUACCUACCUGAAUGGGCAAUAUUGUUAUCAAUUCAUUUAAUUUGUGUCCUGCCCUUCCUCGCUUUGUGCCGGAGGAAGUCGCUUUGCCAAAAUUUGUGGGUUAGGCACAAACGGCGUGCAAAAAUGCCCGUGGGAGGAGAAAUUUGUACUAAAAUGCUGUGGGAAGGACUUUGAAAAAAAUAAUAAAUGUGUGAAAACGUGGGGAAGCAGGCUAAAGACCGGAGAAAUGGGGAAACCAGAACUUGUACAUUUGCCAGUUUCUGAUACAGGUUCACCGUACAGAACUUUAAUAUCUGACAUUUUCCCUCCUGGCCCCUAAAAUCCUUCAUGGCCCUCCACAGACGCUUCCUUCCCACAGAUGCAAACAACCCACUGCCUAAUCUCAGUGUGACCACCUUUUUCUCUGCCCCUAUUCAAGACCCAAGUUUAAGGGCUUGGUCGCUGGACCAGGCAAAAAAAUCCUUCUGGUGUCUCCUGCAGUGGCCAACCCAGCUCCCCCUCUGCCGCCCCCAGAGUCCCCCUCCCUCCACACAGCCCCAGGCAUUUGGAGGGUAGACUGCCCCUGGAGCUGGAAGCCCCACUGAGCUAUUUUGCCUGACCGCCGUUCCUCUCCCUCCAGGGCCCACGGGGAGAAAGAGGAGAGAAGGGCGAGGCUGGAGCUGCUGGCGUGGCCGGGCCCCCUGGCGGGAAGGGCCCCCCCGGAGAUGACGGCCCCAAAGGGAACCCCGUAAGUGGUACUGCAGAGAGAGAGUGGGGCGAGUCCUGCCUUGCCGGGGUUGGGCUAGAUGACCCUCAGGGUCCCUUCCGACUCUGCAAUUCUGUGAUUCUCUGUUUCUAUCUCCACUUGAUUUCAUUCCAUUCUUGGGGGGAAGUUCCUUAAAAUUGGAAAGGGGGCUGUCAUUGAAUGGGAUGGAAAAGGUAAAACGAAGCCAUGUGUCUGUUGGGAAGGAACAGCUGGGCAACCGGGAGCGAGGGCUUAAUCUCUUUUUUUAAAUAUAUCUUUAUUAAUUUAAAAUAAAUACAUUUAUGAGGAAAAAGACGUACAUACAAGUAAACAAACAUACAAUCCAACAAAAAACAACAGAAAAAUCAAACAAACCACCACACUAUAAAAUACAAGAAGGUUAAUAUAAUUAUCAUCCUAUAUACUCCUGAUACUGAACACAAUUAUAAAACUUACAGAGAAGAAAUUUAAAACUGACUUCCAAUUAAUCUCACUGUACUUUAUCUAUCCAUUACAGUUACAUAUUUCUUAUAUAAUUUCUUUUUACCUCCCUACAAACUUAUAUUUAUACAGUACAUGGAUCAGUCUAAUUCUGCCAAGAUGUUUCCUUUUAUUCCAGAGUUUUCCAAAGAUUCUUUAAAGAUUCCCCCAAUCCUUAUAGACUUUUUGUUUUGAUUGGCCUAAUCGCUAUCUCUCACUUUUUUAGGGUCCAGUUGGUUUCCCUGGAGAUCCGGGACCCCCUGGCGAAAUGGGACCUCGGGUGAGUCAUGGGACCCCUUUCCCUAGGAGCCCCCACAGAAGGGCCAGGAUCUGACCCGGGGGCUGACCGUGACUUUGUUCCCCUCCUUCCAACAGGGCCAAGACGGAGCCAAAGGCGACCGGGGAGAAGACGGAGAGCCGGGAGAGGCGGUAAGCGCUCUAGGUCUGGCCGGAAAGAGGUUCCGGGUCAUCUUCUGCUGGGUUUGGUUCCAGACAUGAUGCCUCCUGCGAAUUCACCCUCCUCUUUCCCCAACGGCGAAGGGUCUCCAUCACCUUCUUGGCUUCCCAAGACGUCCUUCUGCCAGAGUUGCCUUCCCCUUCUUUGUCUUCUUCCCAAUUCCACUCCUCCUCGUCCAGCGUGACCCCCUUCCCUUUCUCCCCCUUCCAGGGCUCUCCAGGACCCACUGGUGAGAACGGACCCCCCGGCCCGCUUGGCAAGAGGGUGAGUGGAGAGGGAGGGGCCACAUCCAGUCCAACAUCUAGAGGGUCCAGGCCCUUGGGCUUCGGGGGCCAGAGAGAGAGGGGCCCCUGUGCCUGGGGGCCAGCUUGGCAUCUCUCUGAGCCCGGUGCCUCCCCAUCUCUCUCCACAGGGUCCGGCCGGCACCCCAGGCCCCGAAGGACGUCAAGGGGAGAAAGGCGCCAAGGUAAGUUACCUGGUCGCCAGGUAAAUGGAAGGGGAAGCCGGACAGGCAGGUGGCUUGGCUACCCUAAAGAAGAAACUAUGGGAUAUCAGAGGAGCCAAACAGGCCCGUGUGUGUGUGUUGUGUUAUACCUUUCAGUUUUCCAUGUGCUCUUUUAAUAUUUGAAUUUAUUUGCCCUACCCUCUAAGGUCCCAGGGCAGGGGUUAGAACAACUGAAAUAUAUUUUUACUGCUCUUUCAUUUUUUAAAAAAGAGAUUUAGUUGUGAUUCCUGCAUUGCAUGACCCCAGGGGCAUAGCUGUCAACAUUUCCCUUUUUUUAAGGGAAAUUCCCUUAUUCCGAAUAGGAUUCCUCGCAAGGAAAGGGAAAAGUUGACAGCUAUGCCCCUGGGGUUCCCCUCCAACUCUGCAGUUCCAUUAUUCUUAACCUCCCUCCCUCCAGGCUAAUCCUACUCCCAAAACUCCUUCAAGGACUUCCAUUUCCCCAGCCACUCCACAUCCUGGUCGCUCUCCUCUGGCACUCUGCAGGGCAGCACAAUCCCAGUGCACGUCUACUCAGGAGUAAGCCCCGGAGAGGCCCACGCAGAAGUAAUUGCUAGGUGGCAGGAUUGUGGCCUGAGGCCAUUCCUCCUGCCCUGGAGGGAUUUGUAGCUGGUUUAGGAUGGAUCUCUCAGCUGCAAUUAAAAAACAGAAAACAAAACCCUGAGCUGUAAUUUCAAAAGAUUACGGGGCGAUGGCUGCAAACCGCUUGGGGCUGCGAAAGAACAGAAAUAAAAUCCCCUGCCGAGAUGAAGUUGGAGUCCUCCCUCGCUUAGGCCACCUUGAUUAUAUAUUUCAUGGAAAUGCAGGCUAUAAAUUCUCGAAACGGAUAAACAGUGGAAGAGGGCUUGGGAACGAGGUGCUCUGUGUUUUUUUAAAUAGAACAACAAAGUUCUGGGAUCUUUAUCUAGCUCUUAGGACAGCAACGCACCAACUUGCACACCUGGCACCAUCGCUAAACAGCUGUGGGAGACGGAGGUGUUUUGCUCUUCCCAGAAAGCACAACUCAAAAGCCCCACAAGGACCAGUUAGCUGUGAUUGCACGGGGUUGGGAUAGAUGACUCUUGGGGUUCCCUUUCUAGCCCUACAAUUCCUGAUUUCCCCUCUCAGGAGAUAAAAAUGUUUUUGUAUAUGUUGGAAGCUGUCCAGAGUGGCUGGGGUAAAAUUAUUAUUAUUAUUAUUAUUAUUAUUAUUAUCACCACCACCACCACUGUCAUCAUCUCAGUGUGCAAGAGUGGCCUUUGUUUACAAAUCUGACAGUCUGUUUCCAGGAAAACGAGUUGCUUCAGGGACUUCGGUGCAGUUUCUUAAAAAACAAUUAUCAUUUGGUUUUACAAAUUUGUUCACAUUCAAAAUCACAAAUAAUAAAAAAUUACACAAGAUUCUUCCGAAUCUCUGGACUUCCCUCCACGGGUUCUGUAAUUAACCUUUCCAACUGCAUAUUGUAAAUCACUCUAAUUUGUCAGUUGUCCAAAGUCCAUGUAACAUUGCAAGAGUUAUUUAAGACCUGCUAUAGACUCCAAAUGCUUACAGUGGUCUCUCAAGUAUAAUAUUAAUUUCCCCCAUUCUUCGUUGAAGUUUUGAUCCUCCUAGUUUCUGAUUUCCCCAUUCAUUUUUGCCAUCUCUGCAUAGUCCCAACAGCUUGGUGCGCCAUUCCACGCUGGUGGGGACCGACUUGGGUGCAGUUUCAACAGGCUGGGACAGACUCCCCUCCCACCAUAAUUUUGAUUAUUUUUAGAUGAAACACAGCCUGGGGAGUUUGUGGCUUUGGAGGGAAGGGGUAUGUGUGUGUCUCUGUGUGUGUGUCUAAUUUUCUCCCUGCUGGCUUUCCCCCAUGCAAAUCCCAACCCCACCUCACCCAAAAUCCCCGGCUGGGGAAACACAGCCAGAUGGGUGGAGUGUAAAUAAUAAAUUAUUAUUUUUAUUUCAUUGUUGGGGCUCCUGCAGAACUGGCAGCUCCCAAACUUCACCCAGCCCUUUAUUCCCUUUCCCACUUACAAUAAAGUAGGACGCCUCACCCAUCCACAUUUUAAUUCAAGGCCUGUUGGGUGAGGUGGUUUUUCUGUUUUUUAUCGGUAAAGGUUUUCAUUUCCUUUUAUACGUCCUAUAAGAACGGGUGAAAAUCAAAAGAUGGAAAAUCUGAACUGUGAAAUCGGGGUUGGACUAGAUGACCCUCAGGGUCCCUUCCGAUGGCACAAUUCUAUGAUUCUUUUAUACUGCUGUUCGGUGAAUGUAUUAUUUAGUUGUGAACUACUCUAUUUAUUUACUUAUAGUUAAUAAUAAUAAUUGGUAUGCCGCCCUUCCUCCACAGAUCUAAAGGCUGUUCACAACAUAAAAAUGCAAUACAAAAACCACAUAAUACAGAAUAAAUCCCGGUUGAUGGUUUUCCAUUUGGAGGAUCUGUUUAGCCGCUGUAAGAACGGGCUGCCAGACUGUGUGAAUGAAUGAAUUUUAUUAUUACGGUCACAGACCAGUUCCGGCUCACUUACAAUACCAGGAAAAUCAUAAAACACAACAGGAAUACAUUGAAUUGCAAUUAGGUACAACAGAGACAAUUCAGAUAUAGUGGCAGAUUUAAUAUAUAUUAAAUCUUGAUCACUAAAAUAUAACCUAAAAUUGUCAUUUAAAACCUUAGUCAUUUUGGUAGUGCAGCUUGUUCCCUGAGUUUUAUGGCAGUCACACAGAAUUUGGCCACCCUGAGCGUGAUCUCAGGAUCCUUGUCCUCUACCAGGAGCUUUAGACAUUGAAGUUUGGGCCCGUUUGGAGAUUUUGGUACAACAGGGGUGAUAAAUACUGAGCGUAUAUCCCCGUAGAAAUGGCAGCGUGGAAUAGCAAGAAGGAAAGCAACUGGGUUGUGCGUCUGGGCAAAUGCAAAAAUAUUCCGAAACAGAAGUGAGGGGGCGGGGAUUGGCCGCUUUGUGGACUUGUUGAGUCAGAAGGGACCCCGAGGGUCAUCCAGCCAAACCCCCUGUGACCUUCUUCCCCUUCCCUCUCUAGGGAGAGCCAGGAGCACUGGGAGCCCCAGGGAAGACGGGGCCCGUCGGCCCUCAGGGACCCCCGGGGAAGCCAGGGACGGACGGACUGAGGGGCCUCCCCGGAUCAGUGGUAAGGAGACCGACCCGGACGCCGGGGUUCUCUGGGAGGGGCCGGGUGCGCAUGUGUGUGUCUGCUGAAGUCGGGCUCAGUUGGGGGCCCCUUGUGUGGCACCAGGGGAGCCUCAAAGACCCCCACCAGUGGGGCAGGGUUGGUGUCUUGUGGUCCUCCAACCAAGUCCCGUUGCAGGAUCCUGGAGAGUUUGUGGGGGGCGUAUGGGGUGUCAGGGAAGGGGUGGCACCUCUGGUGGGGACAUGUCUUCUCCUUCUGGGGUGGUUUGUCCACCUUUGGCCCCCACCUCACACUCCUGGGAGUUGUGGGGCUGGGGCAGGGGUCCCGAUCCCGGGAAACGGUGAGGAGAGCUGAGGGGUCUCAGACCCUUGGAGUUAGGGGCUCUGGCGGGACCAAGUCCAACCUUCAAGCAGGCAGUGGAGGAAGGAAAACAACAUGGCGGCAGGUUGCGAGGUUUUUGCGGUUAUCAGGAAGGCCGACCUGAGAAUCAUCUCGUUUUUGUUUUUAAUAAUGCUGUAUUGUAUUUUAAUAUUCGGUUGGAAGCCGCCCAGAGUGGCUGGAGAAACCCAGCCACAUGGGCGGGGUAUAAAUAAUAAAUUAUUAUUAUUAUUAUUAUUAUUAAGGUGCCGAAAUUAUGGCUGAAGGUGGUCUCCGUAGAAACUGCUACAGCCAAUGCUUAGUCUACGGGGUAUUUUUAUGUUUAGUAGAUAAUCCAUUGGUUUUUGGAUCGAUUCUAAUUUUCCUGAAAUAAAGCAAAGACCAGAAUGGAAGGUGGUUGAAAUCUCUACGCUUCACAUGGUUGCUUCUAAAGGCCAUAAAUAAAGUAUGUUCAAUCAGGAUAAAAAAUAGAAGGCACAGUGGACGCUCGGGUUGUGAAUGUGAUCCGUGUGGGAUGCACGUUUGCAACCCGCAGCGGCACGUCUCCGCAUGCACGGGUUGCGAUUCAGUGCUUCUGCGCAUGCGCGACCGCCGAAACACGGAAGUAACCUGUUCUGGUACCCAGCUGCAGCCGCCGGAAGAAGAUGGGUUGGGGGAUGCAUUGCAGCAGGGAGGGGAGGAGUCUGUGGGUGGGGCCAGAGCAAAAGUGGGCGGAGCACUGGGCGCUUUGAAGGGCGGGGCUGUGUGAGGCCCCCAAGGGCCACCUAGAGAGGCUGGGAAGGGCUGCCUUUGGGCACUGAAUUUCCCACCCUGACUGAACUCUUUUGCCCCCCUCCCCGUCUCUUCCAGGGGGCACAGGGCAAGCCAGGAGCGACCGGCCAGGCUGGGCCCCCGGGACCAGUGGUGAGUGUCUGGGGUCUUCUCCAUGGCCAGGGGGGUGGGGAUGGUGGAUGGUGUGACAGCCUAUGGGGAGAGAGCUAAGGGUCCCAACCGUUGGGCCUCUUGCAGGGGGUUGAGCUGGAUGACCUUUGGGUUCUUUUCCGACUCUACUAUUCUGCGGUUCUUCCUGCAGGGCCCCCCCGGUUUGCCUGGGCUGAGAGGUGACUCUGGACCCAAAGGAGAGAAGGUAAGGCGAGGGUUCCCUCCGCAGAUAGGGGGCAGUUGCUUCUCUGUUUGCCCCCAAGAUGUGCAUGCCACAUCAUCACUUUGGUCUCUUAAGUGGUGAACGUCAAACUCAGCCAAUAGAAAAGAGACUGUUGGUCAGGGAGACCUCUGGCUAGGAAGCUUCUCCUCCGUGUUCAGUGGGCAAAAAUGGAGAAAUGCAGGCCCAGUUUAAUCUGCGGGAAAAUGUAGCUUGAGAUGGGUGCUUUCCAGGUUUCUCUUGGGGGAGUGAAAUUGACUAGACACAAGUGGCUUGGGAUCUGGAAAGUAACUAGAUCACAGGUCGGUUGCAAACUGGAAACGGAUGAAGUCAUAAAUCGCUUGCAAUCCAGAAACUGACUACACCAUAGUUCGAUUUCGAACUGGAAAUUAACUAGACCAUAAGUUGCCUGUGAUAACCAUAGGUUGCGGAAAUUGGCUGGACCGUAAGUCGCUUGGGAUCCUCAAAAACUGACUAGGCUGCAGGUUGCAUGCUAUCUGGAAAUGAACUAGACUGUAAAUGACUUGGGAUCUAGAAAUUGACUAGACCGUAAGGGACUUGGGAUCUAGAAAUUGACUAGACCCUCAGUGACUUGGGAUCUAGAAAUUGACUAGACCGUAAGGGACUUGGGAUCUAGAAAUUGACUAGACCCUCAGUGACUUGGGAUCUAGAAAUUGACUAGACCCUCAGUGACUUGGGAUCUAGAGAUUGACUAGACCCUCAGUGGUUUGUGAAGUGGUCCAGUCCAUUCCCCCCUCCACCUGCCCUGGUGCCCCUCCAGUAAGUGCUUCCUCUCCCCACAGGGACACCCCGGUCUCAUCGGCCUGAUCGGACCCCCAGGAGAACAAGGGGAGAAGGGAGACAGAGGCCUGCCUGGCCCACAAGGCACAACGGGGCAGAAAGGAGAAACGGUGAGUGUUUGGGGGCAGAGAUGUGGGGCAGGCGGGAUCCAAAUAAAACCAGAACAAAAAAAAAUGGAGGACCCUAACCCCUGAGCCAUCAGGGAAACGCCAACAGGAAACACAGGAUGAAGGAGAAUUUGUGGCCAGGCCUCCACUCAGGAGAAUUUGUCUGCCUGCCUGUCAAGGAUUCCUUCGCUGGGAUUUCUGCUCUGCGAGGGGUUGGACUAGAUGAUCCUCGGAGGUCCCUUCCAACUCUAGGAUUACACAGAGAAACAACCCUCCGUCCUACGUGAUGUCGACACCCACCUGAGUCUUCCUCCAAACAUACUUUUGCACCACAACUUGUUUCUUUUCGCUGUUUAAUUUGUUUUAUUUUUUUGAUUCUGUAUCCUUAGGGUGAGUGAAGGGUGAGCAGUGGAUAAACAAACAGGAAUAAAAAUGCAGAUAAUUUGUCGUUGUUACCUUUCUACAGAUUUUAUUGCCUUUAAAGGUUUCUCCAUGAAUAAUCAAGACCAAAAUCUUCUAGUUGAGCCGAUUCCGGUCGCCACAAAGAGGGAGAGAAGGGUGGGGGAGGGGACAUGGGGGGGGAGAAGCCGGGUGGGGGUCUUCUGUGCCUAUAGCAUGGGGGGAAGGUUGCAGGGACUGGCAGCAAGGCAGGAGAGCCAGCUAGGACUCCUGGGUCCCCUGAGAUGGCAUGGUCUUGCCCGACUGACCCUUUCUCUCUCUGUUUCCCCCCACAGGGAAUCCCUGGUCCAACCGGCCCCCUGGGACCCGCAGGACCCCCUGGUCUCCCCGUAAGUGAGCCCCCCCUUUGCCCUCUCACACACCCUCCCUGUGUGGCACCUUCUAACACCUUUUUAAAAACAUUAUCCUUUCCAGAUUUAUACAUUUCACUAAUUUUUCAACCAUUCUGAUGUUUCAAAACUUGACUUCCUUCCCCCUCUUUCUGUGGCUCCUUAAAUUUAUUUCUAAUACCUUCUGCCUAUCCAAAAUUAACCAGAUUUGCUCGUUUAUUCGUAUACUUUAAAUAUAUAACCCUUAUAGAACUGCAGGUUAUUACAAUAAUCCUGCCAAUGGUUUUAUCUGUAAAUAUUCAAUAAACCAUUUCCACUCUUUUAAUAAAAAGUUUGUUGUCUUGGUUUCUUAGUUUUGCGGUAAGUUUCGCCACUUCCGCAUAUUCCGUAAGUUUUUGUACAUAUUCUUCCUUUGCUGGGACUUUUUUCCAUUUUGAGGGCAAAUAACAUAUCUAAUUGAUUUUUGACUUUUAUUGUUAAUCAUGUUUUUAUAUUGUAUUUUAUGCUGCUUUUAUAAUUAAGUAUUUUAAAGUGUUUUAAAUUUGUUGUUAGCCGCCCUGAACCCGGUUUUUGAACCAGGAAGGGCGGGGUAUAAAUAAAAAUUUAUUAUUAUUGUUAUUAUUGCCACAGUAGUCGUGUACAUGAAUAAGUUUCUAUACGGUUUGGGUAGUUCUGUCCCUAUAAUUCCCAAAAGGAAAGCUUCUGGUAUUUUUUACAAAGGUUACUUUUCGUUUCAUUAUAUAUCAUUUCCUCCUCUCUUCCCCAGGGUCCAGGCGGCCCCCCAGGUCCUAAAGGAGCCACGGUAAGAGCCUCCCCACACAUUGAGCCCCCCCACCCGCUUGGGGGGAGAGGCGGGGCGAGGGCGUGCCCCUCUUUCCCUCGCGUGCCACUGACAUCGCCAACUUCCUUUUCUAGGGUCAAGCGGGACCCAAAGGUCAGCGCGGAGUCCCUGGUCCCCCUGGACGGCCGGUAAGAAAACCCCACACAUUCCCCCCUUCGUCCCCACACCCUAAGGUCUGCUCCUCCAGCUGGGAAAGCAAAACCCUCCUGACUUGAAUGGCCUAGAAAACUGUGUUGUUGUUGUUGUUUUUAAAAAAUUAUAUUCAUGGUAAAUAUUCAGGCAGUAGCGCUCGAUACUCUCAAUCCCACGGUUGUGGGUUUGAGUCCCAUGUUGGGCAGAAGAUGGGUUGGACUAGAUGACCCUGGGGGUCCCUUCCAAACCUGUGAUUCUGUGGUAAUAAUAAGAGCAGUGGACAUGUUGGAUUGGGUUCUGGUAACUGGGAUUUCCCCACCCAGCCUCCCACACGGCUGCCCUCUGCCUUCCUCAGGUCAGCCGAAAGGAAGCCCCUUUCCAGAGUUAGACUGUGGAACUCCUUGCCACCAGUUUUUAAUGUGUGACAUUUUAAUGUAUUUUUAAUCUUUGUUGGAACCCGCCCAGAGUGGCUGGGGAAACCCAGCCAGAUGGACGGGGUACAAAUAAUAAAUUAUUAUUAUUAUUAUUAUUAUUAUUAUUAUUAUUACUGAGUGUGGGAAUGUUCAGGGAUGCAGGAGAGGAUAUAUUGUUCGAUUAUAGCCUUUCCAACUUGUGUUGGAAUUUUAGCAGAGUAACAUUCCCCUUUUUUAAACUCGCAGCAGAUGCGUUUGCUCAGGCUCGCUAAAGCCUCUAUAAUAACUGUUCUGGUAUUUCCCCCUUAUUCCCUCAUAAAAGAGAAGACACGACACGGUCUUCUAUAAAAGUAUAAAAAGGUUUACUCACACAUCAUUCUGUUCACAAUAGGAUCCCAGAAGGCAGACUUAGCUUAGAAAAGUAACAUACACUUGGAAACUACUCCAUAAGAAGACAGUCCCUUUGCCCUCUCUGGGCUGAAGGCCAAGAGAGCAUCUUUGACUAAGCAGACGUUGCUUCUUUGAUGCAUGUAGUCAAAAAGAGAGAGAUGGUUUUGUGCUUUUGUCGUUUACCUGCACAGGUGAGGCCACGCCCACCUCUAGUCACAUGCAGAGGAAGUCUGUCCCAGCCGAGAAGGAAACAGGAAGUUGACCUGCUGGCUGGACAAACAUUCCUCCCCAUGUGUAAACAUGUUCAUUCUAGGAAUGUUGUACUUGACUGCUCUUGUGUUUCACAUCCCACACUGAGAGGAUUGGGCAAGUUCACAGCCAUGCUCCUGACUCAGAGGGGAACGUGGCCUGAAUGGCAGCUGCCGGAAACCAACCGCAGGAGGGGAGAGAAGGCUCUUGAGUUCGAAUUCUGACGGGUGGUUCUCACGUUCUCCUGGCCAGGGACCCCCCGGAGAGGUGAUCCAGCCGCUGCCCAUCCAGAGGCCCAAGAAGAACAAGCGUUCGGUGGACGGCAGCCAGCUGGUGGCCGAGGAGCAGCCGCCGUCGGACGGGGCAGGCCAGGCGCCCUCGGAGGGCAUGGAGGAGAUCUACGGUUCCCUCAACUCCCUGCGGCAGGAGAUUGAGCAGAUGAGGAAGCCCCUGGGCACCCAGGAAAGCCCCGGGCGAACCUGCCAGGACCUGCUGCUCUGCCACCCGGACCUUCCUGAUGGUGGGUUGGGGGGCUCAGGGUCCCCUGGAAGACAGGAAUAAUAAUAAUAAUAAUAAUAAUAAUAUUCUUUACACCCCGCCCAUCUGGCUGGGGCAGGGUGGUGGUCGUCCAGCCGCACUUGAGUUGUUCUGCAACUUCCAUGAGCUCCCAGCAAGCGCAAGGGAUGAUGGGAGUUGUAGUCCAAUGUCUGCAGGUGGGCAAGGCCAUUGCAAGGAGUCACAGAAGCCGCUGGGUGAGGCUUCCCGGCCCAUCCUGCCCGAGCCACCAAAGCGGCAGGUGGGAGGUGCGAUUCCUGCCUCGCAAGGAGGCAGGACAAAGAGCCUUGGGUAACUCGCAUAAGUGAGCCCAGCUGCAUCCUUUGGGGGGAAAGCAGCCCAGGAUUCUUAGCCUGCUUUGCUGAUGCAAGGCGGGCGGCAAAGAUAGAAAAGGGCAAUUCCUGGAGGCAAAGAUGAUGAGAAAACCCCAGCAGGGAUUUAAAAUCUCAAAACGUGCAGCGGUUCAGUGUGGAAAUACAGGCCAUUACACCCCUUCCAAGUUCCUUUCAAAGUUCCCCUCUUCCCUAAGCAUAGAGAGAGACCAUAAACUGGGUAACCUAAAAAUUGGUUUACUUACAAACUUUCCAAAGGUCAGGUCCAUGUGCUUUUCCGUGCAGCAUUCAGAAAAAGUUGCGCAGCUGUGAGGAAUCCUUUGCUUUAAGGGAACCUCCAGACCCAGAGUUAGUCCAUCUCGAUUCCUUGUUCUUUGUCAGAAUUAGAUGGGGGGGCCCUAUGACCUCACCCAACUGCUGCUGCUGCUGCUGCAAGGCUUUUCUGAUGUUCCGUUCUCCUUUUCUUCCCACCCCCAAAAUAAUAAUAUCCAGGCGAAUACUGGAUCGACCCCAACCAGGGCUGCUCACGAGAUUCCUUCAAGGUCUACUGUAAUUUCACAGCCGGCGGAGAGACCUGCGUCUUCCCCAGCCAGGAGAUUCGAGAGGUAAGAGAAAUGGGAUUAGAUCUGUCGGGGGGGAUGGAUGGACUUGAUGACCUCUGGGGGCCCCUUCCCAUUCUGCAAUUCUUUGAAUCUCUGCCCUCCAGAUGUUGAUUUGAUUGAUGCUCAACUGGACCGACUGCGAUGUCCACGUGACGGAAAGCCUAUUCCGAAAUGAUGGCUGCUGCCGUUCUUAUUCUUUACAAAUGAAGGUUGCAUUCCGGUAUAUUUCCCUCUCUCUCUCCUUUUCCCAGGUGAAAAUGUCGACGUGGGAGAAAGAGAAACCUCAAACCUGGUUCAGCCAAUUCCAGAAAGGCAGGAAGGUGAGGGAACUGGGAUCCAGGGGGUUAUUUACAUGCGGUAUAGUGACCCCAACAGUGUCUCUGGGGCUCUGCAGACCGAAAGGAGGAGGAGGAGGAAGAAGAAGAAGAAGAAGAAGAAGAAGAAGAAGAAGAAGAAGAAGAAGAAGAAGAAAGGAUUUAGUUACACUACUUCUAGAUUUCAAAAGGAAGUCAUAGAAGGAAGUCAUGAUAAAACGGUUACAAGAUGAUAUAGGUCAUAUUAUUUGAAGACCAUAUGUGGUGGGAAUGUAAAGAAAUUAAAACAUUUUGGGAAAUGAUAUAUAAUGAGUUGAAGAAAAUGUUUAAACUAACAUUUGUAAAAAACAACAACCCAAAAGCAUUCUUGUUAGGGGUUGUAGGAAAAGACCUGCCAAGGAAAUUAAAGAACAUAUUUAUGUCUGCGACAACGGCGGCCACAGUCUUAAUAGCACAAGGAUGGAAGAACGAGGAAAUCCCGACAAAAGAACAGUGGCAAGGGAAAUUAAUGGACUAUGCGGAACUGGCGGAACUGACACACAAACUGUGAGACAAGGAGAACUGUGGCUUUAAAGAAGAAUGGGAACUUUUUGCAAAUUACUUUAAAAAACAACAAAAUGAAUUGGACUCCUUGACAGGUUUUGAAUAAAUAUACACAAAUUAAUACACAUACACAAAAUAAUAAUAAUAAUAAUAAUAAUAAUAAUAAUAAUAAUAAAUAAAAAUACCCUGUCAAUCUGAUUCGGCUGCCCCAGCCGCUCUGGGCAGCUUCCAGCAUAGUCUAAAAACACAACUAUGCAUUCUUCACAGAAUGCACAAUUCACCUGUGGAACUCCCCGCCACAAGAGACAGGGAUGCUUUGAAGGAGACAAAUGCAGGGAAGAGACGGCUGCCUGUGCCCCUGGUUGCAAUGGCUCUGCUCUUCCUCCACAGCGGAGUGUGUUGCAGCAGUCUAGCCCUGACUCCUUUUCUCCCCCUCGCCAGUUCUCCUACUCGGACGCCGACGGCAACCCCCUGGGCAUCGUGCAGCUCACCUUCCUGCGCCUUCUGAGCGUCUCGGCCCGGCAGAACUUCACCUACCACUGCCAGCGUUCGGCUGCCUGGCACAGUCGUGGGGAGCCGGCCCCCGGGGGCUACCAGCGCGCCCUCCGCUUCCAGGGCGCCAACGAGGAUGAGCUGAGCUACGACAGCAGCCCCUACGUCAAGGCCCUGCGGGACGGCUGCGCGGUGAGUCCUCCCAGCAGGGGUGGCAUCGGGCGGGAGCCGGGUUCCCUGGGCACCCAGGGGCCACGCUGUGAGGACAGGAGGCCGGGUCAGACGGGCCCCUUUGGGCAGCUGAUCCGGGAGGGCCCUUUGCACGCCCCGAUGGAGCCUCCAGGGACAGAGGCAGACUCUUCAGAUUCCUUGGGGGCAUUUGACCACUGUGAGAAGGGGAUGGUGGUCUAGGUGGGCCAUUGGCCUGAUCCAGUAGUCCUUAUGACAGAGUGGGCUGGUGGGAGGUCACUUUACGGGAAUUUGAGGGGAAUUUGAAGCUUUUGCAGAGCUGAAUCGAUGCCCAACCUUUACUGAGCAUUCUUGCAGGGAGGCUAUCCGACAGCAGGGAUCUCCAAACCACAAAAAGUCCAGCAUCUUUUUUUUAAAAAAAAAUAGUCAUUUGUCAUGGAUGCUGUAGUAGAAAUUCCGGUCAUGGCACAGGGUUGGGCUGGAUGACCCCCAGGACCCAUCCAAAUCUGUGAUUCUAAAGCAGGUUUUUGGAUUUUUAUUUUUUUAAAAAAAUUCUAUUUCUAUGCCACUUUUUAUUCAAAUAAAUCCCUAAGCAGCUUACAAGCAAAAGACAAAAAUGACAUAAUGAAACAUCACGGAUGCAGCAUAAAUGGUAUAGAAUGCUUAACAAAUCAUCAGUAAAGCAAUCACAAACAAAACAGUGACUGCUCUUCUACAUAAGUGGUUCCUCAGCUUUUCUGGGGGGCCCUGCCCCCCUGGUUCAGUGAACUUACACUCCACCCAAAACAACACACCGUAUUUUUUGCUCUAUAAGACGCACCUGACCAUAAGACGCACCUAGCUUUUAGAAGGGGAAUGCAAGAAAAAAAAUAUUUUUAAAGGGAGCGCUGAGCAGAGCCCGUCUGCAUCCCAGCCUCUGCUCAGCGCUCCCUUUCACGAGCCGAGAGGAGCGUGGGUGCGGCGCUUGCAGGCUUCUCCCCAGGAGGGAAAAACCCCCAACAGCCACACACAUGUUCCACGCGGCUCGUGAAAGGGAGUGCGGCUUUUGGGGGCUUUUCCAGGAGGUAGGGGAAGGGACUGAGGGGCUGCCCUCUGUCCCUUCCCCUACCUCCCAGAAAAGCCAGCAAGAGCUGCACACUCUUUAAAGGGUGCGCGGCUCCUGCGGGCUUUUCUACGAGGAAGCAGAAGGGACUGACGCGGCCAGUCAGUCCCUUCUCCCUCCUUGGGGAAAAGCCUGCAAGAGCCGCACAGAGUGUGUGUGUGUGGCUCUUGGGGGCUUUUCCCACCUGCCUCCCACCUGCAUUCACUCCAUAACACACACACACAUUUCCCCUUACUUUUUAGGAGGGGAAAAGUGCGUCUUAUGGAGCGAAAAAUAUGGUAAUUCAGAAAAGCAGUUUGCAUGACCCUCUAAGAUAAUAACGCAACAAAAUUCAAAGUAGUAGCGAUAAAUUGUACAUUUGUUCAAAACUCAAUUAAAACUACUUAGUUUAACUAUGUAAAGAAAAUGGAUGGAUUUGACCUUGUCAAAGACUUUGCCAUUAGAAAAAGGAGGGUCCCCUCCCCUUUCAAAUAUAAAUGAAGUGGAAGUAGACAAUAAGACUGUAGGUUGUGUUUCGUUCCCCGAAAUAUAAUUUUAUGUUACGGUUUACCAUUGUUUAUAUUUUGAACUGGAUAUAUACGGGGCAGCAAAACCUUUUAGGCGCAUAGGGCCUCUAAAGGUCUUCGUCUCGCAGCAAUGUUUCUGAACGCCAGAGGAAAAGUUUUUCUCGCACUCGGAUCCCGCUCGUGGGUUUCCCACCACGCUGGCCAGGUUUGCCCUCACGUUCUCACGCCGUCUCCUCUCCCUCACAGACACGGAAAGGAUCGGACAAGACUGUCCUGGAGGUCCACACCCCCCAGGUGGAGCAGCUGCCUUUGAUGGACGUUCGCGUGGCGGACUUUGGGGAGCCCGGCCAGAGGUUCGGGUUCGAGGUGGGGCCGGUCUGCUUCCGAGGCUAAGGCGGCGGGAACCCCCUGCUCACUUCACUGAGCCCACCCCCCGACCCCGUUUGCCCUUGGUCUCCAGAGGAACCCCCCACCCCACAAGCAGUGACGGAACAGGAUCCGGCCUCUCUCCACGCCCCCCCUCAAGACACAGCGGAUCUGUCGCCAACCAAUGGGAGACUGAGGAGCAUCGGGGGUCCGGGGCACCAGUGCAGACCAAAGAGAAGUGGACCGUUUGGGACAAGCCAGAUGAUAUUUUAUCGCCAUUCCUCCUCCCCACCUCUCCUCCACGAGUAGCGGGUCACAAAGCGAAGCCCCCUCCCCAAACACGCAGGGAUCCCUCCCCACUGUAGCUCUUUUCCCGCUGAACCCACUACUCUAACCCCACCCCAUGCCUGAUCUCACGGCUGUCUGUCUCCCCCCCCCCCAAAAAGCACUAAAGCAUCCCUUUCCCUAUUCCUUCAGGGGUCCUUGGGGAGGAAGUGAUAUAUAUUCAACAAUAAUCUGCAGAAUUUUCCAGUUGUAACUCCCCAGUCCCAAAUCCAGUUGUUGCAUUUCCCCUGUGACCCUUGCCCACCCCAGAAUUGGGUGCCCUUUUUGGCUCUCUGUGGAGGCAAGAAUGGGACCCUUUGCCCCCACCCCUAAUGGCCACUCCCACCCCCUGCUGGCCCUUGCACCUGUUUUAAGACCUCACCCGCCACCCCGUCCCAGCUCCCCAACAGGUGAGUGUUUUUUGCAAAAGGGAAGCCACAAGCCUUUUCCUGGCUCUCUAGGGAAAUCCCCUCACCCCCUAACAGACAGCACCAAUUAAGCCCCACAUUUACAGGAGGAAAUAGGGGGGGCAGAUACUACAGGAACCUGCUUGUGGGCUGGAAAGAGGCAGCUGGAGUGAACAACUUUGCUUGUCUCUAUCCUAAUGCACAGAGCAUGGGAACCAAGCAAGAUGAACUCAAGCUCCCAUUACAAGGUGGCAAAUGCGAUUGAAUAGGCACUGCUGAAAGCAGAAGGGCUAAAUGACACUGGGUGGGGGCAAACUUGGUACAAAAGCCCCCCACCCAGUUCAGAGACCAAGAGCAGAGAGGGGUUCUCUGGCUUCCCAAUGGCCGCCUCUCCCCCAAACUCUGAUCAUCUCCACUCUAGCCACCAUUGCCCCAAACAUAUCUUAACUUUCUUUUUUAAUGAUUCUAAAACUAGACACUGCCCCGGGAGACGGUUCCCCCCUUUUGCACAAAUUAGUGUCCCGCCAGGAAUUCAGCUCCCCUCCCCUCCCCUUUGCUAAACUUUCAAGCCCCUCCCCCAUGUUCUGUGUGCUUCUAAGAAGCAUCUUCUGCCUCCCCAACUUCCCUUCGCCCCCCAGAGCAGCUCCAAAGACCAGAAAGGAAAACUGUGUGUUUUGUUUUUUGUUUUUUUGAUAAAGAGAAAAAUAAAUAAAUAAAUUAAUUAUAUUAUUUAAAGGAGUGGAUAUAAGAAAAAGAGACUAUUUUCAUCUCCUGCUGCCUUUUAAUUUUUACGGAAGAUGGAAAAAGGCGAGUUUCACACCCAGUUUUUGGUGCUCGGGAAGUUUAAAAAAAUAAAUUUAUUUUCUCUCGGCCGCCUGCAAAGGUUUUUUUUCCACCCCUUCUCUCUUGAAAGGGGUCCCCCCCCUACACACAAAAGCUCCUCCUUGGCUUUUUUGUUUUCUUAAAAAGCAAGCGAGGGGCCACCCCCUGGUGCUGGAAGCAGGCGACCCGUGUAAUGUUUUGUAAUUAAUUGUGGAAAUUGUAUGGUGCCU